GAGCAGUCGUGCAUUCCCCGCCUCGCCUCGGGUGUAGGGAUUGCAAAAAAACAAAACUACACUGUCAAGACUGUGUAGUUUUGUUUUUAUGAUUAGAGGCUCUUCAAUUCUCAUGCUGGGAUUGUCUAAAAAAAUCUUACUCUGGAUAAGGACGUCGUUCAAGAAGAUUUCGUUGGGCUUAGCCCACUCUUGCAGGCACUUUGAGAGAUCAGAGUGCCUGUAAAGAUGACGACGAAAGCACCAACAUUUACACAGCCAUUACAAAGUGUUGUGGCACUGGAGGGUAGUGCCGCAACCUUUGAGGCUCACAUUAGUGGUUUCCCAGUUCCUGAGGUGAACUGGUAUCGGGAUGGCCAGGUUCUCUCUGCUGCAACUCUGCCCGGUGUGCAGAUCUCGUUUAGUGAUGGCCGCGCUAGACUGGUGAUCCCCACCGUGACAGAAGCCAACAGCGGGAGAUACACUGUGCAAGCCACCAAUGGAUCUGGGCAAGCGACUAGUACUGCUGAGCUGCUUGUCACAGCUGGAACAGCACCACCAAACUUCUCACAACGACUACAGAGCAUGACUGCAAGACAGGGAAGUCAAGUUCGACUUGACGUGAGAGUGACUGGAAUCCCUACACCUGUGGUGAAGUUCUAUCGGGACGGAGUAGAAAUUAAAAGUUCCCCCGAUUUUAAAAUUUUACAAGAAGGAGACCUUUACAGCUUAAUAAUUGCAGAAGCAUAUCCUGAAGACUCCGGCACCUAUUCCGUAAAUGCCACAAACAGUGUGGGACGUGCUACUUCAACAGCUGAAUUACUAAUUCAAGGCGAGGAAGAAGCCGUUCCUGCUAAAAAGACAAAGACAAUUGUUUCGACUGCUCAGAUUUCACAAACAAGACAAGCCAGAAUUGAAAAGAAGACUGAAACCCACUUUGAUGCCAGAUCACUUACAAGUGUUGAAAUGGUUAUAGAAGGUGCAGCCACCCAACAGCUCCCACACAAGGCACCUCCACGAAUGCCUCCUAGACCUACAUCAAAAUCACCAACCCCAACAACUGCUGCAAAAGCACAAAUGGCACGACAGCAAUCACCGUCACCUGUCAGACAAUCACCAUCACCUGUAAGACAUGUCAGAGCACCCACACCUUCACCAGUAAGGUCAGUUUCUCCUGCUGGGAGAAUCUCCACCUCACCUAUUAGACCAGUGAAAUCUCCAUCUCCAAUCCGUAAACCACAUGUAGUGACAACAGCUGGGGCUGAUGUCCUUCCUCCCUGGAAGCAGGAGGGAUAUUCUGCCACCAUGGAAGCCCAGAUGAAGGAAACAAGAGUAUCUACAAGCACUACCCAAGUGACUGAAGAAAGAUGGGAGGGGAGAUACGGGGUCCAAGAACAAGUUACCAUUACUGGCGCUACUGCUGGCGACAUGGCCGCUGCUGCUAGAGAGGUGAGGAAGGACAGUGAAAAAACAGCAGCUGUUGCUACGGUUGUUGCUGCUGUGGAUCAAGCCAUGGUGAGAGAACCAGCUCCAGGUGUUGUAGAGCAAACUUCUAAAAAGACAGCAAUGGCUGCAGUCCACGUUCAGCCUGUUCAUGAGCAGAUGAAAAAGGAGGCAAUGGUAGUAGUUACCAGUGAUAAAGCCACAAAACAAACAGUGAUAUCAAGAACUAGAGAAGGAAUUGUAACUUCACAAGAACAAAGACACAUCUCUCCUGAAAAGGUGAGAAAAGAACCAGAGAAAACUCCAGUACCGACAGUAACAGUUGCCACAGACAAAGCCAAAGAACAAGAAAGAGUAACAAGAGCCAGAGAAGAAAUAUCUACCAGACACGAGCAAGUGCACAUUGCUCAUGAACAGAUAAGAAGGGAAGAUAUGAAACCUUCUGUACCUAAGGUAGUAAUUUCUACUGAUAAACCUAAAGCACCGGUCAUAAUAUCGAAAAGUAAAGAAAGAAUUGCCACCAAACAAGAACAAGUGAGCAUAACACGUGAAAAGACUCAAGCUGGAAAAAAGGCUGAAGCUGUAGCCACAGUUGUUGCAGCAGUUGACCAGGCACGUGUUCGAUCACCCUGGCAACCAGAGCAAGCAGAUGAAGCUUAUGUUAAGGAGAAAACUUUGGAAUAUGGUUAUAAAGAGCACACUGUAACAGACCGUGUUUCUGAGGCCCCAGCAGAACGUCAUGUUGUCACUAAAGAAGUCAAAACGGUCUAUGUUCCUCCGGAGAAACCUGUCUCAGCUCCUGAAAAGCAGGAGGUUCAUAUUUCAAAAGAGAUAAAAAGAACAACAGAGCUUGAGAGAACAAUUCAUGUUGAACCGCCGCGACCUCGCACAGCAAGUCCUCACUUCACGGUCUCCAGAGUUGCAGUUCCUAAACCAGAUCAUACAUAUGAGGUUUCAAUAGCUGGCUCUGCCAUGGCUACUCUGGAGAAAGAGUUAUCAGCUACUUCUGCUGUGCAAAAGAUCACCAAGCCUGUGAAACCACCUCAGCUAAAGCCUCAUGAAGUCAGGACAAAAGCAGAGCCAGUUGCUCCUGCACAGUUUCCCUUUGGAGAGGCUGCAGAGACGUAUAAGAGUCACUAUGGUGUUGAGACUAAAAAGGAGACAAGCAUUAAAAGUGAAGCAGUGCGGACAGAACACUUAAUGCUGCAUAAAGAAGGUGAAGCAAAGGUGACAGAAACUGCCAGAGUUCCUGUACCUGCAGAAAUCCCUGCUACGCCGCCCUCCUUAGUCUCAGGCCUCAAAAAUAAGACUGUGACUGAAGGUGAAUCUGUCACUCUGGAAUGCCAAAUAUCUGGUCAUCCUCAGCCUACAGUGACGUGGUACAGGGAAGACUACAAAAUUGAGAGCUCAAUGGACUUCCAGAUCACUUUCAAAGCAGGACUUGCUCGUCUUGUGAUUCGUGAAGCCUUUGCAGAGGACAGUGGAAGAUUUACCUGCACUGCUACCAAUAAGGCUGGGAGUGUCAGCACUUCUUGCCACUUGCACGUGAAAGUUACUGAAGAAAUUGAGACUCGAGAAACCAUUUCUGAGAAGGCUGUCACCGAAGAGAAACGCUAUGUGGAGACAAAGGACAUUGUAAUGGAAGAUGUCUCUGCGGCAGCAGAGGAAGUAUCGGGAGAACCCAUACCUCCUUUCUUCAUUAGAAAACCCAUGGUGCAUAAAUUAAUUGAAGGUGGGAGCAUUAUUUUUGAAUGCCAAGUAGGGGGCAACCCAAAGCCACAUGUCUACUGGAAAAAAGGCGGAGUUCCUCUAACGACUGGCUACAGAUACAAAGUGAGUUAUAAAAAAGAAACCGGGGAAUGCAAACUUGAAAUUUCCAUGACUUUUGCCGAUGAUGCCGGAGAAUACACUAUUGUUGUUCGUAAUAAUCUUGGAGAAGCUUCUGCAACGGUCUCCUUACUAGAAGAAGCUGAUUACGAAGCCUACAUAAAAUCGCAACAAGAAAUGAUGUACCAAACUCAAAUGACUGCAUACGUACAGGAACCUAAAGUGGCUGAGGUAGCCCCACCCAUUUCCUAUGGUGACUUUGAAAAAGAGUAUGAGAAAGAACAAGCUCUAAUUAGGAAGAAAAUGGCAAAAGAUACAGUGAUGGUCAGAACUUUUGUAGAAGAUGAGGAAUUCCAUAUUUCUUCUUUUGAAGAAAGACUUAUCAAGGAAAUUGAACUCAGAAUUAUUAAGACUACAUUACAUGAACUUCUUGAAGAAGAUGGAGAGGAGAUGAUGGUUGAUAUUUCUGAAUCUGAAGCUGUAGAAGCAGGAUUCGAUUUAAGAUUAAAGAAUUACAGAACCUUUGAAGGGACAGGAGUUACCUUCCAUUGCAAGACAUCUGGAUAUCCAUUGCCAAAGGUGGCAUGGUACAAGGAUGGCAAACGUAUAAGGCAUGGAGAGCGCUACCACAUGGAACUUCUGCAAGAUGGGAGCGCCACUCUGCGUUUACCUGUUGUUUUACCUGAAGAUGAAGGAAUUUAUACUGUCUUUGCCAGUAAUAUGAAAGGAAAUGCCAUUUGCUCAGCAAAACUCUAUGUUGAGCCAGUUGCACCUACAGCAACUCCAGGUUAUAUGCCAGGACCUGAAGUUAUGAGAAGAUAUAGGUCUAUUUCUCCACGGUCUCCAAGCCGGUCUCCUGCCCGCAGCUCUCCUUCUCGUUCUCCUGCCCGGAGAUUAGAAGAAACUGAUGAAGGGCAACUAGAGAGACUGUAUAAGCCCGUUUUUGUGUUGAAACCAACAUCAUUUAAAUGUUCACAGGGGCAGACAGCAAGAUUUGACUUAAAAGUUGUUGGCAGACCUAUGCCAGAGACAUACUGGUUCCAUAAUGGUCAACAAGUGAUUAAUGACUACACCCAUAAAAUAGUGAUUAAAGAAGAUGGUACCCAGUCAUUGAUCAUUGUUCCUGCAAUGCCUGAAGACUCUGGAGAAUGGGCUGUCAUUGCUCAGAACAGGGCAGGCAAAGCUUCAGUCUCAAUGACACUGACUGUAGAAGCUAAGGAAGACCUGGUCAGACCACACUUUGUGGAAAGGUUGAGAAAUGUCAGCGUGAAGGAGGGCUCUAGACUGGAGAUGGCAGUGAAAGCUACUGGUAACCCUAAUCCUGAUAUUGUAUGGCUCAAGAACAGUGACAUCAUUGUGCCUCAUAAAUACCCCAAAAUAAAGAUUGAGGGAACCAAAGGGGCAGCUGCCCUUAAAAUUGAAUCUACUGCCAGGCAAGAUGCUGCUUGGUAUACUGCUACUGCUAUCAAUAAAGCUGGACGGGACACUACCCGCUGCAAAGUAAAUGUUGAGGUUGAACACACAGAACCUGAACCAGAAAGGAAAUUAAUAAUUCCAAAAGGAACUUACAAAGCCAAGGAGAUUGCAGCACCAGAGUUAGAACCUCUCCAUCUGCGUUAUGGUCAAGAGCAAUGGGAGGAAGGAGAUCUCUAUGACAAAGAAAAGCAACAGAAACCAUUUUUUAAGAAGAAGCUCACAUCUUUAAGGCUCAAACAGUUUGGACCAGCACACUUUGAAUGCAGGCUGACACCAAUUGGUGACCCAACCAUGGUGGUGGAGUGGUUGCAUGAUGGCAAACCCUUGGAAGCAGCUAACAGACUCCGCAUGAUCAAUGAGUUUGGGUACUGUAGCCUGGACUAUGGGGUAGCCUAUUCCAGAGACAGUGGAGUGAUUACUUGCAGAGCAACUAACAAAUAUGGUACAGACCAUACAUCUGCUACUCUGAUCGUGAAGGAUGAGAAAAGUCUUGUGGAAGAAUCCCAGUUGCCAGAAGGCAAAAGAGGACUCCAGCGAAUUGAAGAGUUAGAAAGAAUGGCCCAUGAAGGUGCUCUACCUGCUGUUGCACUGGACCAAAAGGAAAAACAAAAACCAGAAAUUGUUUUGGUGCCUGAACCUGCAAGAGUCCUUGAAGGUGAAACAGCACGAUUCCGCUGCCGUGUGACUGGCUAUCCUAUGCCCAAGGUUAACUGGUACCUCAAUGGACAACUCAUCCGUAAGAGCAAAAGGUUUAGGCUCCGUUAUGAUGGAAUCUACUACCUGGAUAUUGUGGACUGCAAAUCAUAUGACACAGGAGAGGUGAGAGUCACUGCAGAGAAUCCAGAAGGCUUUAUUGAGCAUAAGGUCAAACUUGAGAUACAGCAGAGGGAAGACUUCAGAUCUGUUCUUCGUCGUGCUCCUGAGCCCAAACACGAGCCUGUAGUUACAGAACCUGGGAAACUCCUCUUUGAGGUACAGAAGGUAGACAAACCUGCAGAGGCAACAACCAAAGAAGUGGUGAAGCUGAAAAGGGCUGAAAGAAUCACUCAUGAAAAGCUUUCAGAGGAAUCUGAAGAGCUGCGUAGUAAAUUCAAGCGCAGGACAGAAGAGGGCUACUAUGAAGCCAUUACCGCUGUGGAACUUAAGUCUCGCAAAAAAGAUGAAUCAUAUGAAGAAAUGCUAAAAAAGACAAAAGAAGAACUUCUUCACUGGACCAAAGAGAUCCCAGAGGAAGAGAAGAAAGCACUUCCUCCUGAAGGCAAAAUCACCAUUCCAACAUUCAAACCAGAGAAGGUGGAGCUUAGUCCAAGCAUGGAGGCUCCCAAGAUAUUUGAACGAAUUCAAAGCCAGACUGUAGCCCAAGGAACAGAUGUACACUUCCGUGUGAGAGUGGUGGGAAAACCUGACCCUGAAUGCCAGUGGUUCAAAAAUGGUGUUCAGAUUGAAAGGACUGAUCGUGUAUACUGGUACUGGCCUGAAGAUAAUGUUUGCGAACUAGUUAUCAGAGAUGUGACUUCUGAUGAUUCCGCCAGCAUCAUGGUGAAAGCAGUCAAUAUAGCUGGGGAAACUUCUAGCCAUGCUUUCCUAUUAGUACAAGCCAAGCAGUUAAUCAGCUUCACCCAGAAGUUACAAGAUGUUGUCGCUAAAGCAAGAGACUCCAUGGCAACAUUUGAAUGUGAAACAUCAGAGCCCUUUGUCAAAGUGAAAUGGUUCAAGGAUGGAAUUGAAAUUCAUUCUGGAGACAAGUACAGGAUGCACUCAGACAGAAAGGCUCACUUCCUUUCUGUAUUAACAAUUGAUAUGUCUGAUGCUGAUGACUACAGCUGUGCACUGGUUGAAGAUGAAUCUGUUAAAACCACUGCAAAGCUUACUGUUGAAGGUGCUGCAGUUGAGUUUAUUAAAGAACUUGAAGAUGUUGAAGUGCCAGAAUCCUUCUCAGGUGAACUUGAAUGCGAGGUUUUCCCAGAAGAUGUGGAGGGUAAAUGGUAUCAUGGUGAUGUUGAACUCACUUCUGGCCUCAAACAUGUGAUUACAUCCCGCCGUGGUCGUCAGAUCCUCACUAUUAAAGAUGUUAAUAAAGAUGAUCAAGGAGAGUAUAGUUACGUUGUUGACGGAAAAAGGACUCAAUGCAAACUGAAGAUGAAGCCUCGUCCCAUGGCAAUUCUUCAAGGACUUACUGAUCAAAAAGUCUGUGAGGGAGAUAUCGUGCAACUUGAAGUCAAAGUCUCCCUUGAAAAUGCAGAAGGUGUCUGGAUGAAAGAUGGCCAAGAAAUUCAAUCAAGUGACCGUAUUCACAUUGUGUUGGAUAAGCAAUCACAUAUGCUGCUCAUAGAAGAUGCCACAAAGGAAGAUAGUGGAACUUACUCUUUUAGUGUUCCUGAUCUUGAGUUGUCAACCACUGGACAGGUCACAGUGUACAGUGUAGAAAUAGUGGUGCCUCUAAAAGAUAUUCACGUAAUUGAAGGAACAAAAGCCAUCCUCGAAUGCAAAGUUUCAGCACCUGAUGUGUCCUCCUCAAAAUGGUACCUAAAUGAUAAUCAAAUAAAGACAGAUGAACGUGUGCAAGCUGUAUGUAAAGGCACUAAACAGAGGCUAGUGCUCACCAGAACCCAUGCAUCAGAUGCAGGACACUAUAAGCUAAUGGUUGGCAAAGUGGAAACAAGCUGCAAUGUCACAGUUGAAGAAAUUGAGAUUAUUAGAGGUCUUCAUGACAUCACCUGCACUGAAACACAGAAUGUGUCCUUUGAGGUCGAGCUCUCCCAUUCAGGGAUUGAUGUAAUUUGGCAUUUCAAAGGCCAACCCAUAAAGGCUGGUCCUAAAUAUAAAAUUGAAGCACGUGGCAAAAUAUAUAAAUUGACAGUGGUGAAGAUGAUGAAAGAUGAUGAAGGAGAAUAUGUCUUUUAUGCUGGAGAGAAGAAAACAUCUGGGAAGCUUAUAGUAGCAGGCGGUGCCAUUUCAAAGCCUCUCAGUGACCUGACUGUGGCUGAGUCCCAGACAGCUGUUUUUGAAUGUGAGGUGGCAAAUCCUGAAUCAGAGGGCCAGUGGCUACAAAAUGGUAGACCAUUAGCUACAACAGAUCAGUACCGUGCUGAAUCUGAUGGUGUAAAGAGAAGGCUUGUUAUCCCUGCAACAAAACUGGAGGAUAUGGGUGAAUACAGCUAUGAAAUAGCAAGCUCAAAGACAUCUGCUAAACUGAAGGUUGAAGCUGUUAAGAUAAAGAAAACACUAAAGAACUUGACUGUGACAGAAUCACAGGAGGCAGUUUUCAGUGUAGAGCUGACCCACCCUGAUGUGAUAGGAGCUCUAUGGAUUAAAAAUGGUGUUGAACUUGAAUCAAGUGACAAAUAUGAAAUUACAGUGAAAGGAACUGUUCACACAUUGAGAAUAAAACGCUGUGUUGUCACCGAUGAGUCUGUUUACAGCUUUAAACUUGGAAAAAUAGGAGCAAAUGCCAGACUUCAUGUGGAAACUGUCAAGAUCAUCAAAAAGCCAAAGGAUGUGACUGCUUUGGAAAAUGCUGUCGUCUCAUUUGAACUGAGUGUUUCCCAUGAUACUGUGCCAGUCAGGUGGUUCCACAAAAAUAUUGAGCUUAAACAAAGUGAUAAAUACAAAAUGAUCUCUCAAAGGAAAGUUCACAAGCUUAUGCUGCAUAAUAUAUCUCCUGAUGAUGCUGGGGAAUACACAGCUCUUGUUGGGCAAAUUGAGUGCAAAGCAAAACUGUUUGUUGAAAGCAUACACAUCACAAAAACCAUGAAAAAUAUUGAGAUCCCUGAGACCAAAACUGCCUCCUUUGAAUGUGAAGUUUCUCAUUUCAAUGUGCCUGCUGUCUGGUUGAAAAAUGGUGUGGAGAUUGAAAUGAGUGAAAAGUUCAAAAUAGUUGUCCAAGGCAAACUCCAUCAGCUCAAUAUCAUGAACACAAGCAGUGAAGAUUCUGCAGAAUACACCUUUGUCUGUGGAAAUGAUAGAGUCAGCGCAACCCUGACUGUAAAACCCAUCCUAAUUACCUCCAUGCUAAAAGACAUCAAUGCUGAAGAGAAAGAUACAAUAACAUUUGAAGUUACUGUUAAUUAUGAAGGCAUCUCAUAUAAAUGGCUAAAGAAUGGUGUAGAAAUAAAAUCGACUGAUAAAUGCCAGAUACGAACAAAGAAGCUUACACACUCCCUAUCCAUAAGGAAUGUGCAUUUUGGAGAUGCAGCAGAAUAUACUUUUGUUGCUGGACAAGCAGCUUCAUCAGCCACUUUAUAUGUGGAAGCUCGUCACAUUGAGUUCAGGAAGCAUAUUAAAGACAUCAAAGUGGUGGAGAAGAAGAGGGCUAUUUUUGAGUGUGAAGUUUCAGAACCUGACAUUCAGGUCCAGUGGAUGAAGGAUGGGCAAGAACUCCAGAUUGGUGAUAGGAUGAAAAUUCAGAGAGAGAAAUAUGUCCAUCGUCUCAUCAUUCCUUCCACAAGGAUGUCUGAUGCUGGUCAGUACACUGUAGUAGCUGGUGGAAACACAUCCAGUGCCAAAUUGAUAGUGGAAGGUCGUGACAUUCGUAUCAGAAGUGCCCAUAAAGAUAUUCAGGUCAUUGAGAGGCAAAGAGCUGAAAUUGAAUUUGAAGUCAAUGAAGAUGACAUUGAACCACAGUGGUACAAGGAUGGUAUAGAGAUCAACUUCCAGUAUGAGGAAAGAUACAAGUAUGUGGUGGAAAGGAGAGUUCAUCGAAUGAGCAUCUUUGAAACCACUUACUCCGACGCUGGGGAAUAUACUUUUGUGGCAGGACGGAAUAGGAGUUCUGUUAUGCUUUAUGUGAAUGCUCCGGAGCCACCCCAGAUUAUUCGGGAGCUAGAGCCAACUACUGUGGAGUCUGGCAAACCUGCCCGCUUUUGUGCUAUUGUAUCAGGCAAACCCCAGCCCAAAAUUUCCUGGUACAAAGAUGAUCAACAGCUUUCUCCAGGUUUCAAGUGCAAAUUUCUUCAUGAUGCACAAGAAUAUACUCUUCUGCUGAUUGAAACUUUCCCUGAAGAUGAAGCAGUGUACACCUGUGAAGCAAAAAAUGACUAUGGAGUAGCUACAACUUCAGCUUCACUUUCAGUUGAAAUCCCAGAAGCUGUCUCUCCUGAGCUAGAAAUGCCAGUGUAUCCACCUGCUGUCAUAAUACCACUACGUGAUGCUGUUACAUCUGAGGGACAUUCUGCUCGUUUUCAGUGCAGAGUUUCUGGAACAGAUCUGAAAGUGUCUUGGUACAGCAAAGAGAAGGAGAUCAAGCCAUCGCGGUUUUUUAGAAUGACUCAGUUUGAAGACACCUACCAGCUAGAGAUUGCUGAAGCUUACCCAGAGGAUGAAGGAAUCUAUACCUUUGUGGCGAGUAAUUCUGUAGGCCAAGUGACCAGCACUGCUACCUUGAAGUUAGAAGCUGCUGAAAAAAUUGUUCAUGAGAAGCUAGAGGAAGAGGUUGAAAUGGAAGUGAAAGUUGCACCGAUCCUGAGGAGAAGGCUUGAACCCUUGGAGGUGGCUGUAAAUCACGUGGCCAAGUUUACCUGUGAGGUAGAGAUGGCUCCCAAUGUCAAGUUCCAGUGGUACAAAGCUGGACGAGAGAUAUAUGAUGGGGACAAAUACUCCAUUCGCACCUCCAACUACCUCUCCACACUGGAGAUCCCAAGGCCUCAAGUUGUUGACUGUGGGGAAUAUAGCUGUAAGGCUUCCAACCAGCAUGGCAGUGUUAGCUCUACGGCUGUUCUAACGGUAACUGAGGCAUUACCACCAACGUUUCUUACCAGACCUGAACCUAUUACUACUUUUGUUGGCAAAAGUGCCAAGUUCCUGUGUACUGUUUCGGGCACUCCAGUCAUCGACAUCACCUGGCAGAAAGAUGGAACAACUAUUUCACCUUCAGACCACCAUAAGAUCUCCAAAGUGGAAAAUAAACAUAUUUUAGAAAUUUCCCUUCUUACCGCUAGUGACAGAGGGGUUUACACUUGCAAAGCUUCCAACAAGUUUGGGGCUGACAUUUGCCAGACUGAAAUGGUCAUUAUAGACAAGCCCCACUUCAUUAAAGAUUUGCAGUCAGUACAGUCAGCAGUUAAUAAGAAAAUACGCCUUGAAUGUCAGGUGGAUGAAGACAGGAAAGUAACUGUAGUGUGGACAAAGGAUGGAAACAAAAUCCCUCCAGGCAAAGAUUAUAAGAUUUACUUUGAAGACAAAAUAGCCUCACUUGAGAUUCCUUUGGCUAAGCUCAAGGACUCAGGCCACUAUGUGUGUACUGCUUCAAAUGAGGCAGGAAGCAGCUCCUCUUCUGCCAGUGUCACAGUCAGAGAACCACCAUCCUUCGUGAAGAAGGUCGAUCCAUCUUAUUUACUGACCCCAGGCGACUCUGCACGUCUUCAAUGCAAAAUCAAAGGGUCUCCUGAAAUCCAGGUUACUUGGUUCAAGAAUAAUAAGGAAAUCCAUGAAAGUAACACGCACAGGAUGUCCUUUGUUAAUUCUGUGGCUGUCUUAGAUAUUUUGGAAAUGAAAGUUGAUGACACUGGGACCUACUCAUGUGAAGCUGUCAACGAGGUUGGAAGUGACAGUUGCACCACUGAAGUGGUUGUCAAAGAGCCUCCAUCUUUCAUCAGAACACUUGAACCUGCAGAGCUAGUGAAGGGAACAAACCCCAUUCUUCAGUGUGAGGUUGCUGGCACUGGACCCUUUGAGAUUAGCUGGUACAAAGACAAGAAGCAGAUUCGGAGUAGUAAAAAAUACAGGUUGACCUCUCAGAAGGCUGUUAUUUCUUUGGAGGUGUCCUCAUUUAAUAGUGCAGAUGUCGGUGAAUACGAGUGUGUGAUAGCUAAUGAAGUCGGGAAGUGCAUGUGCAGUGCCACAUACAUCUUGAAAGAACCACCAUCUUUUGUUAAGAAAAUCGAAAAUGUGACAGCUCUGGCUGGAGAUAGUGUUACAUUACAGGCCGUGGUGAAAGGGUCAGAGCCUAUUUCUGUGACAUGGAUGAAAGGCAAAGACAUUAUUAAAGAUGAUAACAAUGUGAGAGUGUCAUUUGAUCACGGUCUAGCAACACUGCAAAUUACUGGAGUCCAGCUGAGCUCUGGUGGCAAAUACACCUGCGUGGCUGAGAAUGAUGCAGGAAGUCAGUCCUGCUUUGGUGAACUAGCAGUGAAAGAACCUGCCAAAAUAAUUGAAAAAGCUGAAAUGAUCCAGGUUACAGCUGGGGAACCAGCUAUUUUGGAGUACACUGUCACAGGCACUCCAGAGCUGAAAAGCACAUGGUUCAAAGACGGAAAGCCACUACCUGCCAGCAAAAAAUAUAGGAUCAGCUUCAAAAAUAACAUUGCCCAGCUCAAGUUUUAUGCCACUGAAAUGCAGGACAGUGGUGAAUAUACCUUUGAGAUAUCCAAUGAUGUGGGCAUCAGUUCUUGUACUACCAGCUUCACUGUGCUAGAUCGCACUCUCCCUCCCUUCUUUACUAAACCACUGAAGAAUAUUGACAGCGUCAUUAGCUCCUCAUGCCGCCUAGACUGCAAAAUUUCAGGCUCUCUUCCAAUGACUGUCUCAUGGUUUAAGCAGGAUACUGAGAUCACUUCAAGUGCCAAGUACACAGUACACUUUGCAGAAGGCUCAGCAUCUUUGGAAAUAAAACACCUAGAUGCAAAUGAUGCUGGGGUCUACAUUUGCAGAGCCACAAACUCUGCUGGUAGCAAAGAGAGCAGUAGCACUUUGUUUAUAAAAGAGCCACCCAGCUUCACUGUAGAACCACAGUCUCAAGAUGUGUUGCCUGCAUCAACUGUACAUUUCAAAGGAAUGUUUAAAGGCACAACACCACUGACAGUGAAAUGGUUUAAAGAUGAUACUGAGCUGGUGACAGGAGGAGCCUGCUACAUUAUGACAGAAGCAUUAGCAAGUUACUUGGAGCUUUAUGCAGUCAAACCAACUGAUUCUGGAAAAUACACCUGCAAAGUCUCCAAUGUAGCUGGUUCAGUAACAUGCAGUGCAAACUUAUUUGUGAAAGAACCUGCUGCCUUCAAGGAGAAGCUAGAGCCGACUCACCUGGUAAAGAAAGGUGGAUAUGCUGAGCUGAACUGUGAAGUCACUGGUACUCCUGAGAUUAAAAUCACGUGGUUCAAGGAUGAUAGAGAGCUAAAAGAGAGUGACAAAUACAGGAUAUCUUUUACAAAAUCUUUGGCAAUACUCCGUGUUUUGGAGGCUGAUACUGAAGACAGUGGGGAAUACAUUUGCGAAGCCAAAAAUGACGCUGGAAAAGAUAUCUGCAGUAGCGUUGUUACAGUUAAAGAGUCACCUUAUUUUAGCAAGGAGUUUCAAUCCAUGGAAGUCUUGAAGGAUUCUGAUGUGGUUUUGGAAUGUGAGGUGCUUGGCACGCCUCCCUUUGAAGUGUUUUGGGUGAAAGAUGAUAAACCUGUGCGGAGCAGUAAGAAGCACAGAAUAAGCAUUGAGAAAUCUUUGAUUAGCCUCCACGUUUUCAGGUUUGAUGCUUCUGAUGUUGGCGAGUAUCAGUGUAGAGUAACCAACGAUGUUGGGAGCUGCCUCUGCCGUUCAGAGGUCACGCUGAAAGAGCCUCCGCAGUUUUUGAAGAAGAUAGAAAACAUUAGCUCCCUUCGAGGGGGAACAGUUGUAUUUCAGGCUGCUAUUAAAGGUUCCUUGCCCAUCACUGUGUCCUGGUUGAAAGAUAAUGAUGAAGUGAUUGAAGACAACAAUAUCAAAAUGACCUUUGUGAACAAUGUUGCCACUCUUAUGGUGAGAUCUAUUGAGCUGAAACAUGAUGGGAAAUAUUUCUGUCAGGCUAAAAACGAGGCAGGAAUUCAGAGGUGCUCUGCUCUGCUGACUGUCAAAGAACCUGCUACAAUUGUGGACAAGGCUGUGUCAAUAGAUGUGACUGAGGGAGACCCAGCAACCUUGCAGUGUAAAUUUUCAGGAACAAAACCUAUUACAGCCAAAUGGUUCAAAGAUGGCAAGGAACUGACAUUGGGCCCAAAAUAUAAGAUCAGCAUUACAGAUACCGUCUCAGUCUUAAAAGUGCUUUAUGCAGAUAAGAAAGAUAGUGGAGAAUACAUUUUUGAGGUUCAAAAUGACGUUGGGAGCAGUAGCUGUUCUGCCAGCAUUAAUGUCCUAGAUCUCAUUAUACCACCUAAAUUCACCAAAAAACUCAAGAAAAUGGACAGCAUUAAGGGGUCUUUUGUCCACCUGGAGUGCAUAGUGUCUGGUUCACAUCCCAUAAGUAUCCAGUGGUACAAGGAUGGCCAAGAAAUAACAGCAAGUGAAAAGCACAAAUACUCUUUCCAUGAUAAUACUGCAUUUCUGGAAAUAAAUAAACUGGAAGGCACAGACAGUGGCUCUUACACCUGUGAAGCUACAAAUAAAGCUGGAAGCAACCAAUGCAGCGGGUUCUUAACAGUCAAAGAACCACCGUAUUUUGUGGAAAAACCCCAGUCUCAAGAGGUUGUGCCCAAUGCUAGGGUUCAGUUCAAAGCACUGGUGAAAGGGUCUACUCCUAUGCAGAUAAAGUGGUUUAAAGACAGCCAGGAGCUCCUGUCUGGAGCCAGCCGAUCUGUCUGGAAGGAUGACACUUCUAGUGUUCUGGAGCUCUUCUCAGCUAGGACAUCUGAUUCUGGGAACUACACUUGUCAGAUAAGCAAUGAUGUGGGGACUGCAACCUGCAAAGCAACUCUAUUUGUAAAAGAGCCCCCCAGAUUUAUUCAGAUGCCAACUUCUGUAGUAGCUUUGCGUGACGGACAGUCCACCACUUUUGAGUGCCAGGUAGUAGGCACGCCAGAGAUCCACAUUACAUGGUACCUGGAUGGGAAUGAAGUGACUGACCAAGCUAAGUACGGCAUCUCCUUCAUAGAUGGUUUAGCCACUUUGAGAAUCACUCAAGCCAGAGUGGCAGAUAGUGGGAUUUAUGUUUGUGAAGCCCACAAUGAUGCAGGUAGUGAGAGCUGCAGCGUCGAGCUGAAAGUAAAAGAGCCUCCAACCUUUGUUCGGGAGUUGCGUCCCACCGAGGUAGUGAAGGGUUCAGAGGCCACACUAGAAUGUGAGGUGACUGGUACCCCUCCAUUUGAGGUGAAGUGGCUGAAGAACAAUAAGGAGAUGUUCAGCAGCAAGAAAUACGCCAUCUCCACCAAAGAAUCAGUAUUUACUCUUAAUGUGACUAACUGUGACAUCUCAGAUGUUGGUGAAUAUCAGUGUAUUAUAUCAAAUGAAGGUGGGAGCUGUUCUUGCAGCACAAGACUCAGCUUAAAAGAACCACCGUCCUUUGUCAAGAAGCUGGAGAACGUCACUAGCAUUUUGAAAGGUGAUGCAUUCUUUCAGUGCGUCGUAGCAGGUGCUCAGCCCUUAUCUGUGUCAUGGAUAAAAGAUGAGAAAAUACUAGAAGACGAUGAACACCACCACAUUACCUUUGAGAACAGGGUGGCCACACUGAAGCUUACUAAUGUUGACCUCAGCCACAGAGGGAGAUAUACCUGUCAGGCAAAGAAUGAAUCUGGCGUGGAGAAGUGCUUUGCUUUGCUUUUUGUACAAGAGCCUGCACAGAUCAUAGAAAAGGCUAAAUCACUUAAAGUCACUGAAAAAGACCCUGUGACUUUGGAGUGUACUGUGGCUGGGACACCAGAGCUCCGAAUAAGAUGGUACAAGGAUGGCAAGCAGCUCCUGCCCAGUAGAUACUACACAAUGAGCUUUGAAAACAAUGUGGCCAGUUUCAGGAUCGAACCUGUAUCGAAGGAGGAUAGUGGUACAUACAGUUUUAAGGUUGAAAAUGACUUCGGAAGCAGCACCUGUGAAGCUGUUCUGACUGUGCUAGAUCAAUCAAUUCCUCCUGUAUUUAUCAAAAAGCUAACCAAAAAGGAUACCAUUCUGGGAUCUUCUAUCCAAAUGGAGUGCAAAGUCUCCGGGUCACUACCCAUUGUUGCAAAAUGGUUUAAAGAUGGAAAAGAGAUAACUGACAGUGCAAAAUAUAGAAGCCUGUGCCAUGAGAACACGAUGUCACUCGAAAUUGCUAAUCUAGAGCUGACAGACAGCGCAAAUUACACAUGCAGUGUCUCUAAUGUUGCUGGAAAUGAUUCUUGCAGUGCUGUCCUGACUGUGAAAGAGCCACCAAGCUUCUUAGUAAAACCUGAAAGCCAGCAAGCCAUACCAGAUUCCACAGUGGAGUUUAAGGCCACACUGAAAGGAACACCACCCUUUACAGUAAAGUGGUUCAAAGAAGACUUAGAACUUGUAUCUGGUCCAACUUGUUUCAUUGGGAUUGAAGGUUCAAUUGGGUUCUUAACCCUCUAUUCAGUGGAUUCUUCUAGGAGUGGGCACUACACUUGCCAUGUUUCAAAUGAUGUUGGCAGUGACUCUUGCACUACAACACUGAUGGUAACAGAACCCCCCAAGUUUUCUAAGAAGCUAGAGGCAGCAAAAGUAGUCAAGCAGGGUGACUCAGCCCGGCUUGAGUGCAAAGUAAGUGGAUCUCCAGAGAUGAAAGUAGUGUGGUUCAGAAAUGACCAUGAAAUUGUUGCCAGUGAAAAAUUCCGGACAUCAUUCAUUGACUCUGUGGCUGUGCUUGAAAUGAAUCAUCUGAGCACUGAUGAGAGCGGUGACUACAUCUGUGAAGCUCACAACCCUGCCGGCAAAGCCAGCUGCAGCACCAAAGUCACAGUGAAAGAACCUCCUGUCUUUAGCAGGAAGCCUUCUCCAGUAGACAUUGUCAAAGGAUCUGAGGUUAGCCUGGAAUGUGAGAUUUCAGGAACACCUCCGUUUGAUGUUGCCUGGUACAAAGAUAGGAGACAAAUCCGCAGUAGUAAGAAGUACAAGGUUACAGCCAAAAACUACCACACGAGCAUUCACAUUCUUAAUGUCGAAGCUGCAGAUGUUGGUGAAUAUCAGUGCAAAGCACAGAACGACGUAGGAAGUGACACUUGUAUUUGCACUGUGAAGCUGAAAGAACCACCAAAAUUCUUGACUAAAAUAAACAGCAUUACUGUCGUGGUUGGUGAACCAGUAGAGUUGCAAGCAAGAGUGGAGGGCUCCCAGCCAAUUUCUGUGCAGUGGCUUAAAGACAAAGAGGAAAUUAUCAGAGAAAGUGAGAACACAAAGAUCACAUUUACGGAAAAUAUUGCAACUUUGCAAUUUGUGCGCACAGAAACAAGCAGUGCUGGAAAAUAUACCUGUCAGAUCAGAAAUGAUGCUGGAAGUCGCGAGUGUAUGGCUACCUUAACUAUUCUAGAGCCUGCAGUCAUUGUAGAGAAAGCAGAGCCAAUGAAAGUUACUAUAGGAGAUGCCUGUACUUUGGAAUGCAAAGUAGCAGGCACACCACAGCUUUCCACUGGGUGGUUCAAGGAUGGCAAAGAACUGACCAGCAGCCAAAAAUACAGAAUCACUUUCCUCAAUAAUGUAUCUACACUUAAAAUUAUGGAUGCAGAAAAGGAAGAUGGUGGAUUGUACACUUUUGCUGUUCAAAACGACGUGGGGAAAAGCAGUUGUACAGCAUCGGUUGAUGUUUUAGAUCGAAUCAUUCCUCCUUCUUUCACAAGAAAACUAAAGGAAACCCCUGGUGUUCUGGGUUCCUCAGCACUGCUGGAAUGUAAAGUGUCAGGGUCACCUCCUAUUUCUGUUGUCUGGUUCCAAAAUGGACUUAAGCUAGUUAGUGGAGAAAAACAUCAAAUCUCCUUUUCAGACAACCUAUGUAUUUUAGAAGUUAAUUCACUGAGCCACUCAGAUACUGGCACUUACACCUGCAAAGCUACCAACACAGCUGGCUCAGAUGAAUGCAGUGCUGUAUUGACUGUACAAGAGCCACCUUCUUUCGAGAGGACCCCAGAGCCUCUGGAUGUAUUGCCAGGCACAAGCGUCACUUUCACAUGUGUUGUCAGAGGAACCCCUCCUUUCAAGGUUAACUGGUUUAGAGGGGCCAAUGAACUUGUGCCAGGGGACAAAUGCAAUAUCUACUUGGAGGAGUCUGUUGUGGAGCUUGAGUUAUUUGAUGUAACUCCUCCCCAAAGUGGAGAGUAUACUUGUCUAGUGACUAAUGAUGCUGGCAGGGUAAAUUGUACAACACACCUUACAGUAAAAGAGCCAGCUGUCUUUGUGAAGAAACUGAGUGAUCAGUAUGUGGAGCCUGGCAAGCCCAUCAUCCUAGAGGGCACUUACACAGGCAGCCUGCCCAUCUCUGUGACAUGGAAGAAGAAUGGCCACACCAUCACCCAAUCUGAGAGGUGUAGCAUCACCACCACAGAGAAAUCCUGCAUCCUGGAAAUACUUGACAGCAGCAAAGAAGAUGCAGGAGAAUACACUUGCCAUGUUGAAAAUGAGGCAGGAAGAGAUGUUUGUGAGGCUGUAGUCACUACCCUAGAACCUCCCUAUUUUGUUACACACUUGGAACCUCUUGAGGUGUCAGUUGGGUCUUACACAACAUUGCAAUGCCACAUUGCUGGAACACCAGAAAUUACUGUGUCUUGGUACAAAGGUGAUACAAAACUCAGGUCUACUCCUGAGUAUAAAGUGUUCUUUAAAGACAAUAUCGCUACACUUAUUUUCAACAAGGUGGCUAGCAACGACAGUGGAGAAUAUAUCUGCAAGGCUGAAAACACUGUAGGAACUGCAUCUACAAAGGCUCUCUUAACCGUUCAAGAACGCAAACAACCACCUUCCUUCGCAAGAAAAUUGAAGGACAUUGAACACCCUGCCGGUUUACCCCUUAAGCUUAUGUGCCGGCUCAAUGGCUCAGAACCCAUUACUGUCACUUGGCACAAGGAUGGUGUGCUGCUGAAGGAUGACCACAAUGUGCACACAUCCUUUGUAGAUAAUGUUGCAGUGCUGCAACUGGUGCAAACCGAGAUGAACCAUACUGGGCAAUAUUCCUGCACAGCCACCAAUUCUGUGGGCACUGCCACCUCAAGUGCUAGGCUCACAGUGGCAGAACCCAAGCAAGCACCUGUCUUCGACAUCAAACCAGAAUCUAUUGAUGUGCCUUUUGGAGAAAGUGCUGAUUUUGAAUGUCAUGUUACGGGAGCCCAGCCCAUACACAUAACGUGGUCCAAGGAUGGUCGGGAGAUCCGAACUGGAGGAAAUUUCAAUAUUACAUUCACAGCCAACACAGCUCACCUUCGAGUGCUCAGAGUGGGUAAAGGAGACUCUGGCCAAUAUACCUGCCAAGCUAGUAAUGAAGCUGGGAAAGACUUCUGCUCAGCCCAACUCAGUGUCAAAGAACCUCCCAAGUUCACCAAGAAGCCUGAAGCUUUGCGGUUCGUGAAGCAAGGGGACACAGUUCAGCUUGAAUGUAAAAUCAGUGGCACACCAGAGAUAAGAAUUGUGUGGUACAAAAAUGAUCAGGCACUCCAGGCAAGCGACAGGCUGCACAUGUCCUUUGUAGACUCCGUGGCAACGCUGACCAUCUUGGGUGCCAGUGCUGAAGAUGCUGGGGAUUACAUCUGUGAAGCCCACAACUCUGCUGGCACAGCCAGCUGCAGCACUUCAGUCACAGUGAAAGAACCACCUGUUUUUAGCAAGGUGCCAAGCCCUGUGGACACUCUUAAAGGCUCAGAUGUUAUCCUUCAGUGCGAGAUAGCAGGGACCCCACCCUUUGAGGUGGCUUGGUUCAAGGACCGGAGGCAGGUCAGGAGCAGCAAGAAGUUCAAGGUGACAGCAAAGCACUCCAUUGCCAGUCUUCAUAUUCUCAAUUUGGAAUCUCAAGAUACUGGAGAAUAUCAAUGCAAAGCUAUGAAUGAGGUGGGAAGCGACACUUGCACCUGCCCAGUGAAAUUCAAAGAACCUCCACGGUUUGCCAAGAAGCUGAGUGACACUGCAAUCUUCAUCGGGGAGCCAACAGCCCUGCAGGCAGUAGUGGAAGGAUCCCCACCAAUUUCUGUUGUCUGGCUCAAGGAUAAGGGUGAAGUUAUUAGGGAGAGUGAAAAUGUUCAAAUGUGGUUUAUGGACAACAUUGCAACUCUUGAGAUUGCCAGUGCAGAGGGAACUGACGUUGGAAAAUACAUCUGUCAGAUCAAAAAUGAUGCUGGCAUGCGGGAGUGCUCUGCCUUUUUACAGGUCCUAGAACCAGCAGUCAUCUUAGAGAAGACCGAGCCGAUCACAGUAAUGGCUGGCAAUCCUUUUACCUUGGAGUGCAAAGUAGGAGGAACACCUGAGCUUAUCACCAAGUGGUACAAAGAUGGCAGGGAACUGAAGAGUGACCGCAAAUACCAAAUUACCUUUUUCAACAAUAUAUCCACUUUGAAAGUCUUUUCUGCAGACAGGGGAGACAGGGGCUUGUAUACUUUUGAGGUGCACAAUGAAGUGGGAGACAGCAGCUGCACUUCUUCAGUUGAUGUUUCAGAUCGCCUUGUUCCUCCUUCAUUCUCAAGAAAACUAAAGGAGACAAAUGGGGUGCUGGGCUCCUCUGUGCUGCUGGAGUGCAAAGUAUCUGGCACAGCUCCCAUAUCUGUGUCUUGGUUUCAAGACGGGAAUGAGAUUGUUAGUGGAGAAAAAUAUGAAAUCUCGUUCUUGGAUAAUGUUUGUGCUUUGAAGUUAAAUGCCCUGGAUGUCACAGAUACAGGGUCAUAUACGUGUGUGGCAGCCAACGUGGCUGGAUCUGAUGAAUGCAGUGCCUUCUUGACUGUACAAGAACCACCUUCUUUUGUGAAGACACCUGAUCCCCAGGAAGUUUUGCCUGGAUCAAAUGUGACAUUCACCAGCUACAUCAAGGGCAGUACUCCCUUCAAAGUGACCUGGUUCCGAGGCAUCAGGGAGCUGGUGCCAGACAGCAGCUGCUCCAUCUCUCUCAAUGAGUCUGUGGCACAGCUGCAGCUGUACAACGUGGAGCCAGGCCACAGUGGGGACUAUGCCUGUGUGGUCACAAAUGAUGCUGGCAGUGCCUCAUGUACAACACAGCUCUUUGUGAAAGAGCCUGCAGUCUUUGUGAAGAAAUUAAGUGAUUUCAGUGUGGAGCAGGGGAAGUCCAUUGUGCUCGAAAGCAGCUACAUUGGUACCCCUCCCAUCGCUGUCACCUGGAAAAGAAAUGGCAUGCCCAUAGCUCAGUCUCAACGCUGCACUGUUACAACUACUGAAAAAUCUGGCAUUCUUGAAAUCUUCAACAGCACAAAGAAUGAUGAAGGCGAAUAUACCUGUGAGGUGGCAAAUGAGGCGGGUGGGGAUGUUUGCCACAGCCUUGUAUCCAUCUUAGAACCACCUUAUUUCAUCACACAUCUGGACCGUGUGGAGGUGAAGCUUGGCGAGCCCUUGACCUUAAAAUGCCAGAUUGGUGGUUCACCAGAAAUCAAGGUGUCCUGGUACAAAGAUGACACCAAGCUCAGAUCAACACAGACUUACAAAAUGCACUUCAAGAACAACGUGGCAACACUAGCAUUCUCCGCUGUAGAGGAUAGCAACAUUGGAGAAUAUAUCUGCAAAGCAGAAAAUACCAUCGGCUUUGCCACCUCCACAGCUUUGCUUGUUGUUAAAGAACGUCAACUUCCCCCUACAUUCACCAGAAAACUUAAAGACAUUCAGGAGGUGGUUGGUGCCCCAGUGACAUUUGACUGCCGCAUAACUGGCUCAGAGCCUAUCCAGGUGUCUUGGUACAAGGACGGGGUUCUCUUAAGCGACACUGAUAACAUGCAAUCAGCCUUCUUAAAUAAUGUUGCGACUUUACAGAUAUUAGAAACUAGUAUGGAUUACUGUGGCCAAUAUACUUGCUCAGCCCAAAAUGCUCUGGGGACUGCCUCUUCCAGUGCCAAACUUCUCCUUACAGAACACUUACAACCUCCCUUCUUUGAUGUCAAGCCGGUAUCUAUCGAUGUGGCACUAGGGGAAAGUGCAACCUUUAAGUGCCACGUGACUGGUUCUGCUCCCAUGAGGAUUGCUUGGACUAGAGACAACAGAGAGAUUCGUCCAGGUGGCAACUACAAAAUGACACUGGUGGAAAACACAGCCAGCUUGACAGUCCUAAAAGUUGGUAAAGGGGAUGCUGGACUCUACACAUGUACUGCCAGCAACAGUGUUGGAAAGGACGCAUGUGCAGCUCAGCUGGCUGUACAAGAACCACCAAGAUUUAUUAAGAAACUAGACUCCUCAAAACUUGUGAAACAGCACGAGUCUACAACAUAUGAAUGCAAAAUAGGUGGAUCUCCAGAAAUCAAAGUCACCUGGUACAAAGGUGAAACUGAAAUCCAUCCCAGUGAAAAAUACAGAAUGUCCUUUGUGGAUUCAGUGGCAGUCAUUGAAAUGUACAACCUCAGUGUUGAAGACAGUGGUGACUACACUUGUGAAGCUCAGAAUCCAGCGGGUAGUGCAAGCACCAGUACUACACUGAGAGUAAAAGCACCCCCCAUUUUUACCAAGAAGCCCCAUCCAGUUGAGACCCUGAAAGGGUCUGAUAUUCACCUGGAGUGUGAGCUUCAGGGCACUCCUCCAUUCCAGAUUUCAUGGUAUAAAGACAAAAGAGAAAUUCGGAGCAGCAAGAAGUAUAAGGUCAUGUCUGAGAACUACAUAGCUAGUCUUCACAUUCUCAGUGUGGAUACUGCAGAUGUUGGUGAAUAUCACUGUAAGGCUGUAAAUGAUGUGGGAAGUGACUCCUGUAUUGGCUCUGUAACACUAAGAGCACCACCAACCUUUGUGAAGAAGCUGAGCGAUGUCACUGUCGUAGUUGGGGAGUCGGUUGAACUGCAGGCUGCCGUACAAGGAUCACAGCCCAUUUCUGUUCUGUGGUUGAAAGACAAAGGGGAAAUCAUCAGAGAAAGUGAUAAUCUUUGGAUCUCUUACUCAGAAAAUGUUGCAACUAUGCAGAUUGGAAAUGCAGAACCAACCAAUGCUGGGAAAUAUAUUUGUCAGAUAAAAAAUGAUGCUGGAGUUCAGGAAUGCUUUGCCAUGCUGAAAGUGCUAGAACCUGCAGUCAUUGUAGAGAAGCCAGGCCCAGUCAAAGUUACAGCUGGAGACUCUUGUACUCUGGAAUGCACAGUAGAUGGCACACCAGAGCUUACUGCUAGGUGGUUUAAGGAUGGUAAUGAACUGUCCACUGACCAUAAAUAUAAAAUCAGUUUCUUCAACAAAGUAUCUGGGCUUAAGAUCCUCAAUGCAACACUAGAAGACAGUGGAGAAUAUACUUUUGAGGUGAAAAACAGUGUUGGUAAAAGCAGCUGCACAGCUUCAGUGCACGUUUCAGAUCGUAUUAUACCUCCUUCUUUCACGAGAAAACUGAAAGAAACAUAUGGUCAGCUGGGUUCUUCUGCUGUACUGGAGUGCAAGGUUUAUGGGUCACCACCCAUUCUGGUUUCCUGGUUUCAUGAUGGACAAGAGAUUACCAGUGGAGAGAAGUAUCAGGCUACUCUUACAGACAAUACCUGUUCUCUGAAAGUGAAUGGACUUCAGGAGUCUGAUAUGGGAACUUAUUUGUGCACAGCUACUAAUGUAGCUGGGUCUGAUGAAUGCAGCGCAUUUUUGAGUGUUAGAGAACCACCAUCUUUUGUGAAGAAACCUGAACCACUGGAUGUUUUAUCUGGGGCAAAUAUAACCUUUACUAGUAUUGUAAAAGGUUCCCCUCCAUUGGAAGUUAAAUGGUUUAGAGGCAGUGUUGAGCUAGUACCAGGACCCAGAUGCAAUAUCACCUUGCAAGAUUCAGUUGCAGAACUGGAGCUGUUUGAUGUACAUCCACUUGAGAGUGGAGACUACACCUGCCAGGUCUCUAAUGAGGCAGGGAAAAUUUCUUGCACUACACAUCUUUUUGUCAAAGAACCUGCCAAAUUUGUGAAGAAGGUGAAUGAUUUAAGUGUAGAGAAAGGGAAAAAUUUAAUCUUGGAAUGCACAUACAUGGGUACUCCACCGAUUUCAGUGACAUGGAAGAAAAAUGGAGUGAAAAUAAUGCACUCUGAAAAGUGUAGCAUCACCACUACAGACACAUCUGCUAUACUGGAAAUCCCUAGCAGCAAACUAGAAGAUCAGGGGCAAUAUUCUUGUCAUAUUGAAAAUGAUUCUGGGAAAGAUUCUUGUCAUGGUACAAUCACAAUACUAGAACCACCUUACUUCAUUACACCCUUGGAGCCAGUGCAGGUGACUGUGGGGGAUUCUGCAUCCUUACAGUGCCAGGUUGCUGGAACACCAGAAAUGAUUGUGUCAUGGUACAAAGGCGAUACAAAGCUGAGAGGAACCGCUACUGUGAAAAUGCACUUUAGGAACCAAAUUGCUACUCUGGUUUUCAGCCAGGUAGACAGUAGUGACAGUGGGGAGUACAUCUGCAAAGUAGAAAACUCUGUUGGGGAGGCUUCUUCAUCAUCUUUGCUUACAGUUCAAGAGCGUAAACUUCCUCCUUCUUUUACACGAAAAUUGAGAGAUGUUCAUGAAACUGUUGGCUUACCAGUCGUGUUUGAUUGUGGCAUUGCUGGCUCAGAACCCAUCGAAGUAUCUUGGUUUAAAGACGGUGUGCGUGUAAAAGAGGACUACAAUGUUCACGCCUCCUUUGUAGAUAAUGUAGCAACUCUCCAGAUUUUGAAGACAGAUAGGAGCCUUAUUGGGCAAUACACCUGCACAGCUGUCAAUGCUAUGGGGACUGCUUCUUCUAGUGGCAGGCUUGUCCUUACAGAAGGGAAGACUCCUCCAUUCUUUGACAUCCCACUUACACCUGUGGAUGGUAUUAUUGGAGAAAGUGCUGAUUUUGAGUGUCACGUUUCUGGAACACAGCCUAUUAGAGUCACUUGGGCAAAAGAUAACCAAGAAAUUAGAACAGGAAAGAACUAUCAGAUCAGUUAUGUAGACAACACAGCUCAUUUGACCAUCUUGAGAGUUGACAGGGGAGAUUCUGGAACAUAUACAUGCUAUGCUAGCAAUGAAGUUGGAAAGGACUCAUGCACAGCUCAACUGGCUGUUAAAGAACGAAAAACUCCUCCUACUUUUACUAAGAAACUGUCUGAAGCAGUAGAAGAAACAGAAGGGAAUGAACUUAAACUUGAGGGUCGUGUUUCUGGCUCUCAGCCUUUGACUGUUGUUUGGUAUAAAAACAAUCAGGAAGUCCAUUCAAGUGCUCACUGUGAAAUAUCUUUCAAAAACAAUACCUUGCUCUUGCAUAUAAAGACGGUAGAGCAAUCAGAUGCUGGUUUAUAUACCUGUAAAGUGUCCAAUGAAGCAGGAAGUGUGUUGAGUACAUCUUCUGUUGUUAUCAGAGAACCUAAAAAGCCUCCAGUGUUUGACCAGCCUCUUCAGCCAGCAGCAGCAGAGGAAGGUGAUACCAUACAGCUUAGCUGUCAUGUUCAGGGAUCACAGCCAAUCCGGAUCCAGUGGCUGAAGGCAGGAAGAGAAAUAAGAGCUUCAGACAGAUGCAGCUUCAGCUUUGCUAAUGGAGUAGCUGUUCUAGAACUUGCUGCAGUUACCAAAUCAGAUUCAGGAGAAUAUGUAUGCAAAGCUUCAAAUGCAGCUGGCACUGAUACUUGCAAAUCUAAAGUGACAGUCAAAGAAAAACCGGCAGCUGCUCCAGCAGCAAAGAAAGCAGAAGUGGAAGGCAAACUUUAUUUUGUGUCAGAGCCUCAGAGUAUCAAAGUCAUGGAAAAGACCGUUGCAACAUUUAUUGCAAAAGUUGGAGGAGACCCGAUUCCAAAUGUUAAGUGGAUGAAGGGAAAAUGGAGGCAACUCAACCAGGGAGGCCGCAUUAUAAUCCAGCAGAGAGGAGAUGAAGCUAAACUAGAAAUAAAGGACACAAUAAAAACUGAUUCUGGCAUGUACAAAUGUGUAGCUUUCAACCAGCAUGGUGAAAUUGAGAGGAGUGUAAACCUGCAAGUUGAAGAAAGAAAGAAAGAAGAAGUUGUUGAAGGGGAUCUCAGGGCAAAACUAAAAAGCACUCCAACAAAAAGAAAAGAAGAGGAAGAGCAACCUAUCGAUAUCUUGGAACUUCUCAAAAAUGUAGAUCCCAAAGAAUAUGAGAAAUAUGCUCGCAUGUAUGGGAUUACAGAUUUCCGUGGCCUCCUGCAAGCCUUUGAGUUACUAAAGCAAACCCAAGCAGAAGAAAGCCAUAGAUUGGAAAUUGAGCUCACAGAGAAAGCUCAAAGGGAAGAUCAGGAGUUUGAUGAACUUGUAGCUUUUAUUCAGCAACGACUCACACAAACAGAGCCUAUUACUCUGAUCAGAGACAUUGAAAAUCAGACGGUUUUAGCAGAUGAGGAUGCUAUCUUUGAAUGUGAGAUUAAGAUUAACUAUCCAGAAAUUAAACUGUCAUGGUACAAGGGAACCCAGAAACUGGACUCCAAUGACAAAUAUGAAAUUAGAAUUGAAGGUGAUCGCCACAUACUGAGAAUUAGAAACUGCCAGCCUGAAGAUCAAGGAAAUUUCAGAAUAGUGUGUGGACCACAUAUUGCCAGUGCCAAGCUAACUGUGAUUGAACCGGCAGUUGAGCGGCACCUUCAUGACACUACUUUCAAGGAAGGAAAAACAUGCACGCUGACUUGUCAGUUCUCUAUCCCAAAUGCCAAGUCUCAGUGGUAUAGAAAUGGGAGACCCAUUAAGAUAGGAGGGAGAUAUUCAACACAAGUCUCUGACAAAGUGCACAAACUCAUCAUCAAGGAUGUUAGAACUGAAGACGAGGGACAGUAUACCUGCAAGCUUGACAGUCUAGAAACAACGGCAGAUCUGGCCAUUGAAGCGGAACCAAUUCAGUUCACCAAGAGCAUACAGAACAUCGUUGUGAGUGAACACCAGUCUGCCACCUUCGAGUGCGAGGUGUCUUUUGAUGAUGCAGUUGUGACGUGGUAUAAAGGCCCCACUGAGCUGAGAGAGAGUCCCAAGUACAGCUUCAGAAGUGAAGGUCGCUGUCAUUAUAUGACUAUUCACAAUGUCAAUGCAGAAGAUGAAGGUGUGUAUUCUGUAAUUGCUCGUCUUGAACCAAGAGGAGAAGCAAGAAGCACUGCAGAGCUCUAUCUCGUAACCAAAGAAAUAAAACUGGAGUUGAAGCCACCAGAUGUUCCUGAUGCCAAGGUUGCAGUUCCACCUCAAAAACCAGCUGAAGCUGCCCCUAUUCCCAUUCUUCUGCCUCUUGUUCCACCUCCAGAGGAGAAAAAGCCAGCAGAGAAAAAGGUUCCAUUAAAGAAAGUACCCCAAAAGGUGGUUAAAAAAGCCCCUGAAGAAGUCCCACCACCUAAAGUUCCUGAGGUGGUACCAGAGAAGCCUAAAGAGGUCAAAAUAACAUCCAUGGCAAGGAGAGAAGAAAUACAUGAAGAAAAGAAAAUACAUGAAAUGCCCAAAGAAAUUUAUGAAGAAUGGGAAGAAGAUUAUGGUGAAGACCAUGACUAUUAUGUCAAGGAAGAGGGCUAUGAUGAAGGGGAAGAGGAAUGGGAAGAAGCUUAUGAGAAAAGAGAAGUGACUUAUGAAGAAAAAAGAAUAAUUCAUGAGGAAGUGGCUGAAGUUCCUAAGAAACCUGUGCCUGAGCGAAAACCACCAGCCAUUAUAGCUGAAAAGAAGGAAAAGAAGGAAGUAACUGUCCAAAAAGUUGUCAAGAAACCUGUUGAUGAAAAAGUGGAGGUAACCACUCAGAGGGUUGCAGAAGUCAAAAAGGCUGAGGUUACCAAGAAAGUUCUGCCACCAAAACCUACACCAAUGGUCGUUGAGGAAAAAGUUAUGAAAAAGGAAGUACCAACAGUAGAAACAUGGACUGUUUCAGAAGAAAAGAUGUCAGUUUCUGUCCACAGAGAAGAAGAGUAUUCAUAUGAUGUUACAGAGCCAACAGAGCAUGAGAAAACAGUUGAAGAAAGAUUCUUUGAAGCUGUUUACCCACUUGAAGCUCGUAGGGAGGUUGAGGAAGAGGAAGAAGUCGUUUCUACAGAACUGGAGAUCUCUCACGUUGAAGUGCCUGAGAUACCAAAGAGGCGUGUUCCAGAAGAAAGAAAGCCUGUUCCUGUCCCCAAAACAGAAGCUCCACCAGCUAAAGUGCCUGAAGUCCCAAAGAAACCUGUUCCAGAAAAGAAAGUUGCUGUUGCUAAGAAGGAAGUGGCUCCCCCAGCAAAAGUGCCAGAGGUUCCUAAGAAAGCUCCCCCAGAGAAAAAGGUUGCUGUUCCAAAAAGAGAGGAAGCUCCAACACCUAAAGUGCCUGCAGUUCCUAAGAAACCUGUCCCUAAAGAAAAAGUGCCUCCUGCUGUUGCUAAAAAAAUUGAGGCUCCUCCAGCUAAAGUGCCUGAAGUGCAGAAGAAAGCCACUUUUGAAGAAAGAGUACUUAUUACAGAAGAAAGAAUAUCUGUUGCCAUUCCAGAGGAAAUCCCAUCACCUGAAGAACCAACAGUUGAAGAAUGGUCUGAAGAAGAAAGAGAGGAAGUUUCUAUUUCCAUUCACAGAGAAGAGAUUUCUGAAGUGACUGAAGAAGAGUCUUACUACAUAGAGGAGACAGUAACUGUUCCAAAAAGAGUGGAAGCCCCACCCACAAAAGUGCCUGAAAAGCACAGGAGAGCUGUCCCUGAGCCAAAAGUCCCAGCUGCUCUUAAAGAAGCUCCAGGAGUUAAAGUUCCUGAAGUUCAUAAGAAAGCAGUUCCUAAAGAGAAAGUACCUGUUCCUGUGUCUAAAAAAAUGGUGGCUCCACCAGCAAAAGAACCUGCAGAAGCAUUGGUGCCCACUUUUGAGGAAGAAUUUGAAGAACCUCCAACAACCAAAGUGACUGAAGUGCACAGGAAAAUUAUCACAGAAGAAAAAGUUGCAGUUGCUAAAAAAGAAGUGGCUCCACCAAAGAAAGCAGUGCCCAAGAAGCCUGUGCCAGAAGAAAAAGUACCUGUUCCAAUUUCACAGAAAGUGGCAGCUCCACCAGCUAAAGUGCCAGAAGCACAGAGGAAAACUGCCAGAGAAGAAAGAGUAUCCAUUGCUGUUCAAAAGAGAAAAGUGUCUCCACCACCAGAAGUACCAACAGAAGAAGAACAUUGGGCUAUGUCAGAGGAAGUAUCCGUUUCUCUCCACACAGAAAAGGAGAUUUCAUACACAGUGCCUGAUGUACCAGAGAGGGCUAUCAUUGAAGAAAGAGUACCAAUUUAUCCUCCUAAAAAAAUGGCAAGACCACCAGCCAAAGUGCCUGAAGUACGGAAGACAGUUGUCCGAAAAGAAAAAGCGUACGUUGAAGUUCCUCAGUAUGAAGAGGAAGAAGAGAUUCCAAGAUACAAGGAGGAAGAAACCACCAGGUAUGAGAAGGAGGUAAUCCAUUACAAGGAGGAAGUUCACCACUAUGAAGAGGUUAGCCACUAUGAGGAGGAAGUUCCUCAGUAUGAAGAGGAAGAAGUUCCUCAGUAUGAAGAGGAAGAAGUUCCUCAGUAUGAAGAGGAAGAAGUCGUCCAUUAUGAAGAAGAAGCUGCUUAUUAUGGAGAGGAAAUUGCUGAAUAUGAGGAGGAAGAACCACAGGUUCCUCAGUAUGAAGAGAAGGCUCCCCUACCAGCUAGAGUGCCUGAGGUUCCCAAGAAGCCUGCUCCAGAGGAAAAAAUACCUGCUCUGAAGAAAAAAGAACCUCCUCCAGCAAAAGUGCCCGAGGUGCCAAAGAAACCUGUACCUGAAAAGAAAGUCCAAGUGCCGAAGAAGGAAGCUCCCCCAGCUAAAGUUCCAGAAGUGCCAAAGAAACCUGUGCCAGAAGAGAAGGUUCCUGUUCCUGUACCAAAAAAGAAGGAAGUUCCACCAGCCAAAGUGCCUGAAGUACCAAAGAAACUUGUGCCAGAAGAGAAGAUACGUGUCCCAGUGCCUAAAAAAGUGGAAGAGCCUCCACCAGCCAAAGUGCCUGAAGUGCCCAAGAAGGUUCCAGAAAAGGCAGUACCUGUCCCUGUACAUAAAAAGCCAGAACCUCCACCAGCCAAAGUGCCAGAAAUACCAAGACGUCCCAGUGAAGAGGUACCUGUUUUUGCUCCUGAAGAAGAAGAGGAAAAGGUUCCAGAGAUACCAGUGAGAGUGCCAGAGGUGCCCAAGAGAGCUGUCCCAGAAGAAAAAGUACCUGUUGCAGUUCCUAAAGUAAAGAAAAUUCCACCAGCUAAAGUGCCUGAGGUUGCAAAGAAAGUUGUGUCUGAAGAAAAGGUUCCCAUUUUUGCUCCUGAGGAGGAAGAAGAAGAAUUUAUUCCAGAGGAAAUUGUACCAGAAAAAGAGCCAGAGAUUCCUAAGAAACCAGUCCCAAAGGAAAAAACACCUGUACCUCCACCUGAGAAACUGGAGCUUCCUCCAGCAAAAGUGCCUGAGAUGCCUAAGAAACCAAUUCCUGAAGUGAAAGAACCUGUUCCUAAAAAGGUGCCAGCUCCAUCAGCCAAAGUACCCAAGAUGCCUAAGAAGGUUGCUCCUGAAGAGAAGGUGCUGGUUGCUCCCGCUGAAAAAGUGGAAGUUCCAGCUCCAAAAGUCACGGAGGUGCGUAAAAGAGCUGUGGCAGAAGAGAAAGUGCAAGUUGUUGUGCCCAAGCCCAAAGAACCGACACCAACCAAAGUGCCUGAAGUAUCCAAGAAACUUGUACGGAAGGAAAAAGUUCCUGCACCUGUGGUGGAGAAGUAUGAGUAUGCCUAUGAAGAAUAUGAGAAGUAUGAGGCAUACGAAAGCAUUGAAGAGUUUGAGAAAAUUCAGGAAGCUGAAGAAAUUGAGGCAUACGAGGAACCUGAAGAACCUGAGGGAUAUAAGGAAAUUCUGGAACAGGAAUAUGAAGCAGAGGCUGAGGAGAAAGAUGUCUAUGAAAAGUAUGAGUUUAAGGAGAAGGAAGAGAUCUAUGAGAAGUAUGAGGAGGUAUAUGAGGAGGCUUAUGAGACCAAACCAGCUAUAGUGCCUGAGUUGCCCAAAAGACCUCUGCCAGAAGAAAAAGUACCUGCUCUUAAAAGAGAAGCUCCACCAGCUAAAGUGCCAGCAGUGCCAAAGAAACCUGUUCCAAAAGAAAAAGCACCACCUGCUAUUCCUAAAAAGGAAAUGCCUCCACCAGCUAAAGGGCCAGAUGAUCUCAAAAGACCUGUCCCUGAAGAAAAGAAACCUACACGUACACCUGAAAUAGAAGCUCCACCAAAGAAAGUUCCUGAGUUUCCUAAGAGAGCUGUCCUUGAAGAGAAAGUACCCACCAUUAUCCCUAGAGAAGAGGAGCCUCCUUUUCAUGAAGAACCUGAAGUUUAUGAAGAAGUUCCAAUAGAAGAAAAGAUGCCUUUUAUUACUCCUAGUGAACCAGAAGCUCCAGCAGCUAAAGUGUCUGCAGUGACAAAGAAAACUAUCCCACUUAAGAAAACACCUGCUGCUGUACCUACAGAAGAAGCUCCUCCAGCUAAAGUUUCUGAAGUACGAAAGAAAGCUGUCCACAAAGAAAAAAUACCUCCUGCUGUACCCAAAGAAGAACCUUCACACUUUACAGUACGUGAAGUUUACGAGGAGAUUCACAUAGAAGAAGAAAUUUCUACUGUUCAUAGGAAAGAGGAGGCUCCAGCACCUAGAGUGCCUGCAGCUAUUAGGAAAGCUGUUCCAGAAGAAAAAGUACCUAUUGCUAUGCCUAAAAAACCAGAGCCUACUCCUGUGCCUAAAAGACCAGAAUCUCCACCAUCUAAAGUUCCAGAGGUGCCCAAGAAAAUUCCAGAAGAGAAAGUUCCCACUGCUGUCCCUAAAAAGCCAGAACCACCACCAGCCAAAGUUCCUGAGGUGCCCAAGAAAGUGAUUUCAGAAGAAAAAAUACACAUUGAAGUUCCUAAAAAACCAGAACCUCCACCACCCAAAGAACCUGAGGUGCCGAAGAAAGUUGUUCCAGAAAAGAAAAUACCUGUGCAAAAAAUACCAGAACCUGUGGUUGUCCCAGAACCAGAGGCUGCACCUGAAGAACCAGAACUCCCACCAAAGGAAGUGCCGCAACCUGAAAAGAAGAUCCCUGAAAAGCGAAAACCAGCACCACCACCACCUGCUCCAAAAGAAGAUAUUAAACUGGCAAAAGAUCUACUUAAAGCUCCUGAGGCAAGGAAGAAAGUUGUGGCUGCAAAACCCGGUGAGCCUCCGAAACUGGAACCCCCACCGGCUAAAGUGCCUGGACUUGUAAAGAAACCUCGCAAAGUAAUUCCUGAGCCUACUCCUCCGCCAAAAGAAGAAGUUGUUUUGAAAAGAGUUCUUAAAAAGAAACCUGAAGAGGAGGAACCUAAACCAGAAAAAGAACCUAAACCAGAAGUUAAACCAGUACCUACACCACUAGAAAAAAUUAAGAAGCCUGAAGUACCAGAAGUUCCUACGAAGAAAACUGAGAUACCUGCCAUAAAAAAAGAGGAGAAACUUGUGCCUGAACCACCAAAAGCUCUAAAAUCUCCAAAACCAGCUGAAGAACCAGCGCCCACUGUUACUGCUCCAGUGACAGCUCCAGUUGUUGGAAAGAAAGCAGAGCCCAAGCCACCAAAAGAAGAAUCUCCGAAGGGUAUCAGUCCAAUCAAAGCCAAGAAGACACCUUCACCAGCAGAUGCAGAAAGAAGGAAACUCAGGCCAGGCAGUGGUGGUGAAAAACCUCCUGAAGAGCCUCCAUUUACUUACCAGCUCAAAGCUGUACCACUGAAGUUUGUCAAGGAGAUGAAAGACAUAGUGCUAAAAGAAGCUGAGUCUGUUGGGUCUUCUGCAAUCUUUGAAGUCCUUAUUUCACCAUCCACUGCAAUUACCAGCUGGAUGAAAGAUGGAAGUAACAUCCGAGAGAGCCCAAAACACAAGUUUAUUGCUGAUGGCAAAGAUAGGAAGCUGCAUAUUAUUGAUGUCCAGCUGUCUGAUGCUGGUGAAUAUACUUGUGUAUUACGGCUGGGCAACAAAGAGAAGACCUCUACAGCCAAACUUAUUGUUGAAGAACUCCCAGUGCGGUUUGUGAAAACCCUGGAAGAAGAAGUGACUGUGAUUAAAACCCAGCCACUGUACUUAACAUGUGAGCUUAACAAAGAAAGAAAUGUGGUCUGGAGAAAGGAUGGUAAAAUCAUCAAAGCCAAGCCUGGGAAAUUUGCUCUGGGUGUUAUUGGUUUGUCACAUUCGCUCACAGUCUCUGAUUCAGAUGAUUCUGAUGCUGGCACUUACACUGUUACUGUGGAGGACUCUGAACUAUCAUGCUCAUCUUGUGUUAGGGUAGUAGAAGUUAUAAGGGACUGGUUAGUAAAACCCAUAAGAGACCAGCAUGUUAAACCAAAAGGAACAGCUACUUUCAGCUGUGACAUUGUCAAGGAUACACCAAACAUUAAAUGGUUUAAAGGAGAUGAGGAAAUCCCUGCUGAACCGACUGACAAGACUGAAAUCCUUAAAGAAGGAAAUAAAAUUUUCCUGAAAAUCAAAAAUGCUGGUCCUGCUGAUAUUGGAGAAUAUGCAGUGGAAGUUGAAGGUCGCAGAUAUCCAGCUAAACUGACACUUGGUGAACGUGAAGUUCAGAUUCUGAAGCCAUUAGAGGAUGUUACAGUUUACGAGAAAGAAACAGCAAACUUCGAUACAGAAAUAUCUGAAGAUGAUAUUCCUGGUGAAUGGAAGCUGAAAGGAGAAAUCCUGAGACCUUCACCUACAUGUGAAAUCAAAGCUGAAGGAGGAAAGCGCUUCCUGACCUUACACAAAGUCAAGUUAGAGCAAGCUGGAGAAGUCCUUUACCAGGCCCUUAACGCUGUCACUACAGCUAUCCUGACAGUAAAAGAAAUCGAACUGGACUUUGCUGUGCCCCUGAAAGAUGUCACUGUUCCUGAGAAGCGCCAAGCAAGGUUUGAAUGCGUCCUUACCAGAGAGGCCAAUGUUAUAUGGUCUAAGGGCACUGAUAUACUCAAAAUUGGAGAAAAAUUUGACAUCAUUGCAGACGGGAAGAAGCACAUUCUUGUUAUCAAUGAUUCUCAGUUUGAUGAUGAGGGAGAAUACACUGCUGAAGUUGAUGGCAAGAAGAGCACAGCAAGACUGUUUGUAGAAGGUGUGAGGCUGAAGUUCAUAUCACCUCUACAGGAUCAAACAGUGAAAGAGGGGGAAACAGCUCACUUUCAGUUUGAGCUUUCUCAUGAAGACAUGCCCGUGAAAUGGUUCAAAAAUGACAAGAGACUUCACACAAGCAGAACAGUUUUAAUUACUUCAGAAGGCAAAGUUCAUAAACUAGAAAUGAGAGAAGUAACACUUGAUGAUAUCUCAGAAAUAAAGGCCGUAGUCAAGGACUUGAACACACAAGCCAACCUGAAAGUCUUAGAGGCCGAUCCAUAUUUCACUGUGAAAUUACAAGACUACAGUGCUGUAGAGAAAGAUGAUAUUACUCUGGAGUGUGAACUUAGCAAAGAUGUGCCAGUAAAAUGGUACAAAGAUGGUGAAGAACUAAUAGCUUCCAACAGAAUUUCCAUAAAAACGGAUGGCUUGCGCCGUAUCCUGAAGAUCAAGAAGGCUGCAGAGAGUGAUAAAGGUGUUUAUGAGUGUGACUGUGGGACCGACAAGACAAGUGCCAAUAUCAGCGUUGAGUCUCGCUUAAUUAAAGUGGAGCGCCCACUGUAUGGAGUGGAAGUAUUUGUUGGUGAAACAGCACGCUUUGAAAUUGAAAUUUCUGAGCCUGAUGUCCAUCCUGUAUGGAAGCUAAAGGGAGAAACCCUAACACCUUCACCUGACUGUGAAAUCAUUGAAGAUGGGAAGAAGCAUAUUCUUGUUCUUCAUAACUGCAAACUUGAUAUGACUGGAGAAGUGUCUUUCCAAGCUGCCAAUGCUAAAAGUGCUGCUAAUCUGAAAGUGAAAGAACUGCCUCUUAUCUUUAUCACUCCACUAAGUGAUGUGAAGGUCUUUGAGAAGGAUGAAGCUAAGUUUGAAUGUGAGGUAUCCAGAGAACCCAAGACUUUCCGCUGGUUGAAAGGAACAGAAGAGAUCAUUCCUGAUGAAAGAUUUGAAAUUAUUUCAGACGGAACAAAGCAUGCUCUGAUUAUUAAAUCUGUUGCCUUUGAGGAUGAAGUAAAAUACACAUUUGAAGCUGAGGAUAAAAGAACAAGUGCCAAGCUAAUUAUUGAAGGUAUCCGCCUGAAAUUCAUCACUCCUCUCAAGGAUGUAACAAAGAAGGAGCGAGAAACUGCAGAGUUCACUGUGGAACUCUCCCAUGAAAAUAUCACUGUGGUCUGGUUCAAGAAUGACCAACGAUUACACACCAGCAAAGUGGUUUCAAUGACAGAUGAUGGCAAAUUCCAUACACUCACAAUCAAAGAUCUUACUAUUGAUGAUACUUCUCAGAUAAAAGUGGAAGCUAUGGGCAAAUCCUCGGAAGCUAAACUCACUGUUCUUGAGGGAGACCCUUAUUUCACUGGGAAGCUGCAGGAUUACACUGCUGUGGAGAAAGAUGAAGUAAUCUUACAAUGUGAAAUCAGCAAAGCAGAUGCCCCAGUGAAAUGGAUGAAGGAUGGAAAUCCAAUUACUGCAUCAAAGAAUGUUGUUAUUAAGGCUGAUGGUAAAAAGAGAAUCCUUAUUCUCAAGAAAGCUUUGAAGAAAGACAUUGGACAGUACACUUGUGACUGUGGUACUGAUCAAACCUCCGCUAAACUUGAUAUUGAAGACCGGGAUAUUGAGAUUGUACGACCACUGUACAGUGUGGAGGUGAUUGAGACAGAGACUGCCCGUUUCGAUAUUGAAAUCUCUGAGGAAGGUGUCCAUGGCAAUUGGAAGCUAAAAGGAGAACCUCUGACUGAAUCAGCUGAAUGUGAAAUCAAGGAGGAAGGAACAAAGCACUUCCUUACAUUGUACAAUGUACGCUUAGAUCAAGCUGGUGGAGUAGAUUUCCAAGCAGCAAAUGCCAAGUCUAGUGCUCACCUGCGAGUGAAACCUCGAGUAAUUGGCUUGCUGAGACCUCUCAAGGAUGUAACAGUAACAGCUGGAGAAUCAGCAACCUUCGAUUGUGAACUCUCUUAUGAGGGAAUCCCAGUAGAAUGGUUCCUGAAAGGAAAGAAACUGGAGCCCAGUGAUCAGGUUGUGACCCGUGCUGAAGGGAGAGUUCACACACUUGUUCUUAGAGACGUCAAGUUAACAGAUGCAGGAGAGGUAUCACUGACAGCAAAAGAUUUCAGAACUCAAGCAAAUCUUUUUGUGAAAGAACCCCCAGUUGAAUUUACUAAACCACUUGAGGACCAGACUGUUGAAGAAGAAGCCACUGCAGUACUGGAAUGUGAAGUUUCCAGGGAAAAUGCAAAAGUUAAAUGGUUCAAAAAUGGAGAAGAAAUUCACAAAUCAAAGAAGUAUGAUAUCAUUUCUGAUGGCAGGGUCAGAAAACUCAUCAUUCGCGGCUGCACACUGGAUGAUGCAAAAACAUAUUCUUGUGAUGCUAAGGAUUUUAAGACAUCAUGUUUUCUCAAUGUGGAGCCUAUUCGUGUUGACUUCCUCAAACCCCUGACUGACCUUGAGGUUAAAGAAAAAGAAUCUGCUCGGUUUGAAUGUGAAAUUUCUCGUCCAAAUAUCAAGGUGAAGUGGUUUAAGGAUGGCAUGGAAAUUAGAAAAGGCAAAAAGUAUGACAUAAUUUCUAAAGGUGCAGAGCACAUUCUUGUCAUCAGUAAAUGUGUCUUUGAUGAUGAAGCUGAAUAUUCCUGUGAAGCAAAAACAGCUCGAACUUCUGGCCUACUUACAGUGAUAGAGGAAGAGGCUGUGUUCACAAAAAAUCUUCCUGAUCUUGAAGUAAAUGAAAAUGACACUGUAAAAUUGAUCUGUGAAGUUUCGAAGCCAAAUGCUGAAGUUACUUGGCUUAAAGGAGAUGAAGAGGUGCCUGAUGGUGGUAGAUUUGAACACAUUUCUGAUGGUAGAAAGAGAAUUCUUGUUAUACGUAAUGCUCAUCCUGAAGAUGCUGCCAAAUACACUUGCAAGCUCCCAAGCUCUAGUACAACAGGGAAACUCACUGUACAUGAACUUGCAGCAGAAUUUCUUACCAGACCACAAAACCUUGAGGUACUUGAAGGAGAAAAAGCUGAAUUUGUCUGUUCAGUAUCCAAAGAAGCCAUUACAGUGCAGUGGCUGAGGGAUGGCGUAGUUCUGGAGCCUGGUGAUAAGUACGACAUCAUUUCAGACGGCAAAAAGAGAACUCUUGUGGUUAAAGACUCUGUUCUAGGAGACAGAGGAAUGUAUACUGUCAUGGUUGGUGAAGCUAAAGCUACAGCACAUCUAGAAGUGAUUGAAAAACUCAAGAUUAUAACUCCUCUUAAGGACCAAGAAGUUAAUGAGUGUCAAGAAAUUAUCUUCAACUGUGAAGUCAAUAAAGAAGGUGCCAAAGAGAAGUGGUUCAAAGAUGAUGAAGCAAUAUUUGAUAGUGCAAAGUACAUUAUUGUUCAGAAGGGUGUAGUCUACACCCUCAGAAUCAGAGAUGCAGAGUUGAAAGAUCAGGCUACCUACACCAUCUCACUGACAAACCAGAGAGGUGAACACGUUAAAAGCUCUGCUGCCUUGAAAGUUUUAGAGGAGGAUCUUAGAAUUGUUGAGCCCCUUGAAGACAUUGAGACCAUGGAAAAGAAAACCGUCACAUUCUGGUGCAAAGUUAAUCGCCUCAAUGCAACUCUCAAAUGGACAAAGAAUGGAGAAGAGAUCACAUUUGACAGGCGCAUUUUGUACAAAAUUGAUAAAUUCAAGCACUCAUUGAUCAUUAAAGACUGUGGGUUUGUAGAUGAAGGUGAAUACACUGUUACUGCUGGACAAGACAAAUCAGUUGCAGAGCUUCUCAUCACUGAAGCACCAGCAGAUUUCACUGAACAUCUUCAGGACCAGACUGUCACUGAAUUUGAUGAUGCUGUCUUUACAUGCCAGCUUUCCAAAGAGAAAGUCAGUGUAAAAUGGUACAGAAAUGGAAGAGAAAUCAAAGAAGGCAAAAAAUACCAGUUUGAAAAAGAUGGAAAUCUGCACAGAUUAAUCAUAAAAGACUGUAGACUAGAUGAUGAGUGUGAAUAUUCCUGUGGAGUGGAUGACAGGAGAUCUAGGGCAAGACUUUUUGUUGAAGAAAUCCCUGUUGAGAUUAUUCGACCACCACAAGAUAUUUAUGAAGCUCCUGGUGCAGAUGUCAUCUUCAUGGCAGAAUUGAACAAAGAUGGUGUGGAGGUCAAGUGGUUGAGAAACAACAUGAUUAUCAUCCAAGGUGACAAACAUCAGAUGAUGAGUGAAGGAAAGGUCCACAGGCUGCAGGUGUGUGACAUAAAGCCCCGUGACCAAGGGGAAUACAGAUUUAUCGCCAAAGAUAAGGAAGCUAGAGCUAAGCUUGAAUUAGCUGCUGCACCUAAAAUCAAGACUGGUGAUCAAAACCUUGUGGUUGAUGUUGGGAAACCUUUAACUAUGACUGUCCCAUAUGAUGCCUACCCAAGAGCAGAAGCUGAAUGGUUGAAAGCAGGGGAAAGUCUUCCCACAACAACUGUUGAUACAACAACUGACUGCACUACCUUCAAAAUUUAUGAAGCAAAGAAAUCAGAUAAAGGAAGGUACAAGGUUGUGCUUCGAAACAAGCAUGGCCAGGCAGAAGCAUUCAUCAAUGUCGAAGUCAUUGAUGUUCCAGGUCCAGUUAGAAACUUGGAAGUCACUGAAAUUUAUGACGGUGAAGUUGGUCUUGCAUGGCAAGAACCAGAAAGUGAUGGUGGAAGUAAAAUCAUAGGCUACGUCGUUGAAAGGCGUGAUAUCAAGCGUAAGACCUGGAUCGUGGUCACAGAUCGUGCUGAAAACUGUGAAUACACUGUUACUGGGCUUCAGAAAGGAGGAGUUGAGUACCUCUUCCGUGUUAGUGCACGCAACAGAGUGGGCACUGGUGAGCCAGUGGAAACAGACACGCCUGUGGAAGCUAAGAGCAAAUUUGAUGUUCCUGGUCCUCCUCAAAAUGUAGAAGUUACUGAUGUGAACAGGUUUGGAGCCACACUUAGCUGGGAACCACCUGAGGAUGAUGGAGGAUCCCCGAUUACUGGCUACGUUAUUGAACUGCGUAACAGAGCUACCAUCAGAUGGGAGCCAACUAUGACCACAGGACCUGACGAACUGACAGCUGUCCUGACUGAUGUUGUGGAAAAUGAAGAAUAUUUCUUCAGAGUAAGAGCUCAAAACAUGGUUGGAGUUGGCAAACCAAGUCCUGCUACACGUGCAGUAAAAAUCAUGGACCCAAUUGAGAGACCAAGUCCUCCCAUUAACCUUGAGCAUUCAGAUCAAACUAAGUCAUCAGUUCAGCUCACAUGGGAACCCCCUCUCGAAGAUGGAGGAAGUCCAAUCUUAGGCUAUAUUAUUGAAAGGCAAGAGGAAGGAACAGACAAGUGGAUUCGUUGUAACCCAAAACUAGUACCUGCUCUUACUUUUAAGGUAACUGGAUUGAAACAAGGAUCCAGUUAUUACUACAGAGUCUCAGCAGAAAAUGCAGCUGGUGUGUCUGAUCCAGCAGAGGCUAUUGGGCCAUUAACUGCAGAUGAUGCUUUUGUUGAACCUACAAUGGACCUGAGUGCAUUUAAGGAUGGACUGGAAGUUAUUGUACCAGAGCCAAUCAAGAUCCGUGUUCCCAUCACUGGGUACCCUGUGCCAACAGCCACAUGGUCUUUUGGUGACCAAGUCUUAGAAGAGGGUGACCGUGUGAAAAUGAAGACCACUGCCUCCUUUGCAGAACUUGUAAUUACUCCGAGUGAGCGCCCAGACAAGGGAAUUUAUUACUUAACAUUAGAAAACCCUGUGUCAUCUGUUUCAGGAGAAAUUAAUGUUAAUGUCAUUGCUUGUCCAAGUGCACCAAGAGAGCUCAAUGUUUUAGAAGUACUCAAGAGUACAGUGCAGCUCGCAUGGGAACCUCCAGAAGAUGAUGGUGGAAGCCCAGUUACCGGCUAUAUAAUUGAAAAACGUGAAGUAAGCCGGAAAACGUGGAGCAAAGUUACGGAUCAUAUUGUUGACCAAGAGUUCACUGUACCUGACCUCAUCCAAGGGAAAGAAUAUUUAUUUAGGGUUUUUGCAUGCAAUAAAUGUGGCCCUGGAGAACCUGCAUAUAUUGAUGAACCUGUAAAUAUGUCGAUACCAGCAACGGUGCCUGACCCACCAGAAAAUGUUAAAUGGAGAAAUCCAACAUCUAAAGGAAUCUUCCUAACAUGGGAGCCUCCUAAAUAUGAUGGUGGUGCACGCAUUAAGGGUUAUCUGGUAGAAAAAUCCCAACGUGGCACAGACAAGUGGGAGAUAUGUGGGGAGCCUGUUAUUGAAACAAAAAUGGAAGUAACAAAACUCAAGGAAGGAGAGUGGUAUGCUUAUCGGGUUAAGGCUUUGAACAGAAUGGGAGCAAGUAGGCCAAGUAAGCCAACAGAUGAUAUUCAGGCCAUUGAUGCAAAAGAGGCUCCAGAAAUUUUCUUAGAUGUGAAGCUUCUUGCUGGACUUACUGUGAAAGCUGGAACCAAAAUUGAGCUGCCAGCUAAAGUGACUGGAAAGCCUGAACCCCAGAUUACUUGGACCAAGGCUGAUAAAAUUUUGAGACCUGACAACAGAAUCACCAUUGAAAGCCAACCUAAUCAUUCUACAGUCACUAUUACAGACAGCAAGAGGAGUGACAGUGGAACCUAUAUUAUAGAAGCUGUAAAUUCCUGUGGACGUGCUACUGCUGUUGUUGAAGUUAAUGUUCUUGAUAAACCUGGUCCACCAGCUGCGUUUGAUGUAUCAGAAAUCACAAACGAAUCCUGCCUUCUAACCUGGAAUCCUCCACGAGAUGAUGGAGGCUCUAAAAUUACCAACUACGUCCUUGAGAAAAGAGCUACAGACAGUGAAAUAUGGGACAAGUUGUCAUCAACUAUUAAAGAUACAAAAUUCAGAGCUACCAAUUUAACUCCUCAUAAAGAAUACGUGUUUCGAGUCAGCGCUGAAAACAUGUAUGGUGUUGGGGAGCCAGCACAGUGUAGCCCCAUCAUUGCCAAAUAUUCAUUUGAUACACCAGGCCCUCCAACAGGUCUCAAGCCUACAGAGGUCACUAAAGAUUCAGUCACUUUAACAUGGAAUGAACCAGAUGAAGAUGGUGGCAGCCCCAUAACUGGCUACUGGGUUGAAAGAUAUGAUCCUGAGCAGGAUAAAUGGAUAAAAUGCAACAAAAUGCCAGUGAAAGAUACAACAUUCAAAGUCAAAGGUCUUACAAAUAAGAAGAAAUAUAAGUUCCGUGUCUUGGCAGAGAAUCUUGCAGGACCUGGAAAACCAAGCAAGGAAACAGAGCCAAUCUUAGUGAAAGAUCCAAUCGAUCCACCAUGGCCUCCUGGAAAGCCAACUGUGAAAGAUAUUGGCAAGACAUUCCUUACCCUGAACUGGACAAAGCCAGAGCAUGAUGGAGGGGCAAAAAUUGAAUCUUACGUCAUUGAGCUGUUAAAGACUGGAACAGACGAAUGGGUGAGAGUGGCUGAAGGAGUUCCCACGACUGAACACUUCCUCAAAGAUCUUAUGGAGAAACAAGAAUAUUCAUUCCGUGUAAGAGCUGUGAACAAGGCUGGCGAGAGCGAGCCCAGUGAGCCCAGUGACCCCGUGCUGUGCAAGGAGAGGCUCUAUCCUCCUUCACCACCUCGAUGGCUUGAAGUUAUUAAUAUUACUAAAAAUACAGCAGAUCUUAAAUGGACAGUACCAGAAAAAGAUGGGGGUUCCCCAAUCACCAACUACAUUGUUGAAAAAAGAGAUGUAAGGCGGAAAGGUUGGCAGACAGUUGAUACAACAGUGAAAGAUACCAAGUACACAGUGAGCCCACUGACUGAAGGCUCUUUGUAUGUGUUCCGUGUGGCUGCUGAAAAUGCCAUUGGACAGAGUGACUACUGUGAAAUUGAAGACUCAGUGCUUGCUAAAGAUACUUUCACAACCCCUGGGCCUCCAUAUGCCCUUACAAUAGUUGAAGUGAAAAAAGGCCAUGUUGAUUUGAAAUGGGAACCACCUAAGAAUGAUGGUGGCAGACCAAUUCAAAGAUAUGUUAUUGAAAAGAAAGAAAAGCUAGCUACUCGCUGGGUAAAAGCUGGGAAGACAGCUGGUCCAGAUUGCAAUUAUAGAGUGACAGAUGUCAUUGAAGGUACAGAUGUACAGUUCCAGGUUCGUGCAGAAAAUGAAGCUGGAUGUGGUCAUCCCAGUGAACCCACUGACCUCGUUCAUAUUGAAGAUCCAACAAGUCCUCCUUCACCUCCUCAGGAUUUACAUGUCACAGAUGCAGGCCGAAAGCACAUUUGCAUUGCAUGGAAACCUCCUGAGAAAAAUGGUGGAAGUCCUAUUAUUGGAUACAAUGUUGAGAUGUGUGAAGCAGGAACAGAAAAAUGGAUGCGAAUCAAUUCUCGUCCAAUUAAAGAUCUAAAAUGUAAAGUGGAUGAGGGUGUUGUUCCAGACAAAGAAUACGUGCUGAGAGUCAGAGCUGUCAAUGCUGUUGGAGCUAGUGAGCCAUCAGACAUCUCAGAAAAAGUUGUUGCCAAGGACCCAGACUGUAAUCCAACCAUUGAUCUGCAAACUCGUGACAUUGUUGUUGUUAAAGGACAGAAGCUAAGUAUCCCUGUACCCUUCAGAGCUGUUCCAUCUCCAACCAUAACAUGGCACAAAGAUGGCAAAGAGUUGAAAGCUGGUGACAGAACAACGAUGAAGAGUGACUACACCUCUGCAUUGCUCGAAGUGAUAGACAGUGUUCAUGCUGAUGCUGGUGUUUACACUAUCACACUGGAGAACAAGCUGGCAUCAACAACUGGUUCAGUCAAUGUCAAAGUCAUAGGUCCACCUGGACAGUGUAAAGACAUUAAGGCAAGCGACAUAACUAAGAAUUCUUGCAAAGUAUCCUGGGAGCCUCCGGACUUUGAUGGUGGUACUCCUAUUUUGCAUUAUGUUCUGGAACGCAGGGAAGCAGGUCGUAAAACAUACAUCCCAGUCAUGUCUGGUGAAAAUAAGCUUUCAUGGCAAGUCAAAGAUCUUAUCCCAAACUGUGAAUAUUACUUCCGUGUUAAAGCUGUCAAUAAGAUUGGAGGGGGUGAUUAUCUUGAACUAAGAAACCCGAUCAUUGCAGAAGACCCAAAACAGCCCCCAGAUCCGCCUGUCGACCUUGAAGUCCAUAAUCCAACAUCCAAAUCAGUAACUCUUACAUGGAAACCACCCCUGUUUGAUGGUGGAAGCAAGAUUAUGGGCUAUAUAAUAGAAAAGCUUGCCAAGGGCAAAGAGAGGUGGGAGAGAUGCAAUGACUAUCUGGUACCCUUACUGACUUACACAGUGAAAGGCCUUGAGGAAGGAAAUGAGUAUCAGUUCCGUGUUCGUGCUGAGAAUGCUGCCGGCAUCAGUGAGCCUUCUCGGAUUACUCCUUUUGUGAAAGCUGUGGAUCCUAUUGAGGCUCCAAAAGUCUUCCUUGCUGCAAACCUACAGUCUGGCCUUGAGGUGAAGAGAGGUGAUGAGAUCAUACUUGAGGCACAUAUUUCAGGGUCACCCUAUCCAUCUAUCACUUGGUUGAGGAAUGAUGAAGUUGUCAGACCAGAGGAUAUCAAAAAGAGAGUAACAGCACCUAAAAAGAAGAAAGGUGAAGCUGAAGAAGAGAAACCUUUCCAGCUUUCCCUGCCAGAACGCAUGAGUGUUGACAACCACAAGGAAGGAGAGUCCAUACUAUCAGUUCGUGACUCCAUUAGAGCUGACCAUGGCACAUUUACAAUUAAAGUAGAAAAUGAUCAUGGAGUUGCAAAAGCCUCAUGUGAAGUCAAUGUGUUGGAUACACCUGGGCCACCAGUCAACUUUGUAUUUGAAGAUUUGAGGAAAAAUUCUGUCAUUUGCAAGUGGGAGCCUCCCCUUGAUGAUGGUGGAAGUGAAAUCCUAAACUAUGUACUGGAAAAGAAAGACAAUACAAAAGCUGAUAUGGGCUGGGUCACUGUCAGUUCAACACUCAGGCAUUGCAAAUUCCAUGUAACAAAACUGAUUGAAGGAAAAGAGUAUCUAUUCCGUGUAUUUGCUGAAAAUAGAGUUGGAGCAGGACCACCAUGUGUUUCAAAACCAAUGACAGCUAAAGAUCCUUUCUCUCCACCAGAUGCACCUAAUAAGCCUGAUGUGGAAGAUGUAACCAGCAACAGUAUGCUGGUUAAAUGGAAUGAACCAAAAGAUAAUGGCAGCCCUAUCAUAGGAUACUGGAUUGAAAAACGUGAAAUCAAUAGUACUCAUUGGGCUCGGGUCAACAGGAACCUUGUGAAUGCUCUGGAAGUAAAAGUUGAAGGACUGUUGGAAGGUUUAACUUACAUCUUUAGAGUGUGUGCUGAAAAUGCAGCUGGCCCUGGGAAAUUUAGUCCACCAUCAGAUCCAAAAACUGCACAGGACCCAAUAAUGCCACCUGGUCCACCGAUUCCGAGGAUUGCUGACACAAGUGCAACUUCCAUCGAGCUAGAAUGGGAACCUCCUGUGUAUAAUGGUGGUGGAGAUAUCACCGGUUACCAUGUGUACAAACAACUGAUGGGAGUAAAUGAGUGGUCACGCUGUACAGCAAAACCCAUUAAGGUCCUGCAGUUUACAGUUGGAGAAGUCAGAGAAGGUGCAGACUAUAAACUCCGUGUUACUGCACUCAAUGCAGCUGGCGAAGGACCACCUGGGGAAACUGAACCCGCAACAGUUGCAGAACCUAAAGAGCCUCCCACUGUUGAGCUGGAUGUUUCUGUGAAAGCAGGCAUUCAGGUCAUGGCUGGGCAGACUAUUAAAAUUCCUGCUACUGUGACAGGGCGUCCUACUCCCACCAUUGCAUGGACUGUAGAGGAGGGUGAAUUAGACAAAGAUCGAGUUGUUAUUGAAAAUGUUGGCACAAAGUCUGAGUUAACCAUUAAGAAUGCAUUGAGAAAAGACCAUGGAAGAUAUGUAAUUACUGCUACCAAUAGCAGUGGUUCAAAAUCUGCAGGAACCAGAGUAGAAGUAUUUGAUGUUCCUGGACCAGUCCUUGACCUAAAGCCUGUGGUCACAAACAGAAAGAUGUGUUUGCUUAACUGGUCUGAUCCUGAAGAUGAUGGUGGCAGCGACAUCAUAGGCUUCAUUGUUGAAAGGAAGGAUGCCAAAAUGCAUACUUGGAGACUAGCUGUAGACACAGAUAGAUCUAAAUGUGACAUUACAGGUCUAAUUGAAGGGCAGGAAUAUAAAUUCCGUGUUAGUGCCAAGAACAAAUUUGGUACUGGUCCACCUGUUGAAAUAGGACCCAUUCUUGCAGUUGAUCCAUUAGGUCCUCCAACAGCACCUGAGAGGUUCAUGUACACAGAGAGGACGAAGUCAUCCAUAACACUUGAUUGGAAGCCUCCACGCAGUGAUGGUGGUAGUCCCAUCUUAGGAUACAUUGUUGAGAAGAGGAGACAUGAUUCAAAAGAUUAUGAAAGAGUUAAUGCAAGGCUCUGUCCAAAAACAUCUCUUCUUGUUGAUAAACUUGAUGAGCUUCAUAUGUAUGAAUUUCGUGUGAAAGCUGUCAAUGAGAUUGGAGAAAGUGAGCCAUCACUGCCCCUCAAUGUUGUUAUACAAGACGAUGAAGUGCCUCCAACUGUUACAUUGCGUUUGGCUGUGAGAGGAGAUACUAUCAAAGUCAAGGCAGGAGAACCUGUUAACAUUCCUGCUGAUGUAACAGGUCUGCCAAUGCCAAAGAUUGAAUGGGACAAGAAUGAAGUUUUAAUCGACCAAACAUCCAAUGCACUUAAGAUUACCAAGGAAGAAGUGUCUAGAACUGAGGCAAAAACCGAACUUAUCCUGCCUGCAGCAGUGAGGGAUGAUAAAGGCACCUACACUGUGAGAGCUACCAAUCGUCUUGGCACUGCAUUUCGCAAUGUGCAUGUUGAAGUGUAUGAUCGUCCUUCUCCACCAAGAAAUCUUGCUGUUUCUGAUAUUAAAGCAGAAUCAUGCUAUUUAACAUGGGAUGCACCUCUCGAUAAUGGUGGUAGUGAAAUUACCCAUUACAUUAUUGAAAAACGUGAUGCUAGUAAGAAGAAAUCUGACUGGGAAGAAGUCUCCAAAGGCGCUGUUGAGAGAAGAUUUGGGGUAUGGAAUCUUGCAACAAAUGAAAAAUACCAAUUUAGGGUCCGGGCUGUAAACAAAUAUGGAAUAAGUGAUGAAUGCCUCUCAGAAAAAGUUGUUAUUAAGGAUCCCUAUGGUCUUCCUGGACCUCCUGGAAAGCCAAAAAUUUUGGAUCGUACCAGAUCAUCUAUGCUGGUGACUUGGGAGCCUCCUUUGGACAAUGGUGGCAGUCCAAUAACUGGCUAUUGGUUGGAGAAGAGAGAGGUGGGAGGUGUCUACUGGGCACGUGUCAACAGGGCUCCAGUAACAAAACCAUCUGUAAAAGGUCUAGAGCACAAUGUGCUUCGUUUGGCUGAAGGUGUUGAAUACCAGUUUAGAGUUAUGGCUGAAAAUCUUGCUGGAAUUGGCCCUCCCAGUGAACCAUCAGAUCCAGCUUUGGCAGCAGAUCCCAUAUUUGUGCCUGGUCCACCAUCUUGCCCAGAGGUCAAAGACAAAACCAAAUCAUCUGUAGCACUUGCCUGGAAGCCUCCUCAAAAGGAUGGUGGGAGUCCUAUAAAAGGAUAUAUUGUUGAAAUGCAAGAUGAAGGUAGUACUGAAUGGAAGAAGGUGAAUGAAGGAGACAAACUCUUUCCUACUUGUGAAUGUGUUGUUCCCAACUUGAAAGAGCUCAGAAAAUACCGAUUUAGGGUGAAAGCUGUAAAUGCUGCUGGAGAAUCAGAACCAAGUCCUGCAACAUCAGAGAUACCUGUCCAAGACAUUCUAGAGGAACCAGAAAUCUUCCUUGAUCUUGGAGCACAGGAUUUGCUCUCUUGCCGUGCUGGCACAACAAUUAAAAUCCCAGCUGUUAUCAAGGGUCGUCCAGUUCCAAAAACAUUUUGGGAGUACGAAGGAAAAGCAAAAACAGCAGCAAAGGAGGGAGGUCAUAAUGUACCUGAAGAAGCUCAGGUGGUAGCAACUGAUACACGUUCAGAGAUUAUCAUCCCAGAGUGCAACAGAAGUCAUUCUGGACGAUACAGUAUUACAGCAAAGAACAAAGCAGGACAAAAGACAGUGCAUGUCAGAGUCAAUGUGCUUGAUGUCCCUGGUCCACCAAAGGACCUAAAAGUAAGUGAUAUCACAAGAGGUAGCUGUAAACUUUCAUGGAAGAUGCCAGAUGAUGAUGGUGGAGAUAGAAUCAGAGGCUAUGUUAUAGAGAAAAGAAAUAUUGAUGGGAAGGCCUGGACUAAAGUCAAUCCCAACUGUGGCAGUACUUCCUUUGUGGUAUCUGAUCUCAUAACUGGCCAAGAAUAUUUCUUCCGGGUACGUGCAGAAAACCGCUUUGGAGUUGGGCCUCCUGCAGAAACCAUCCAGCGGACCACGGCCAGGGAUCCCAUCCAUCCUCCUGAUCCGCCUAUUAAACUGAGGAUUGGCCUUGUAACCAAGAACACAGUGAGCCUGACGUGGAAACCACCAAAGAAUGAUGGUGGAGCUCCUGUUACACAUUAUAAUGUUGAAUGUCUCCGCUGGGAUCGUACUGGAGAAGUGAAAGAGUCUUGGAAGCAAUGCAACAGACGUGAUGUGGAAGAAACAAAGUUUACUGUUGAGGAUCUUGUAGAAGGUGGAGAAUAUGAAUUCAGAGUCAAAGCUGUAAAUAUAGCAGGUCCUAGCAGACCUUCAGCCACUGUUGGCCCACUUGUUGUUAAAGACCAGACAUGUCCACCAUCUAUUGAGCUCAAAGAAUUUAUGGAAGUUGAAGAAGGAACUGAUGUUAAAAUUGUGGCCAAGAUAAAGGGUGUACCCUUCCCCACAUUAACAUGGCUAAAAGCUUCUCCAAAGAAACCAGAUGACAAAACACCAGUGGUGUAUGACCAACAUGUCAACAAGAUUGUUGAUGAAGAUACUUGCACUUUAUUGAUCCAACAGUCUCGCAGAAAUGAUACAGGCUUAUAUACUAUAACAGCUGUAAAUAAUCUGGGAACUGCUUCAAAGGAGAUGCGGCUGAAUGUUCUGGGUCGUCCUGGACCUCCAGUAGGACCUAUUAAAUUUGAGUCCAUUUUGGCCGAUAAAAUGACAAUAUCAUGGCUUCCUCCGUUAGAUGAUGGUGGUUCUAAGAUUACAAACUAUGUUAUAGAGAAAAAAGAAGCAAAUAGAAAGACAUGGGUGCCUGUUACUAAUGAGCCUAAGGAAUGCAUAUUCACUGUUCCCAAGCUGAUGGAAGGCCAUGAAUAUGUGUUCCGCAUUAUGGCACAAAACAAAUAUGGAAUUGGAGAACCUUUGGAUAGUGAGCCAGAAACAGCACGAAACCUUUUCACUGUCCCUGGACCUCCUGACAAGCCAACAGUUAGCAGUAUAACACGUGACUCAAUGACGGUAAACUGGGAAGAGCCAGAACAUGAUGGUGGCUCUCCUAUUACUGGUUACUGGUUGGAGCGCAAAGAAACCACUGGAAAGAGAUGGACCAGGGUUAACAGAGAUCCUAUCAAGCCUAUGACACUGGGGGUUUCAUACAAAGUUACUGGACUUAUUGAAGGCUCUGAAUAUCAGUUCCGUGUUUCAGCUAUCAAUGCAGCUGGUGUUGGCCCCCCAAGCAUGCCAUCUGAUCCAGCACUUGCUAGAGAUCCUAUUGCCCCACCUGGCCCUCCUAUACCAAAAGUUACUGAUUGGACAAAGUCUUCUGUAGACUUGGAGUGGAGUCCACCAGUAAAGGAUGGUGGUUCUAGAGUCACUGGCUACAUUGUUGAGUUUAAAGAGGAAGGAAAGGAAGAAUGGGAACGGGUAAAAGAUAAAGAAAUUAGAGGAACGAAGUUUGUUGUGGCAGGAUUAAAAGAAGGUUGUUUUUACAAAUUUAGAGUUAGAGCAGUAAAUGCUGCUGGCAUCGGAGAGCCUGGAGAAGUUACAGACAUUAUUGAAAUGAAAGACAGAAUUGUGGCUCCUGAUAUUAACUUGGAUGCAAGUGUCAGGGACAGAAUUGUUGUUCAUGCUGGUGGAGUAAUUCGGAUCAUAGCAUAUGUCUCAGGAAAACCACCUCCAACUGUGACCUGGAGCAGAGAUGAGCGAGCUUUGCCAGAAGAAGCCAAAAUUGAGGAAACAGCUAUUAGUUCUUCUUUAGUCAUCAAGAAUUGCAAAAGGAGUCACCAGGGUUUAUACACUCUUCUUGCUAAAAAUGACGGUGGUGAGAGGAAGAAGACAAUUAUUGUUGAUGUGCUAGAUGUGCCAGGCCCAGUUGGAUUGCCACUCCUUACAGAGAAUUUAACCAAUGACUCUUGUAAAUUGUCAUGGUUUACUCCUGAAGAUGAUGGUGGUUCUCCUAUUACCAACUAUAUAAUUGAAAAACGUGAAUCUGACCAUAGAGCUUGGACUCCAGUGACCUACACAGUUACAAGACAAAAUGCUACUGUUCAGGGACUCAUUCAAGGGAAAGCCUACUUUUUCCGAAUUGCAGCUGAAAAUAUAAUUGGCAUGGGUCCUUUCACAGAAACAACAAAAGAGAUUCUCAUUAGAGACCCAAUAACUGUUCCUGACCGUCCAGAAGACCUGGAAGUAAAAGCAGUUACCAAGAACUCCGUUACACUAACUUGGAACCCUCCAAAAUAUAAUGGGGGCUCAGAUAUCACCAUGUACGUUCUGGAGAGCCGUCUCAUUGGAAAAGACAAAUUCCACAAAGUUACAAAGGAGAAAAUGCUUGAUAGGAAAUUCACUGUAGAAGGCUUGAAAGAGGGUGACACCUAUGAGUAUCGUGUGAGUGCUUGCAAUAUUGUGGGACAAGGCAAGCCAUCAUUUUGCACUAAACCAAUCACGUGCAAGGAUGAAAUUGCUCCUCCCACACUUGACCUUGACUUUAGAGACAAGCUUAUUGUCCGAGUUGGUGAAGCUUUCAGCUUGACUGGACGUUACUCAGGCAAACCUGCACCAAAGGUUACUUGGCUAAAGGAUGAUAUUGUUGUGAAAGAAGAUGACAGAAUAAAGAUCAAGACAACUCCUACAACUCUUUGUUUGGGGGUACUAAAAUCUGUCCGUGAGGACACAGGCAAAUAUUGUGUUACUGUAGAGAACAGCACAGGAUCAAGAAAAGGAUUUUGUCAAGUUAAUGUCGUUGAUCGCCCAUCACCUCCAGUAGGCCCAGUUAUAUUUGAUGAAGUCUUUAAAGAUCAUAUGGUAGUUUCCUGGAAACCUCCAUUAGAUGAUGGAGGCAGUGAAAUUACUAAUUACAUAAUUGAGAAGAAGGAUACACACAAAGACUUGUGGAUGCCAGUUACAUCUGCCACAGUAAAGACAACAUGCAAAAUUCCUAAGCUGCUUGAAGGAAGAGAAUACCAAAUUCGAAUUUAUGCUGAAAAUCUUUAUGGCAUAAGUGAUCCUCUCAUCUCUGAUGAGAUGAAAGCCAAGGAUCGUUUCCGUGUACCUGAUGCACCUGAGCAACCAAUCGUUAAGGAUGUAACCAAAGACUCUGCAUUAGUGGUUUGGAACAAACCAUAUGAUGGAGGCAAGCCGAUAACAAACUACAUUUUAGAAAAGAAGGAAACAAUGGCUACAAGAUGGGUCAAAGCUACCAAAGACCCAAUUUUCCCUGGUACAAAGUUCAAAGUACCUGAUCUCCUUGAAGGCUGUCAGUAUGAAUUCCGUGUUUCAGCAGAAAAUGAAAUUGGUGUAGGUGAUCCUAGUCCACCAUCAAAGCCAAUUUUUGCUAGAGAUCCAAUCGCAAAACCAAGUCCACCUGUGAAUCCAGAAGCAGUAGAUAAAACUAAAAAUUCAGUAGAUUUAUCUUGGCAGCCACCUCGCCAUGAUGGAAAUGGCAAGAUAAUUGGCUACCUUGUAGAGUAUCAGAAAGUUGGAGAUGAAGAAUGGAAACAGGCUAAUCUUACAGCAGAUUCCUGUCCUGAAACAAACUACAAAGUCACUGGUCUUACUGAGGGAUUAACCUAUAAAUUCAGGGUCAAGGCAGUCAAUGCGGCAGGCGAAUCCGACCCAGCACAUGUUCCUGAUCCGGUAGAAGUAAAGGACAGGCUUGAACCUCCUGAGUUAAUACUUGAUGCUAAUAUGGCCCGAGAACAGCAUAUAAAAGCUGGAGAUACCCUGAGACUUAGUGCUGUUAUUAAAGGUGUUCCAUUCCCAAAAGUUACUUGGAAGAAAGAAGAUCAUGAGGUCUCACCCAAAGCUGAUAUUGAAGUUACAGGAGUUGGCAGUAAGCUUGAAAUCCGUAACACUGUCCAUGAAGAUGGUGGAAUGUACUCCCUGACAGUUGAAAAUCCAGCUGGUUCAAAGACUGUUUCAGUAAAAGUUGUGGUCUUAGAUAAGCCUGGUCCACCCAGAAAUCUGAAAAUCAGUGAUAUUAGAAGUGACUCUUGCUAUCUCACUUGGAUGGAACCAGAAGAUGAUGGUGGCUCUGUGAUUACCAACUAUGUGGUGGAGAGGAAAGAUGUAGCUUCUGCACAGUGGGUAGCCAUCUCUUCAUCCUCCAAGAAACGCAGUCAUAUGGCUAAAUAUCUGAUGGAAGGCACUCAGUAUCUCUUCCGAGUUGCAGCUGAGAAUCAAUAUGGCAGGGGUCCAUAUGUGGAAACACUUAAGCCUAUCAAAGCUAUAGAUCCCCUGCAUCCUCCAGGGCCACCAAAGAAUCUGCAUCAUGUAGAUGUUGACAAGACAGAGGUUUCCCUUGUUUGGAAUCGACCAGAUCGUGAUGGUGGUGCUGAGAUAACUGGGUAUUUGGUGGAAUAUCAAGAAGAUGGUGCAGAUGAAUGGACAAAGUUCCAGACAGUCCCUAUGCUAGACUGUGUCGUUACAGGACUACAGAAAGGAAAAAUAUACAAAUUCCGUGUGAGAGCUCAAAACAUUGUUGGUCUUGGCCUUCCAGACACAACUAUACCAAUAGAGUGUCAAGAAAAACUAGUACCUCCAUCUGUGGAUCUAGAUGUGAAGUUAAUUGAAGGUCUCGUUGUUAAAGCUGGCACCACAGUGCGCCUUCCAGCAAUUAUGAGAGGUGUGCCAGUUCCCACAGCAAAAUGGGUUACUGAUGGCACUGAAAUUAAACCAGAUGGCAAAUACAAGAUUGAGACUGACAAUUACUCAACUGUGCUUACUAUCAAAGACUGUGUAAGAAAAGAUACAGGAGAAUAUCUACUCACGGUAUCUAAUGCAGCUGGCAGCAAAACUGUGGCUCUGCACCUUACAGUUUUGGAUGUUCCAGGCCCACCAACUGGUCCUAUUAAUAUUCUUGAAGUAACACCAGAAUAUAUGGUUAUUUCUUGGCGCCCUCCUAAAGAUGAUGGUGGGAGUCCUAUAAUAAAUUAUAUUGUUGAGAAGCGUCAAUCAAAGAAAGAAACUUGGGGAGUGGUUAGCUCUGGAACAAGUCACACAAAGAUUAAGGUUCCACGACUGCAGAAAGGCUGUGAAUAUAUUUUCCGUGUUCGUGCAGAAAAUAAGAUAGGCAUUGGUGCACCCCUGGAUUCAGAACCAACAGUUGCUAAAUACAUGUUUGAUCCACCAUCCCCACCUGGUAAACCAACUGUUUAUGAUGUUACAGAAAAUGCUGCAACUGUGUCUUGGACCCUACCAAAAUCUGAUGGUGGAACUCCAAUAACUGGUUAUAUACUUGAACGUCGGGAAGCAUCUGGUAAAUGGGUGCGUGUCAAUAAGACACCUAUACUUGAUAUGAAAUACAGAGUCACUGGUCUUUUUGAAGGCAAUACAUACGAAUUCAGAGUUUUUGCAGAAAACAUGGUGGGCUUAAGUAAACCAUCUCCAAGCUCUGAUCCAAUAAAAGCAUCACGUCCUAUCACUCCUCCUGGACCACCUAUAAAUCCAAAAUUAAAAGACAAAACUAAAGAAUCAGCUGAUCUUGUGUGGACAAAGCCCCUCAAGGAUGGUGGCAGCCCAAUUCUGGGAUACAUUGUGGAAUGUCAGAAAGCUGGAACUACACAGUGGAAUAGGAUUAACAAGGAUGAACUUAUUAGACAGUGUGCUUUCAGAGUACCUGGAUUAAUAGAAGGAAAUGAAUAUAAGUUCCGAAUAAAAGCUGUCAACAUCGUGGGAGAGGGAGAACCAAGAGAACUACCAGAAACUGUUCUUGCAAAAGAUAUUCUUGCUCCUCCAGAAAUAAGCUUAGAUGUGACCUGUCGAGACUUAAUUACUGUCCGAGUUGGUCAAACAAUACGUAUUACUGGCAAGGUAAAAGGCAGACCAGAUCCUGAAAUAACUUGGUCUAAAGAUGGCAAAGUACUAGUCCAAGAUAAGCAUAUUGAAAUACUUCAUGAUCUGCCUAAUGUUGAACUGCAAGUGAAAGAAGCCAAAAGAUCUGAUCAUGGCAAAUACAUAAUAGCAGCUAAGAACAGCUGUGGCCAGGCUCAAGCUUUUGCUGUUGUUAAUGUACUUGACAGACCUGGACCAUGUCAGAAUCUGAAAAUAAGCUAUGUCACAAAAGACUCUUGUAUGAUCUCUUGGGAGAGCCCAGUAGAUAAUGGUGGCUCUGAAAUCACAAAUUACAUAGUAGAAUACCGUCAGCCGAAUCAGAGGGGAUGGUCAAUUGUCUCCUCUGAUAUUACUAAGAGAUUAGUAAAGGCAAAUCUUGUAGAGAACCGUGAAUACUUCUUCAGAGUUUGUGCAGAGAAUAAAAUAGGUCCAGGGCCUUGCAUUGAGACCAAGACUCCUAUCCUUGCUAUCAAUCCUAUUGACAAGCCUGGAGAGCCAGAAAAUCUUCACAUUGCAGAGAAAGGAAAGACAUUUGUAUAUCUGAAAUGGAGAAGACCAGAUUAUGAUGGUGGAAGUCCCAAUUUAAGUUAUCACGUUGAGAGAAAACUGAAAGAUUCAGAUGAAUGGGAAAGAGUUCACAAAGGCAGCAUUAAGGAAACACACUACAUGGUAGAUAAAUGUGUGGAAAAUAAAAUUUACCAAUUCCGAGUUCAGACUAAGAACGAGGCCGGUGAAAGUAACUGGGUAAAAACAGCUGAAGUUGUUGUGAAGGAAGAUCUCCAGAAACCAGUCCUAGAUUUGAAGUUAAGUGGGGUUCUAACUGUGAAAGCAGGCGACACAAUUAGAAUUGAAGCUGGAGUCAGAGGAAAACCACAGCCUGAAGUUGUAUGGACAAAAGACAAAGAUGCCACUGAUCUCACCAGAUCUCCAAGAGUCAGCAUUGAAAACACUUCUGACACAUCUAAGUUUGUUCUCACAAAAUCAAGGCGUACUGACGGUGGGAAAUACGUGAUUACAGCAACUAAUGCAGCUGGCAGCUUUGUAGCAUAUGCUACUGUUAUUGUCUUGGAUAAGCCAGGUCCUGUACGAAACCUGAAAGUCACUGACAUUUCAAGUGACAGAUGUACUGUUACUUGGGAUCCUCCAGAAGAUGAUGGUGGUUGUGAAAUACAGAACUACAUCCUGGAAAAAUGUGAAAGCAAGCGUAUGGUUUGGUCUACAUUCUCUUCCUCUGUCCUAACAAACUAUGCCAAAGUGACACGCCUCAUCGAGGGUAAUGAAUAUAUAUUCAGAGUGCGUGCAGAGAAUAAAAUGGGCACUGGUCCACCAACAGAAACACAUCCAAUUAUUGCAAAAACAAAAUAUGAUAGACCUGGGCGCCCUGACCCUCCAGAUGUCACAAGAGUCAGCAAAGAAGAGAUGACUGUAGUUUGGAAUCCACCAGAGUAUGAUGGUGGCAAAUCAAUUACAGGAUACAUUUUAGAGAAGAAAGAGAAACGGUCACUAAGAUGGGUUCCUGUUACUAAAACCCCAAUCCCAGAGAGACGCAAGAAGGUUACUAAUCUCUUCCCUGGUCAUGAAUACCAGUUCCGUGUCAGUGCUGAAAAUGAAGUGGGACUUGGAGAACCAAGCUUGCCAUCAAGACCUGUGAUAGCCAAAGACCCAAUAGAGCCACCUGGUCCUCCCACAAACCUGAGGGUGGUUGAUAGCACAAAGACUUCCUUAACCCUUGGCUGGGGAAAACCAGUGUAUGAUGGUGGUGCUCCAAUUAUUGGAUAUGUUGUGGAAAUGAGACCAAAAGUUGAGGGUGCCGAUCCUGAAGCAGGGUGGAAACGAUGUAAUGUUGCUGCUCAAGUUAUUCAUACCGAAUUCACAGCUACCAGCCUGGAUGAGAAGCAAUUGUAUGAGUUUAGGGUUUCUGCCCAAAACCAGGUUGGCCUUGGCCGACCAGCAGAACUGAAAGAAGCUGUAUCUCCCAAAGAAAUUCUUGAACCUCCUGAGAUUGAGCUGGACGCAAGCAUGAGAAAGUUAGUCACAGUCAGAGCAGGAUGCCCUAUUAGACUUUUUGCCAUUGUUAGGGGUCGCCCAGCACCAAAAGUCACCUGGAGGAGAAUGGGUGUUGAUAAUGUUAUCAGAAAAGGACAAGUUGAUCUGGUUGACACUAUGGCCUUCUGUGUCAUUCCCGAUUCCACACGUGAUGACUCAGGCAAAUAUUCAUUGACACUUGUUAAUGCAGCUGGAGAAAAGGCUGUAUUUGUGAACGUCAGAGUUCUGGAUACUCCUGGACCUGUGUCAGACUUCAAGGUUUCAGACGUCACCAAGAUGUCCUGCCAUCUUUCAUGGGCACCUCCAGAGAAUGAUGGGGGCAGCCCAGUGACUCAUUACAUCCUGCAGAAACGGGAGGCUGACAGGAAGACCUGGGCAACAGUCACAGCAGAACUAAAGAAAACUAGUUUCCAAAUAGCAAACCUUGUGCCUGGAAAUGAAUAUUACUUCAGAGUAACAGCAGUAAAUGAGUAUGGGUCAGGUGUUCCAAGUGACAUACCAAAGCCUGUUCUAGCAACAGAUCCUCUAAGUGAACCUGAUCCACCAAGAAAACUUGAAGUAACUGAAAUUACAAAGAAUAGUGCUACUUUGGGCUGGCUGCCACCACUUCGAGAUGGAGGCUCUAAAAUUGAUGGAUACAUUGUUAGCUACAAAGAACAUGAUCAACCAGCAGAUCGCUGGACAGAAUAUUCAGUUGUUAAAGAUCUCUCCAUUGUUGUAGCUGGUCUGAAAGAAGGAAAGAAAUACAACUUUAGAGUGGCAGCUAGAAAUGCUGUAGGAGUAAGUUUGCCAAUAGAAGCUACAGGAGAAUAUGAAAUUAAAGAACAACUCAUCCCACCUAAGAUUCUGAUGCCCGAUCAUGUUCACAUUAAAGCUGGAAAGAAACUGAGGAUUGAAGCUCAUGUAUAUGGGAAGCCUCAGCCAGUCUGUAAAUGGCUGAAAGGAGAUCAAGAUGUAGUUACAUCCAGUCGCCUUGCUGUGCAUAAAGCAGAAAAGUCUUCUGUUCUUAUCAUUAAGGAUGUGACUAGAAAAGAUACUGAUUUUUACACUCUUACCGCAGAAAAUAGCUCUGGUACUGAUAGUCAGAAAAUCAAAGUGACCGUCAUGGAUAAGCCAGGUCCACCACAGCCUCCAUUUGAUAUUUCUGAAAUAGAUGCUGAUGCUUGCACUCUUUCAUGGCACAUACCACUUGAAGAUGGUGGCAGCAACAUUACAAACUAUAUUGUUGAGAAAUGUGAUGUAAGUCGAGGAGACUGGAUAACAGCUUUGUCUUCUGUCACAAAGACAAGCUGCAGAAUUGGAAAACUGAUUCCUGGAGAAGAGUAUAUGUUCCGUGUUCGUGCUGAAAAUCGUUUUGGGAUUUCUGAGCCACUUGCUUCUGGCAAGAUGAUCGCAAGAUUCCCAUUUGAUGUUCCCAGUGAACCAAAGAAUGCACGUAUUACCAAGGUCAAUAAGGACUGCAUUUUUGUUGCUUGGGAUAAACCAGAUAGUGAUGGAGGCAGUCCAAUCACUGGUUAUCUCAUUGAGCGCAAAGAAAGGAACAGUUUACUGUGGGUGAAAGCUAACGACACAGCUGUGCGCUCCACAGAAUACCCUUGUGUGGGCCUCAUCGAAGGUCUUGAGUAUACUUUCAGAAUUUAUGCAUUGAACAGAGCUGGAGCAAGUAAACCUAGUAAACCAACCGAGUUUGUCACAGCAAGAGCGCCAGUUGAUCCUCCUGGAAAACCUGAAGUUAUUGAUGUCACUAAGAGUACUGCAUCACUGGUAUGGACAAGACCAAAGCAUGAUGGUGGUAGCAAACUUAUUGGUUACUUCGUGGAAGCUUGCAAAUUACCUGGUGAUAAGUGGGUUCGGUGCAAUACAACUCCGUAUCAAAUACCCCAAGAGGAGUACACUGUGACUGGUUUGGAGGAAAAUGCUCAGUACCAAUUUAGAGCAAUUGCCAAGACAGCAGUUAACAUCAGCCAACCUUCAGAACCUUCUGAUCCUGUGACCAUUCAUCCAGAAAAUGUUCCUCCUAGAAUAGAGUUGGAUGUGUCUAUGCAAUCACAGCUUACAGUAAAAGCUGGAACUAAUGUGCGUCUGGAGGCAAACGUAUAUGGCAAGCCAAUGCCAGCAAUCACCUGGAAGAAAGAAGGAGAAGUUUUAAAGCCAUCUGAAGGUGUUAAGAUCACCACAAAGAGAAAUCUUGCUACAGUUGAGUUGUUCAGUGUUAACAGGAAGCAAACAGGAGACUACACUAUUACUGCUGAAAAUGCAAGUGGAUCAAAGUCAGCAACCAUUAGGCUUAAAGUACUUGAUAAGCCUGGCCCACCAGCUUCUGUCAAAAUCAAACAUAUGUAUGCUGAUCGCGCAAUGCUUUCUUGGGAGCCUCCUCUGGAAGACGGAGGUUCAGAAAUUACCAACUACAUUGUAGACAAGCGUGAAACAAGCAGACCUAACUGGGCCCAAGUCAGUGCCAAUGUGCCCAUUACCAGCUGCACAGUGGAGAAACUAAUAGAAGGACAUGAGUACCAGUUCCGCAUUUGUGCUGAAAACAAAUAUGGUGUUGGAGACCCCAUCUUAACUGAACCAGCAGUUGCUAAGAACCCGUAUGAUGUACCCGGACCUUGUGAUCCACCAGUAAUUAGCAAUGUAACAAAAGACUUUAUGACUGUUAGCUGGAAGCCGCCAGCUAGUGAUGGUGGAUCCCCAAUAACUGGUUAUAUACUUGAGAAGCGUGAAACGAAGGCUCUUAACUGGACAAAAGUAAACAGAAAGCCUGUCAUUGAAAGAACUGUAAAAGCUACUGGACUCCAAGAAGGAACAGAAUAUGAGUUCCGGGUGAUAGCACUGAAUAAGGCUGGACCUGGCAAGCCCAGCGCACCAUCUAAAGCAGUGUAUGCUCGUGAUCCUCAAUAUCCUCCUGGCCCACCUGCUUUCCCGAAAGUGGUUGAUACUACUCGUAAUUCGAUUAGCCUGUCAUGGAGCAAGCCAGCAUAUGAUGGAGGAAGCCCUAUCAUUGGUUAUCUAGUGGAAUCAAAAAGAGCUGAUACAGACAACUGGGUCCGAUGCAAUCUACCCAAGAAUUUACAGGCUACACAUUUUGUGGUAACAGGGCUGAUGGAAGAUACAGAGUACCAGUUCCGUGUAUAUGCUGUCAAUAAGAUUGGAUACAGCGAUCCAAGUGAUGUUCCUGAUAAACACACUGCCAAAGACAUUUUAAUUCCACCUGAAGGAGAACUUGAUGCAGAGCUAAGGAAAGUCCUUGUGUUGCGUGCUGGAGUCACAAUGAGACUUUAUGUGCCAGUAAGAGGACGUCCACCUCCUAAGAUUUCAUGGUCUAAAGUGGGUGCCAACCUAAGAGAUAGACAAGGAUUAGACAUCAAGUCAACUGAUUUUGAUACCUUCCUGCGUUGUGAAAAUGUAAAUAAAUAUGAUGCUGGAAAAUACGUCCUCAGUCUGGAGAACAGCUGUGGCAAAAAGUCAUAUACCAUUGUUGUAAAAGUACUUGAUACGCCAGGCCCACCCAUUAACCUGAUUGUAAAGGAAGCGUCUAAAGAUUCUGCCUUCAUUACAUGGGAACCUCCUCUAGUAGAUGGGGGCAGCCCAAUCAAAAAUUAUGUUGUUGAAAAACGUGAUGCAGAAAGAAAGUCAUGGUCCACAGUAACAACAGAGUGUCCAAAGACAAGCUACAGGAUAACUAACUUAGAAGAAGGCAAAUCUUACUUCUUCAGAGUUUUUGCUGAAAAUGAAUAUGGUAUUGGUGAUCCUUGUGAAACUCGUGAUGCUGUCAAAGCUUCUGAAACACCUGGGCCGGUUGUGGAUCUAAAAGCUUCAGCUGUAACAAAAUCCUCAUGCAAUUUGGUAUGGAAGAAACCUAUCAGUGAUGGUGGAAGCCGUAUUUCUGCAUAUAUUGUUGAAGUCCUGGUUGGUGAUAAUAAAUGGCAAGAAGUCAUGCGGGGAAAGAAUCUCCAUUUUUCAAUGAGAGACUUAAAAGAAGGACAAGAAUACACCUUCAGAGUGAAGGCCCAAAAUGAUGCUGGAUAUGGAACUCCAUCAGAGAUCACAAUUGUAGCAAGAGAUGAUGUUGCGGCACCUGAACUUGACUUAAGAGAUCUACCUGAUUUGUGCUAUACAGCUAAAGAGGGUAGCAAUUUCCGUCUUAAAAUCCCUAUGAAAGGAAAGCCUGUCCCAACUGUAACUUGGAAGAAGGAUGAAGACCAGGCAAUUACUGAGAGUGGGAGAGUUGCAUUUGAAUCUACAGCAGUUAACACCACUCUUGUAGUACAUGACUGCCAGAAAGCUGAUGCAGGAAAAUACACAAUAACUCUGAAGAAUGUUGCUGGCAGCAAGGAAGGCACUAUUUUUGUGAAAGUUGUUGGCAAACCUGGCAUACCAACAGGUCCAGUGAAAUUUGAAGAAGUCACAGCUGAUGCCAUUACCUUAAAAUGGGGCCCUCCAAAAGACGAUGGUGGUUCAGAAAUCACUAACUAUGUUCUAGAGAAGAGAGAUAACAUAAACAAUAAGUGGGUGACUUGUGCCUCUGCAGUCCAGAAAACCACAUUUAGAGUUACAAGGCUUCAUGAAGGAAAUGAAUAUACAUUCAGGAUUAGGGCUGAAAACAAAUAUGGAGUAGGGGAAGGUCUUAAAUCAGAGCCUGUCAUUGCAAAACAUCCAUUUGAUGUCCCAGAUGCUCCUCCACCUCCCAAUAUUGUUGCUGUUCGGCAUGAGUCUGUAGCUUUAACUUGGACUGAUCCCAGAAGAAAUGGAGGUUCACCAAUCACAGGUUAUCACAUUGAAGUUAAAGAAAGAAAUAGUCUUCUGUGGAAGAGAGCAAAUACCACGCCAAUAAGAAUGAAAGAUUUCAGAGUGACAGGGUUAACUGAAGGUCUGGAAUAUGAAUUCAGAGUAAUGGCAAUCAAUAUGGCUGGAGUAGGUAAACCAAGUCUUCCAUCUGAACCAGUUGUGGCACUUGAUCCUAUUGAUCCUCCUGGGAAACCUGAAGUUAUCAAUGUAACCAGGAACUCAGUAACACUCAUUUGGACAGAACCAAAAUAUGAUGGUGGACAUAAAUUAACUGGCUAUAUUGUAGAAAAGCGUGAUUUACCCAAAAAGACAUGGAUGAAAGCUAAUCACGUGAAUGUUCCAGACUGUGCAUUUACUGUAACUGACCUUACUGAAGGCUGCAAAUAUGAAUUCAGAAUUAGAGCAAAGAAUACUGCUGGAGCUAUCAGUCCUCCAUCUGAAUCCACAGGAACCAUAAUAUGCAAGGAUGAGUAUGAGGCGCCAAGCAUUGUUCUGGAUCCUACUGUGAAGGAAGGUUUAACAGUGAAAGCAGGGGAAACCAUCACACUGUCUGCUAUUAGUAUCCGUGGCAAACCACCUCCGACUUCGGCAUGGUCAAAAGCUGGAAAAGAUUUUAGACCCUCAGAGCUUGUGCACAUUGAAACAAAACCAACUUCUUCUACUCUAAGUGUCAAAUAUGCAGCCAGAAAAGAUUCUGGAGAAUACACAAUCACUGCAACCAAUCCUUUUGGCACUAAGCAGGAGACUGUACAUGUGAAAGUUUUAGAUAUUCCAGGACCUCCAGGGCCUAUUGAGAUCAGCAAUGUUUCAGCAGAAAAAGCAACUCUUACAUGGACACCUCCUGCAGAAGAUGGUGGAUCACCAGUAAAAUCAUAUGUUCUUGAAAAGAGAGAAACUAGUCGUCUGCUCUGGACAUUGGUUGCUGAAAACAUUGAGAGCUGUAGGCAUGUUGUUAGCAAGCUCAUUCAAGGAAAUGAAUAUGUUUUCCGUGUCUCGGCAGUAAAUCAGUAUGGCCAGGGUGAACCAGUACAAUCAGAACCAGUUAAAAUGGUGGAUAGAUUUGGUCCUCCAGGCCCUCCUGGAAAACCAGAAGUAACAAAUGUAACUAAAAAUACUGUCACAGUUACAUGGAAAAGGCCAGUUGAUGAUGGUGGAAGUGAAAUCACAGGUUACCAUGUGGAGCGAAGAGAAAAGAAGGGUUUAAGAUGGGUGAGAGCAACAAAGAAACCAGUUUCAGAUCUUAGAUGCAAAGUAACUGGUCUUCUGGAAGGAAACGAGUAUGAAUUCCGUGUCAGUGCAGAAAACAGAGCUGGAGUUGGACCACCAAGUGAUACUUCAAACUCAGUCCUUUGCAAAGAUGUUGCAUACCCACCAGGUCCACCUGCAAAUCCAAGAGUGACUGAUACCACAAAGACAAGUGCAUCUUUAGCCUGGAAUAAGCCUCACUAUGAUGGUGGUCUUGAAAUCACUGGCUACAUAGUAGAGCAUCAAAAAGAGGGAGAAGAUGAAUGGGUGAAAGACACAAUAGGGACUGCUUUAAGAAUCACUCAGUUUGUUGUAGCUCAUCUGCAGACCGGAGCCAAGUAUAAUUUCAGAAUCUCUGCCAUGAAUGCUGCAGGUGUUGGUGAACCAGCAAUAAUUCCAAGUGUGGAAAUUGUUGACCGAGAAGAGAUUCCUGACUUUGAACUGGAUGCUGAGCUAAGAAGAACGCUUGUUGUUAGAGCUGGAUUGACAAUUCGGAUUUUUGUACCAAUUAAAGGACGUCCAACUCCAGAAGUUACAUGGACAAAAGAUGAUGUUUCACUCAAAGGACGUGCCAGUAUUGAAAAUACCGACUCUUUUACACUCUUGAUUGUCACAGAGUGCACCAGAUAUGAUGCGGGAAAAUAUGUAAUGACUCUUGAAAACGCUGCUGGUAAGAAGACUGGCUUCGUAAAUGUAAAAGUCUUGGAUACACCAGGUCCACCAAUAAACCUUAAGCCUAGAGAAAUAACCAAAGACAGUAUCACCCUCCAAUGGGAUAUGCCUCUGGUAGAUGGAGGUUCACGUAUAACAAACUAUAUUGUUGAGAAACGUGAAUCAACUCGGAAGGCAUAUUCAACAGUUACAACCAACUGCCAGAAGUGUUCCUUCAAGAUUCCUAACUUGGCUGAAGGGUGUGAAUACUAUUUCAGAGUACUGGCUGAAAAUGAGUAUGGUAUUGGUGAACCAGCUGAAACUACAGAACCAGUAAAAGCUUCCGAGGCCCCAUCCCCACCUGAGAGCCUUAAUAUUAUGGAUGUAACACGGAACUCAGUUAGCCUAGCUUGGCCAAAGCCAGAACAUGAUGGUGGCAGCAAGAUCACUGGGUAUGUAAUUGAAGCACAGAGAAAAGGAACCAACCAGUGGGCACACAUCACCACUGUAAAAACGCUGGACUGUGUAGUAAAGAAUCUAACUGAAAAUGAAGAGUAUACUUUCCAGGUUAUGGCAGUAAACAGUGCUGGAAGAAGUGCCCCAAGGGAAAGCAGACCAGUUAUUAUCAAGGAGCAAACAAUGCUACCAGAGUUUGACCUCCGUGCUAUUUACCAGAAAACAGUCAUUGCCAAAGCUGGUGACAAUAUCAAGAUUGAAAUCCCUGUACUUGGUCGUCCAAGGCCUACUGUGACUUGGAAGAAAGAAGACCAGAUACUUAAGCAAACACAAAGGGUAAAUUAUGAAAAUACAGCAACUGCAACCAUACUAACCAUCAAUGAAUGUAUUCGAAGUGACAGUGGUCAAUAUCCACUGUCAGCUAAAAAUAUUGUUGGAGAAGUUAGUGAAGUAAUCACAGUCCAGGUUCAUGACAUACCUGGACCACCUACUGGACCAAUCAAAUUUGAAGAAAUUUCAUGUGAUUUCCUAACAUUCUCGUGGGAGCCUCCUUUGAAUGAUGGUGGUGUACCAAUAAGUAAUUACAUUGUAGAAAUGCGUCAGACUGACAGUACCACAUGGACCGAAUUGGCAACGACGGUGAUACGUACUACAUUUAAAGCCAUUCGUCUCACUACUGGAGUUGAGUAUCAGUUCCGUGUUAAAGCUCAAAACAGAUAUGGAGUUGGUCCAGCCAUUACUUCAGAGUCUGUAGUUGCCAACUACCCAUUUAAGGUACCUGGGCCUCCUGGCACUCCUCAGGUGAUUGCAGUAACCAAAGAAUCCAUGACCAUUAGCUGGAAUGAGCCAGUUACUGAUGGUGGAAGCCCAAUACUGGGAUAUCACAUUGAAAGAAAAGAGCGAAACAGCAUUGUUUGGCAGACUGUAAGUAAAAUGUUGGUGUCAGGAAAUAUCUUUAAAUCAUCUGGACUUACCGAUGGCAUUGCAUAUGAAUUCCGUGUUAUAGCAGAAAAUCUAGCUGGAAAGAGUAAGCCAAGCAAGCCAUCUGAGCCUGUGUUUGCCCUGGACCCAAUAGAUCCACCUGGUAAGCCAAUACCUCUGAACAUUACAAGACAUGCAGUUACACUGAAGUGGACUAAACCAGAAUAUAAUGGAGGUUUUAAGAUAACUGGCUACACUGUUGAAAAAAGAGACCUUCCUAAUGGCCGUUGGCUGAAGGCUAAUUUCAGCAAUAUUCUAGAGACUGAAUUCACUGUGAGUGGUUUGACAGAAGAUGCUGCCUAUGAAUUCCGUGUCAUUGCAAGGAAUGCUGGUGGAGCUGUUAGUCAGCCCUCAGAGCCAUCAGAUGCAAUCACUUGUAGAGAUGACAUUGAAGCACCAAGGAUAAAGGUGGAUGCUAAAUACAAGGACACCAUAGUGCUGAAAGCAGGAGAAGUUUUCAGACUUGAGGCUGAUGUUUCAGGUCGCCCUCCACCAACUAUGACAUGGACAAAGGGAGAAAAAGAACUUGAAGACACAGCAAAAUUGGAAAUAAAAAUAGCAGAUUUCUCUACCAUUCUCAUCAACAAAGAUUCCUCAAGAAGAGAUGGUGGUGCUUAUACGCUUACUGCAACAAACCCUGGUGGCUUUGCCAAGCAUAUCUUCAAUGUUAAAGUGCUUGAUAGACCUGGUCCCCCAGAAGGGCCUUUGGCUGUGUCUGAAGUCACUGCAGAAAAGUGUGUGCUGUCAUGGCUACCCCCACUGGAUGAUGGAGGAGCAAAGAUUGACCAUUAUGUGGUUGAAAAACGUGAAACAAGUAGAUUGGCAUGGACAUCUGUAGGCACAGAGGUUCCAGUGACGAAACUGAAGGUUACUAAAUUGUUGAAGGGCAAUGAGUACGUGUUCCGAGUUAUGGCUGUUAACAAAUAUGGAGUUGGCGAGCCUCUGGAAUCAGAGCCUGUUCUGGCAGUAAAUCCAUAUGUUCCACCUGAUCCACCUAAAACACCUGAAGUUACAGCAAUUACAAAGGAUUCUAUGGUUGUGUGUUGGGGCCAUCCUGAUUCUGAUGGUGGGAGCCCAAUAACUAACUAUAUUGUGGAACGUCGAGACAAGGCUGGUCUACGGUGGGUGAAAUGUAACAAAAGGGUUGUUACUGACUUACGUUAUAAAGUGUCUGGACUGACAGAAGGCCAUGAAUAUGAAUACAGAGUCAUGGCAGAAAAUGCUGCUGGUGUCAGUGAGCCAAGCCCAACCAGUCCGUUCUACAAAGCCUGUGAUACUGUAUUUAAGCCUGGUCCCCCAGGCAAUCCUCGUGUUUUGGAUAGCAGCAAGUCCUCUAUUACAAUAGCUUGGAACAAACCAAUAUAUGAUGGUGGUUCAGAGAUCACAGGUUACAUGGUUGAGAUUGCACUACCUGAAGAAGAUGAGUGGAAGAUUGUAACUCCACCAAUGGGUCUAAAGGCCACCUCUUUUACCAUCACUGACUUGAAAGAAAAUCAAGAGUAUAAAAUACGGAUAUAUGCUAUGAACUCUGAAGGUCUUGGGGAACCUGCUCUUGUUCCUGGCACUCCAAAAGCUGAAGAAAGAAUGCUACCUCCAGAGAUUGAACUUGAUGCAGAACUACGUAAAGUUGUAACUAUUAGAGCUUGCUGUACUCUGAGACUCUUUGUCCCAAUUAAAGGAAGACCAGCACCUGAAGUAAAAUGGACAAGAGAACAUGGGGAAUCUUUGGAUAGAGCGAGCAUUGAAUCAACAAGCUCUUAUACUUUACUUAUUGUUGAAAACGUAAAUAGAUUUGAUAGUGGCAAAUACAUACUGACAAUUGAAAACAGCUCAGGCAGUAAGACAGCAUUUGUGAAUGUCAGAGUUCUUGAUACUCCGGGGGCACCUCAAGAUUUGAAGAUAAAGGAAGUUACAAAAUCCUCAGUUACACUCACUUGGGAACCUCCUCUCAUAGAUGGUGGCUCUAAAAUAAAAAAUUACAUCGUUGAAAAGCGUGAAUCAACAAGAAAAGCUUAUUCAACUGUUAAUGCCAAUUGCCACAAAACCAGCUGGAAAGUUGAUUCACUGCAAGAAGGCUGCAACUACUACUUCAGAGUCUUAGCUGAAAAUGAGUAUGGAAUUGGCCUUCCAGUGGAAACUUCAGAAUCCAUAAAAGUGUCAGAAAGACCACUUCCACCAGGAAAAAUAACUUUGUUGGAUGUGACAAGAAAUAGCGUGAGCUUAUCUUGGGAAAAACCAGAACAUGAUGGUGGUAGCAGAAUUCUGGGCUAUAUUGUAGAAAUGCAAAGCAAAGGCAGUGAAAAGUGGUCAACCUGUGCUACAGUAAAAGUUACUGAAGCCACCAUCACAGGAUUGAUCCAAGGUGAAGAAUACAACUUCCGUGUUUCAGCUCAGAAUGAGAAAGGUAUCAGUGAUCCUCGCCAGCUGGGUAUACCAGUUGUUGCAAAAGAUCUUGUGAUCCCACCAGCUUUCAAACUACUGUUUACCACUUUCAGUGUUCUAGCAGGUGAGGACUUAAAGGUUGAUGUUCCUUUUGUUGGUCGACCCAAACCAGCAGUGUCUUGGCAUAAAGACAACGUGGCAUUGAAGCAGACUACAAGAGUAAAUGCAGAAAGCUCGGAAAACAACACAGUGUUAACAAUAAAAGAAGCAUGCAGAGAAGAUGUGGGAACAUAUUUAGUUAAACUUACAAACUCUGCUGGUGAAGCAACUGAGACACUAAAUAUUGUUGUCCUUGACAAACCAGGACCUCCAACUGGACCAGUAAAAGUAGAUGAAGUAACAGCAGACAGUAUUACCAUUUCCUGGGAGCCACCCAAAUAUGAUGGUGGUAGCUCUAUCAAUAAUUACAUUGUAGAAAGAAGAGACACUUCCACCACCACAUGGCACAUUGUGUCAGCUACUGUUGCAAGAACAACUAUAAAAGCAUGUCGUUUAAAGACUGGCUGUGAAUAUCAGUUCAGAAUCGCAGCUGAGAACAGAUAUGGGAAGAGUACGUAUCUCACCUCAGAGUCAAUAAUAGCCCAAUACCCAUUUAAAGUUCCUGGUCCACCUGGAACUCCUUUUGUAACAAAUGUCUCAAAAGACAGCAUGGUGGUACAGUGGCACGAACCAGUCAAUGAUGGCGGCAGCAGGAUCAUUGGUUAUCACUUGGAGCGCAAAGAAAGAAACAGCAUUCUGUGGGCUAAACUGAAUAAAACACCUCUUCCAGAUACCAAAUUCAAGACAACUGGCCUUGAGGAAGGUCUUGAAUAUGAAUUCAGAGUCUCUGCAGAAAACAUAGUGGGAAUUGGAAAGGCAAGUAGAGCAUCUGAAUGCUAUACUGCACGUGACCCAUGUGACCCUCCAGGUCGUCCAGAGCCUGUAAUUGUCACAAGAAGCUCAGUAACACUCCAGUGGAAGAAACCGAUAUAUGAUGGUGGAAGCAAAAUCACAGGCUAUGUUGUUGAAAAGAAAGAAUUACCUGAUGGCCGUUGGAUGAAAGCUAGCUUUACAAAUGUUAUUGAUACUCAGUUUGAAGUAACUGGUCUAGUUGAAAACCAGAGAUACGAGUUUCGUGUUAUAGCACGAAAUGCCGCAGGUGUUUUCAGUGAACCAUCUGAGAGCUCAGGGGCAAUUACAGCAAGAGAUGAAGUAGAACCACCUCAAAUAAGUAUGGAUCCAAAAUUCAGAGACACUAUUGUAGUGCAUGCUGGUGAGUCAUUCAAGCUUGAUGCUGAUAUUCAUGGCAAGCCAUUACCUUCCAUUCAGUGGUUUAAAGGUGACCGUGAGCUGACAAGCACCGCUCAUAUGGAAAUAAAAUCUACUGAUUUUGCAACAAGCCUCAGUGUGAAGGAAGCCACACGAGUUGACAGUGGGCAGUAUGUACUACUGGCAAAGAAUGUUGCAGGUGAAAAGAAGGUUCCUGUUAAUGUCAAAGUUCUUGAUAGACCUGGACCUCCAGAAGGACCUGUUGAGUUUACAGGUGUUACAGCUGAAAAAUGCACACUAUCAUGGAAACCUCCACUACAAGAUGGUGGUAGCGAUAUUUCACACUACGUUGUAGAAAAAAGGGAAACCAGUCGCUUGGUGUGGACUGUCGUUGACUCAAAUGUGCAAACCCUGAAUUGCAAAGUUACAAAACUUCUAGAAGGAAAUGAGUAUGUUUUCCGCAUCAUGGCAGUAAAUAAAUACGGCGUUGGUGAACCUCUUGAGUCUGACCCAGUCGUCGCAAAGAACCCAUUUGUUGUGCCGCUUCCUCCAAAGGCUCCUGAAGUCACAGCCGUUACCAAGGAUUCUAUGAUAGUUGUUUGGGAAAGACCAGCCUCAGAUGGCGGCAGUGAAAUCCUGGGCUACGUCCUUGAAAAACGAGAUAAGGAAGGUAUUCGCUGGACAAGAUGUAACAAACGCCUGAUAAGUGAACUGCGAUACAGAGUGACUGGCCUAAUAGAAAAUCAUGAUUAUGAGUACAGAGUUUCAGCCGAAAAUGCUGCUGGUCUUAGUGAACCAAGUCCACCUUCUACUUAUUACAAAGCAUGUGAUCCUAUUUACAAGCCAGGUCCACCCAAUAAUCCUAAAGUUACAGAUGUUACAAGAUCUUCAGUUUUUCUUUCAUGGGGUAAACCUAUUUACGAUGGCGGCUCUGAAGUUCAGGGAUACAUUGUGGAAAAAUGUGAUGUAAGUGAUGGUGAAUGGGCAAUUUGUACCCCUCCAACUGGAAUUAAGAAUACUCACAUGGAAGUAGAAAAAUUAGUAGAAAAACAUGAGUACAAAUUCCGCAUAUGUGCAGUUAAUAAAGCAGGAGUUGGAGAGCAUGCAGAUGUUCCUGGUUCUGUUAUUGUAGAAGAAAAGAUGGAGGCACCAGACCUUGACCUUGACAUGGAAUUAAGGAAGAUUGUAAAUGUGAGAGCAGGAGGUUCCUUAAGACUGUUUGUUCCCAUCAGAGGUCGUCCAACACCUGAAGUAAAGUGGGGUAAAGUGGAUGGUGACAUCAGAGAAGCAGCUAUUAUUGAUACCACUAGUAGCUUUACUUCCCUUGUUCUAGAUAACGUUAACAGAUUUGAUAGCGGAAAGUAUACUCUGACUUUGGAAAACAGCAGUGGAACGAAGUCUGCCUUUGUCAGUGUAAGAGUACUGGAUACCCCAAGUGCACCUGUUAAUUUGAAAAUCAGAGAGAUCACUAAAGACUCUGUUUCACUUUCAUGGGAGCCUCCUCUCUUGGAUGGUGGAGCAAAAAUAAAGAAUUUCAUUAUUGAAAAGCGUGAAGCAACAAGAAAGGCAUAUGCAGCUGUUGUAACAAACUGCCAUAAGACUUCAUGGAAAGUAGAUCAGCUUCAGGAGGGCUGCUAUUACUUCUUCAGAGUCUCUGCUGAGAAUGAAUAUGGAAUUGGCCUCCCUGCAGAAACCAGUGACCCAAUUAAAGUUGCUGAAGUUCCACAGCCUCCUGGGAAAAUAACAGUGGAUGAUGUCACAAGAAACAGUGUCUCACUAAGCUGGGCAAAACCUGAACAUGAUGGUGGUAGCAAAAUCAUACAGUAUAUUGUUGAAAUGCAAGCAAAGGGUAGUGAGAAGUGGUCAGAGUGUGCUCGUGUUAAAACACUUGAAGCAGUUGUUACUAAUCUAACUCAAGGGGAAGAAUAUCUUUUUAGAGUAAUGGCUGUAAAUGAAAAGGGUAAGAGUGAUCCUAGAGCACUUGCAGUUCCAAUAGUUGCCAAAGACCUGGUGAUUGAACCUGAUGUAAGACCUGCUUUCCACAGUUACAGUGUUCAGGUGGGACAGGACCUAAAAGUAGAAAUACCAAUUGCAGGUCGGCCUAAACCAACCGUUACCUGGGUUAAAGAUGGCCAGCCAUUAAGGCAGACAACAAGAAUCAAUGUUAGCGAUUCAGCUGAUCUCACUGUACUGAAUCUUAAGGAAACUAGCAAAGAAGACAGUGGCACUUAUGAAAUCACUGUGGCUAAUGUUGUUGGGCAAAAGUCUGCCUCUGUUGAAAUUAUUACCCUAGACAAACCUGACCCUCCAGUUGGACCUGUGAAGUUUGAUGAAAUAAGUGCAGAAAGUAUUACCCUGUCAUGGAAUCCUCCAGUGUACACAGGCGGCUGCCAAAUCACCAACUAUGUUGUUCACAAGAGAGAUACAACAACCACCGUAUGGGAUACAGUUUCAGCUACUGUUGCAAGAACUACACUGAAGGUGACUAAACUGAAAACCGGUUCAGAAUACCAGUUCAGAAUAUUUGCUGAGAACAGGUAUGGGCGGAGUUUUGCAUUGGAAUCUGCACCGGUUGUAGCACAGUAUCCCUACAAGGAACCAGGACCUCCUGGCACACCAUUUGUGACAACAGUUACGAAAGACUCCAUGGUUGUACAGUGGCAUGAGCCAGUAAAUGAUGGUGGCAGUAAAGUGUUGGGCUACCAUCUUGAGAGGAAGGAGAAAAAUAGCAUUCUGUGGACUAAAGUAAACAAGACUAUUAUUCAGGACACAAGUUUUAAGACAAAUAACCUUGAAGAGGGAAUUGAAUAUGAGUUUCGAGUUUCUGCAGAAAAUAUUGUUGGUGUAGGCAGAACAAGUAAAGUUUCUGAGUGCUAUGUAGCUCGUGAUCCAUGUGAUCCUCCAGGUCGCCCAGAAGCUAUAAUAAUAAAAAGAAGCUCUAUUACUCUACAGUGGACCAAACCAGAAUAUGAUGGUGGAAGUAAGGUUACCGGUUAUAUUGUAGAGAAACGUGACUUACCUGAUGGUCGGUGGAUGAAAGCGAGCUUCACAAAUAUCAUUGAAACUCAGUUCACUGUAACAGGACUUACUGAAGACCAAAGAUACGAAUUUAGAGUAAUUGCAAAGAAUGCUGCAGGUGCAAUAAGCAAACCUUCUGACAGUACAGGACCAAUAACAGCAAGGGACGAAGUUGAUCUUCCACGUAUUUCAAUGGAUCCAAAGUACAAAGACACUAUUGUUGUAAAUGCUGGUGAAACAUUCAGACUUGAGGCUGACGUUCAUGGAAAGCCAUUACCAACAAUUAAGUGGUAUAAAGGAGAUAAAGAGCUUGAGGACACUGCUAGAUAUGAAAUAAAGAACACAGAUUUCAGUGCACUAAUAAUUGUAAAAGAUGCUAUUAGAGUUGAUGGUGGUCAGUACAUUCUGGAAGCCUCUAAUGUUGCGGGAACAAAGACAGUAACAGUAAAUGUAAAAGUCUUGGACAGGCCAGGACCUCCAGAGGGCCCAGUCCAAGUGACAGGAGUUACAGCUGAAAAAUGUGCACUGGCAUGGGGUCCUCCUCUUCAUGAUGGUGGCAGUGAUAUUUCUCAUUACAUUGUAGAGAAGAGAGAAACUAGCCGCCUGGCAUGGACUGUGGUUGCCUCAGAAGUUUUACCUACAAUGCUAAAAGUAACAAAACUCUUGGAAGGAAAUGAAUAUGUCUUCCGUAUCAUGGCAGUUAACAAAUAUGGGGUUGGUGAGCCAUUAGAAUCUGUGCCAGUAAUGAUGAAAAAUCCAUUUGUGGUUCCUGGACCACCAAAAGCCUUGGAAAUUACCAACAUCACAAAGGAUUCUAUGACUGUCUGCUGGACCAGGCCAGAGAGUGAUGGAGGUAGUGAAAUCGUAGGUUACAUCGUAGAAAAGAGAGACCGAGCAGGCAUCAGAUGGAUAAAAUGCAAUAAACGCCGCAUUACAGAUUUGCGGUUAAGAGUUACCGGUUUAACAGAGGAUCAUGAAUAUGAAUUCAGAGUUUCUGCUGAAAAUGCUGCUGGAGUUGGUGAACCAAGCCAAGUUUCUCCCUACUUCAAAGCUUGCGACCCAGUGUUCAAGCCUGGCCCACCUACAAAUGCCCAUGUUGUGGAUACCACCAAAAAUUCAGUUACACUUGGUUGGAGUAAACCUAUUUAUGAUGGUGGUUGUGAAAUCCAGGGAUACCUUGUAGAAAUCUGUAAAGCAGAUGAAGAUGAAUGGUCACUUGUUACUCCACAGACAGGUAUACGCGCCACUCGAUUUGAGAUCAAAAAGCUUACUGAACAUCAAGAAUACAAACUACGAGUGUGUGCUCUCAACAAGAUUGGUGUGGGAGAGGCUGCAUCAGUUCCUGGUACUAUUAAACCAGAAGACAAACUUGAAGCUCCAGAGCUUGAUAUUGAUUCAGAGCUAAGGAAAGGGAUAGUGGUUAGAGCUGGUGGGUCUGCUAGGAUUCACAUACCAUUCAGGGGACGACCAACACCUGACAUCACAUGGUCCCGAGAAGAAGGCGAAUUCUCAGAAAAAGUUCAGAUUGAUAAAGGCAUAAACUACACACAACUCUCAAUUGACAACUGUGAUAGAAAUGAUGCUGGAAAGUAUAUUCUCAAGCUAGAGAACAGCAGUGGUUCUAAAUCUGCAUUUGUUACAGUGAAAGUCUUGGACACGCCAGGACCCCCGCAAAACUUAGUGGUAAAGGAUGUAAAGAAGGAUUCUGCUGUAUUAUCUUGGGAGCCACCGAUUAUUGAUGGUGGUGCAAAGGUAAAGAAUUACGUGAUAGACAAGCGUGAGUCAACCAGGAAGGCAUUUGCAAAUGUAAGUGCUAAGUGUGGCAAGACUAGUUUUAAAGUUGAAAAUCUUACAGAAGGAGCAAUUUACUACUUCAGAGUCAUGGCUGAAAAUGAAUAUGGAAUUGGUGUUCCAGUUGAAACCAAGGAUGCUGUCAAAGCCUCAGAGCCACCUUUGCCUCCUGGGAAAGUAACACUCACUGAUGUGACUCAGAGAAGUGCAUCACUUAUGUGGGAAAAACCUGAGCAUGAUGGAGGUAGCAGAAUUCUGGGAUACCUUGUUGAAAUGUUGCCUAAAGGGACAGAAAAAUGGAGUGUUGUUAGUGAGACCAAAACUUGUAAUGCAGAGGUGUCUGGUUUGAGUCCAGGACAGGAAUAUCAAUUCCGCGUGAUUGCCUACAAUGAAAAAGGCAAAAGUGAUCCCAGAGCACUUGGAAUUCCUGUGAUAGCUAAAGACUUGACUAUUGAGCCAAGUUUCAAACUGAUGUUUAAUACAUACAGUGUACAAGCUGGAGAAGAUCUGAAGGUAGAAGUACCAUUUAUAGGCAGACCCAAACCUACGAUUACUUGGACAAAAGAUGAGCAGCCACUGAAACAGACAACCAGGUUAAAUAUUCAGAAUACAACAACAUCAACUAUUUUGCAUAUAAAAGAAAGCAACAGAGAAGACUUUGGUAAAUAUACAGUAACAGCAACAAAUUCAGCAGGUACAGCGACAGAGCACCUGAGCAUAAUCGUACUAGAAAAGCCUGGCCCACCACGAGGACCUGUCCGCUUUGAUGAAAUUAGUGCAGACUUUGUUGUUUUAUCAUGGGAUCCACCUGAUUAUACUGGUGGCUGCCAGAUAAGUAACUAUAUAGUAGAAAAGCGUGACACAAGCACUACCACAUGGAACAUCGUGUCAGCAACAGUUGCAAGAACAACCAUAAAAGCAACAAAGCUUAAAACAGGUUCUGAAUACCAGUUCAGGAUUUCUGCUGAAAAUAGAUAUGGAAAGAGCUCUCCUUUGGCUUCUAAAUCGGUUGUUGUGCAAUACCCCUACAAGGUGCCUGGACCACCUGGAACCCCAUUUGUUACAGCAGCUUCCAAGGACCAUAUGAUUGUACAAUGGCAUGAACCAGUUAAUGAUGGAGGAAGCAAAAUUCUUGGCUACCAUCUUGAGCGUAAAGAUAAGAACAGCAUUCUUUGGACAAAACAGAACAAGUCACUUAUUGUGGACACCAAAUAUAAAACAGAUGGCCUUGAAGAAGGUCUUGAAUAUGAGUUCAGAGUUUCUGCUGAAAACAUUGUUGGCAUUGGCAAAGUCAGCAAAGUAUCAGAACUGUAUGUUGCCCGAGAUCCUUGUGACCCACCUGGCCGCCCAGAGGCCAUUCUUGUUACAAGAAGUAAUAUCACACUGAAGUGGAAAAAGCCAGAAUAUGAUGGUGGAAGCAAAAUAACUGGUUAUAUUGUAGAAAAGAAAGAACUGCCAGAUGGUCGCUGGAUGAAAGCCAGCUUUACAAAUGUGUUGGAAACAGAAUUUACAGUAAGUGGUCUUGUUGAAAACCAACGAUAUGAAUUCAGAGUAAUUGCAAGAAAUGCAGCAGGUUGCUUUAGUGAACCAUCUGAAAGUACAGGACCUAUUACUGCCAGAGAUGAAAUUGAAGCACCCGGAGCUUCAUUGGAUCCUAAAUACAGAGAUGUCAUUGUUGUUCAUGCUGGUGAAACCUUUGUUCUUGAAGCUGAUAUCCAUGGGAAACCUAUUCCUGACAUUACAUGGUCAAAAGAUGGUAAAGACCUUGAAGAAACAACUGCAAGAAUGGAAAUUAAAUCUACCAUUGAGAAAACAAUUCUCACUGUCAAAGACUGUAUAAGAGUAGAUGGAGGUCACUAUACUCUUAACCUCAAAAAUGUUGGUGGCACCAAAUCUAUACCAAUCACUGUAAAAGUGCUUGACAGACCAGGACCUCCAGAAGGACCUUUGAAUGUUACAGGUGUCACUGCAGAAAAAUGCUACUUGUCAUGGUCUCCACCUUUACAUGAUGGUGGUUCUAGUAUCUCACAUUAUAUCAUUGAGAAGAGAGAGACAAGCAGGCUUUCCUGGACUCAAGUAGCCACAGAUGUGCAGGCUCUUAAUCACAAAGUAACUAAACUCCUUCCUGGCAAUGAAUACAUUUUCCGCGUAGUAGCAGUGAAUAAAUACGGAGUUGGAGAGCCCUUGGAAUCUGAACCAGUUGUGGCUCGUAAUCCAUACAAACCCCCUGGUCCUCCUUCAACACCUGAAGUUUCAGCAAUCACAAAAGAUUCUAUGGUGGUAACAUGGGGUCGCCCAGAAGACAAUGGGGGAGCUGAAAUUGAAGGUUACAUACUUGAGAAACGAGACAAAGAUGGUAUCCGAUGGACCAAAUGCAAUAAGAAAAGGCUGACAGACUUGAGAUUCAGAGUAACAGGUCUAACUGAUGGGCAUUUCUAUGAAUUUAGAGUGUCUGCUGAAAAUGCUGCAGGGGUAGGGGAACCCAGUGAGCCAUCCAUUUUCUAUCGUGCUUGUGAUAUAUUAUAUCCACCAGGUCCACCUAGCAAUCCAAAAGUUACAGAUACUUCCAGGUCAUCAGUUUCCCUUGCCUGGAGUAAACCCAUUUAUGAUGGUGGGGCUCCAGUUAAAGGCUAUGUAGUAGAAGUAAAAGAAGCUGCUGAUGAUGAAUGGACUACCUGCACCCCACCAGCAGGCAUACAAGCAAAACAGUUCACCGUGACAAAGCUAAAAGAGAACCAGGAAUAUAACUUCCGCAUCUGUGCUAUCAACUCAGAAGGAGUAGGAGAACCUGCCACUAUACCUGGUGCAGUCUUAGCAGAGGACAAGAUUGAACCUCCUGAAAUUGAACUUGAUGCGGAUCUCAGAAAAGUAGUCACUGUACGUGCUAGUGCUACUUUACGCCUGUUUGUCACCAUCAAAGGAAGACCAGAACCUGAAGUUAAAUGGGAGAAAGCAGAAGGAACAAUUAGUGAGAGAGCUCAGAUUGAAGUCACCAGUUCCUACACAAUGCUGGUCAUUGACAAUGUCAAUAGAUUUGAUAGUGGUAGAUACAAUCUUACUUUAGAGAACAACAGUGGCAAAAAAUCUGCUUUUGUUAAUGUCAGAGUGCUUGAUACACCUAGUGCACCUCUAAACCUGACAAUCAGAGAAGUGAAGAAAGAUUUUGUAACUUUAGCCUGGGAAGCACCACUAAUUGAUGGCGGAGCUAAAAUUACCAACUAUGUAGUUGAAAAGAGAGAGUCCACGAGAAAGGCAUAUGCCACAGUUACAAGCAACUGUACAAAGAAUUCCUUCAAGAUUACUCAGCUACAAGAAGGAUGUAGUUAUUACUUCCGUGUUCUAGCUGUAAAUGAAUAUGGGGCUGGUUUACCAGCAGAAACUGCUGAUCCAGUUAAGGUGUCUGAACCACCUUCUCCACCUUCAAAGGUCAUUCUUGUUGACGUGACUCGCAAUUCUGCUUCAAUUAAAUGGGAAAAGCCAGAGAGCGAUGGUGGUAGUAAAAUUACUGGUUAUAUAGUAGAAAUGCAGAGUAAAGGAAGUGUAAAAUGGAGUGCAUGUACACAGGUGAAAACACUGGAAGCAACAAUAACAGGCUUAACCAUGGGAGAAGAGUACAGUUUCAGGGUUAUUGCUGUUAAUGAAAAAGGAAAAAGUGAUCCAAGAGAACUUGGUGUCCCAGUCAUUGCAAAAGAUAUUGAAAUCCAGCCAUCUGUUGAGCUCCUUUUUAAUACAUUCACAGUGAAAGCUGGAGAUGAUCUUAAGAUUGACAUUCCAUUCAGAGGGCGACCUCUUCCCACUGCUAGCUGGAAGAAGGAUGGGAAUCCCUUAAAACAGACAACCAGGGUAAAUGUUCAGACAUCAAAGACUUUAACUUCACUGUCCAUCAAGGAAGCUACAAAUGAAGAUCUGGGGCAUUAUGAAUUACAUCUUUCAAAUACUGCUGGAUCAACAACAGCUUCUCUAACUGUAAUUGUCCUUGAUAGACCAGGACCACCAACUGAUGUUAAAAUUGAUGAAGUUAGUGCUGAUAGUGUAACUCUGUCCUGGAAGCCUCCAGCAUAUGAUGGUGGAUGUCAUAUUAGCAAUUACAUAGUGGAAAAGAGAGAUACUACCACAACAACAUGGGAGGUAGUAUCUGCAGCAGUUGCAAGAACAUCAAUUAAAGUAUCUCGACUUGUCACUGGAUCUGAGUAUCAGUUCCGUGUUUGUGCAGAAAAUCGCUAUGGGAAAAGCACUUACACUAAUUCUCCUUCUGUUGUGGCAGAGUAUCCAUUUAAGCCUCCAGGUCCACCUGGAACACCUCGUGUGGCACAUGCAACUAAAUCUUUCAUGAUUGUAACUUGGCAGGUACCUGUUAAUGAUGGAGGUAGCGUAGUACUAGGAUAUCACUUGGAGCAUAAAGAAAGAAGCAGCAUUCUUUGGACAAAAGUUAACAGGAGCCUCAUAACUGAUACACAAAUGAAAGUUACAGGUCUUGAUGAAGGGCUGAUGUAUGAAUAUCGUGUGUAUGCAGAAAACAUUGCUGGAAUAGGCAAAUGCAGCAAAGCAUGUGAACCAGUUGCUGCAAGAGAUCCAUGUGAUCCUCCUGGUCAGCCAGAAGUUACCAAUAUUACAAGAACAUCUGUCUCAUUGAAGUGGACUAAACCAGAAUACGAUGGUGGAGCUAAAGUAACAGGAUAUAUUAUUGAACGCCGAGAACUACCAGAUGGUCGUUGGCUAAAAUGUAAUUUUACUAAUGUGCAAGAAACAUACUUCGAUGUAGGUGGACUUACAGAGGACCAGCGUUAUGAAUUCCACGUGAUUGCAAAGAAUGCUGCUGGACUCUUCAGUCAGCCAUCUGAAUCAACUGGACCUGUGACGGUGAAAGACGAUGUAGAGGCUCCAAGAAUUAUGAUGGAUGCCAAAUUCAGGGAUGUUGUAGUUGUGAAAGCUGGGGAAGUGUUUAAAGUCAAUGCUGAUGUUGCAGGACGGCCAAUACCAGUGAUUUCAUGGACAAAGGAUGGCAAGGAGCUUGAAGGAAAAGCUAGAGUUGAAAUCGUCUCAACAGAUUACACUACUGCAAUAACCAUUAAGGACUGUAUCCGAGGUGAUUCAGGACAGUAUGUACUAACAUUACAGAAUGUUGCAGGAACAAAAUCUUUGGCAAUUAACUGCAAAGUACUUGAUAGACCUGGUCCACCUGCAGGUCCUUUAGAAAUAAAUGGCCUUACUGCUGAAAAGUGCCAUUUAUCAUGGGGACCCCCUCAAGAAAACGGUGGUGCAGAUAUUGAUCAUUAUAUUGUGGAAAAACGUGAGACCAGCAGAAUUGCAUGGACACUUUGUGAAGGAGAGCUUAAAACAACAUCUUGUAAAGUGACAAAAUUACUGAAGGGUAAUGAGUAUAUUUUCAGAGUGAUGGGAGUUAACAAAUACGGUGUUGGUGAGCCUCUGGAAAGUGUUGCUGUCAAAGCCCUAGACCCAUUUACAGUUCCAAGCCCACCUACAUCUUUAGAGAUCACCAGUGUGAGCAAAGAUUCAAUAACUCUCUGCUGGGCAAGGCCUGAGUCCGAUGGAGGCAGUGAGAUCUCUGGCUAUGUAAUUGAAAGGCGUGAGAAAACCAGCCUAAGAUGGAUUCGUGUAAACAAAAAGCCAGUUUAUGAUUUAAGAGUGAAGUCACCAGGUCUCCGUGAGGGAUGUGAAUAUGAAUUCCGGGUUUAUGCAGAAAAUGCUGCUGGUCUCAGUCUCCCAAGUGAAACCACACCAUUGAUUAAAGCAGAAGAUCCAAUCUUCUUGCCAUCACCCCCGUCUAAACCUAAGAUUAUGGAUUCUACAAGGUCAAACAUCACAAUUGGUUGGACAAAGCCACUGUUUGAUGGAGGUGCUCCAGUAACAGGAUACACAGUUGAAUACAAGAAAACUGAUGAAACUGACUGGACAACAGCUAUUCAGAAUUUAAGAGGCACAGAAUAUACCAUAACUGGGUUAACAUCAGGCUCUGAGUAUGUUUUUAGAGUGAAAUCCAUUAACAAAAUGGGUGUCAGUGAACCAAGUGAUGUCUCAGAACCUCAGGUGGCAAAAGAAAGAGAGGAAGAACCUGCCUUUGAAAUUGACAGUGAAAUGCGGAAGACUUUAAUUGUGAAGGCUGGUGGAUCUUUCACAAUGACUGUUCCUUUCAGAGGCAAACCAGUCCCAAAUGUAACAUGGAACAAACCAGACACUGAUCUCCGUACACGGGCAAGCAUUGACACUUCAAGUAAUUGUACAUCUCUUACUAUUGAAAAAGCAACAAGAAAUGAUUCUGGAAAAUACACAUUAACACUGCAAAACAUCCUGAACACUACUACCUUGACUUUAAUUGUCAAAGUUCUUGAUACGCCUGGCCCGCCAUCCAAUAUUGCAACAAAAGAUGUAACUAAAGAAUCUGCUGUGUUAUCUUGGGAUGUUCCUGAAAAUGAUGGUGGAGCACCUGUAAAGAACUAUGUCAUUGAAAAACGAGAAGCUAGCAAAAAGGCGUGGGUCACUGUGACAAACAACUGUCAUCGCCUGUCCUACAAAGUGACUGGUUUGCAAGAAGGUGCCAUUUAUUACUUCCGUGUCUCCGGAGAAAAUGAAUAUGGUGUUGGUGUGCCUUCUGAGACCAAAGAGGGAACAAAAAUAACAGAAAAACCCAGCCCACCAGAAAAGCUAGGAGUAACAAAUGUCACAAAGGACAGUGUUUCUCUUUCAUGGCUAAAACCAGAACACGAUGGUGGAAGCAGAAUUGUUAGCUACCUCCUUGAAGCUCUUGAGAAAGGACAGCAAAAAUGGGUUAAGUGUGCAGUUGUAAAGACAACUCAUCAUGUUGUCCACGGUCUUAAGGAAAACGUCGACUAUUUCUUCAGGGUGUCUGCAGAAAACCAAGCAGGUUUAAGUGAUCCUAAAGAACUACUGCUCCCUGUUACAGUUAAAGAACAAUUAGAAUCUCCCGAGAUUGACAUGAAGGGCUUCCCUCAUAACACUGUCUAUGUUCGAGCAGGAUCAAACCUAAAAGUUGAAAUUCCAGUUCUUGGAAAACCGGUGCCAAAGGUCACAUUGUCUAGAGACGGUGUUGCACUGAAACCUACCAUGAGAUUUCACACAGAAACCACUGCAGAAAGUCUCAUCAUUAACCUUAAAGAAAGUGUGGCUGCUGAUGCUGGCAGAUAUGACAUUACUGCUGCGAACUCAAGUGGCACCACAAAAUCAUUUGUUAAUAUUGUUGUGCUGGAUAGACCCGGUCCUCCUGUUGGUCCUGUUGUCCUUAGCGAUGUCACUGAAGAGAGUGUAACACUCAGAUGGCAACCACCAGCUUAUGAUGGUGGAAGUCAGGUUACCAACUAUAUUGUGCUGAAGAGAGAAACAAGUACUGCUGCUUGGUCUGAAGUGUCUGCCACUGUUGCUAGAACCGUUAUCAAAGUUAUGAGGCUCACAACAGGAGAAGAAUACCAAUUCCGCAUCAAAGCUGAGAACCGCUUUGGCAUCAGCGAUCACAUAGACUCGCAAUGUGUGGUUGUCAAGCUUCCUUACACUACCCCGGGCCCUCCUUCUACACCAUGGGUCACUAAUGUUACCCGAGAGAGUAUUACUGUCGGAUGGCAUGAACCAGUCACUAAUGGUGGCAGUGCUGUCAUGGGAUACCACCUGGAGAUGAAAGACAGAAAUAGUAUAUUAUGGCAGAAGGCUAACAAGACCCUUAUUCGUACUACUCACUUCAAAGUCACCACAAUCAGCGCUGGCCUUAUCUAUGAAUUCAGAGUUUACGCAGAAAAUGCAGCUGGCAUUGGAAAAGCAAGUCGUCCUUCUGAUCCAGUCCUUGCUAUUGAUGCUUGUGAACCACCAAGAAAUGUUCGUGCCUCAGAUAUUUCCAAGACUUCUAUCACUCUCUCCUGGCAGAAGCCAGCAUUUGAUGGUGGUAGCAAAAUCACAGGAUACAUUGUAGAAAAACGUGAUCUUCCAGAUGGCAGAUGGACAAAAGCUAGCUUCACCAAUGUUAUUGAGACUCAGUUCACAGUAUCUGGCCUGACACAGAAUUCCAAGUAUGAAUUCCGGGUCUUUGCAAAGAAUGCUGUUGGUUCCAUUAGUAAUCCCUCGGAUGUUGUGGGUCCUAUCACAUGUGUUGAUACAUACGGUGCACCUGAAAUCGAUGUGCCACCAGAAUAUACAGAAGUGGUGAAAUACAAAGCAGGAACUUCAGUUAAGCUAAAAUUAGGCAUCUCAGGCAAGCCUAUACCCACAAUUGAAUGGUUCAAAAAUGGCAAUGAGGUACUCACCAGUGCACUAGUGUCUUUUGAAAACACAACAGAAUUUGCUUCUAUACUCAUCAAGGAUGCAAAUCGACUAGACAGUGGCACCUAUGAAUUAAAAUUGAAGAAUGCCAUGGGUUCAGCAUCAGCCCAUAUUAGAGUACAGAUACUUGACAAGCCAGGACCCCCAGGUGGGCCAAUACAGUUUAAGACAGUCACUGCUGAAAAGAUUACAAUAAUGUGGGACCCGCCAGCAGAUGAUGGUGGUGCACCUAUAACACACUAUGUCGUUGAAAAGCGGGAGACAAGUCGGGUUGUAUGGUCUUUAAUUUCUGAAAAGCUGGAGGGAUGUAUCAUAACUACAACAAAACUCAUCAAAGGAAAUGAAUAUGUGUUCCGUGUCCGUGGUGUGAACAAGUUUGGAAUUGGUGAUCCACUGGAAUCUGAGCCCGUUAUAGCCAAAAAUUCAUUUGUUACACCUGGACCACCUAGUACACCAGAAGUCACAAAGAUAACCAAGAAUUCUAUGACUGUUGUCUGGAAUAGACCCACUGUUGAUGGAGGCAGUGAAAUAUCAGGAUAUUUUCUGGAGAAACGUGACAAGAAGAGUCUAAGUUGGUUCAAGGUCUCUAAAGAAACCAUUCGGGACACCAGACAGAAAGUAACAGGUCUGACUGAAAACAGCGAAUAUCAUUUCCGAGUUUGUGCUGUCAAUGCAGCUGGACCAGGCCCAUUCUCUGAGGCUUCUGACUUCUACAAAGCUGCAGAUCCUAUUGAUAAACCAGGCUCACCAACAAAGCUGAAAGUUGUGGAUACAACCAAGACAUCUGUUACCCUUGGCUGGAUUAAACCUGCUUAUGAUGGAGGAAGUCCAAUUACCCACUACGUGGUGGAGAAGAGGGAAGGUGAAGAGCAAGAAUGGACUGUAGUCAGUACCAAAGGAGAAGUGAGAACAACUGAAUACGUUGUAUCUCACCUUCAGCCAAGUGUUAAUUAUUAUUUCCGUGUAUCUGCUAUGAAUUGUGCUGGACAAGGAGAGCCUAUUGAAAUGAUGGAACCUGUUCAAGCUAAAGAUAUUCUUGUGGCACCAGAGAUUGAUCUGGAUGUUGCUCUUCGGACAUCUAUCGUUGCUAAAGCUGGUGAAGAUGUGGAAAUAAUGAUUCCAUUCAAGGGAAGACCUCCUCCAACAGUCACAUGGAGAAAGGGUGACAAGAAUCUUGGGACUGAUGAAAGAUAUAUCAUCCAAAACACAGAAUCAUCUACACUACUUACUAUUCCUCAAGUUACACGAAAUGAUACAGGAAAAUAUGUUCUUACAAUUGAAAAUGGAGUCGGAGAAGCAAAAUCAUCAUUUGUGAAUGUGAAAGUACUUGACACACCUUCUGCAUGCCAGAAGCUGCAGCUCAAGCAUGUUUCUCGUGGCACAGUUACACUGGUGUGGGAGCCACCUCUCAUCAAUGGUGGUUCUGAAAUAACAAAUUAUGUUGUUGAAAAAAGAGAUGCUACAAAGAGGGCCUGGUCAACUGUUACAACAAAGUGUUCUCAUACCACCUUUAAACUGACUAACCUGUCAGAAAAGACUGCAUUCUUUUUCCGUGUUCUUGCUGAAAAUGAAAUUGGACUAGGUGAACCUUGUGAGACAUCUGAACCAGUGAAAGCUGCAGAUGUACCUGGACCUGUAAAAGACCUAGCCAUGAAAGACUCUACGAAGAGUUCUGUUAAAUUGCAGUGGAGCAAACCUGACUAUGAUGGUGGUAGCAUUAUAUCAGACUAUGUUAUUGAAAAGAAACUCCAGGGAGAGAAAGAGUGGACAUACGCAGGCACAAGCAAGAGCUGUGAAUUUGUAGCUGACAAACUUAAAGAGCUUUCUGUCAUGGAAUUCAGAGUCUUUGCUAAAAAUGAAAAAGGCAUGAGUGACUCUGUUACCGUUGGACCCAUUACAGUGAAAGAACUUAUAAUAACACCUGAAGCUGACCUUUCUGAUAUUCCUGGAGGUCAGAUUGCAGUAAGAAUUGGACAUAACCUGCAUGCUGAAUUUCCCUAUAAAGGUAAACCUAAUCCAUCAAUGAGCUGGCUCAAGGACAACCUCCCUCUUAAAGAAACAGAACACCUUCGCUUCAAGAAAACUGAAAACAAGAUAAGCUUAAGUAUCAAGAAUGUGAAAAAGGAGCAUGGUGGCAAAUAUACUUUAAUUCUUGAUAACGUAGUCUGCAGAAAGUCAUUCACAAUCACUGUAAUCACUCUUGGUCCUCCAUCUAAGCCAAAACCACCUUUAAGAAUAGAUGAAAUCAAAGCAGAUAGUGUAGUUUUGUCAUGGGAUGCUCCUGAUGAUGACGGGGGAGGAGAAAUUACUGGCUACAGCAUUGAGAAGAGAGAAACAUCACAAAUGAACUGGAAGCUGGUGUGUUCAAGUGCUGUCAGAACAACCUUCAAAGUACCAAACCUUGUUAAAGAUACUGAAUAUCAGUUUAGAGUUCGUGCAGAAAACAGAUAUGGAGUGAGCCCACCUCUUGUCUCAGCAGAUGUUGUGGCAAAGCAUCAGUUCAAACCACCAGGUGCCCCAGGAAAGCCUGUUGUAUACAACGUAACUGCUGAUGGAAUGAGCAUUUCUUGGGAUGCUCCUGUUUAUGAUGGUGGUUCAGAGAUUAUGGGAUACCAUGUUGAAAAGAAGGAAAGAAACAGUAUUUUGUGGCAGAAGGUUAAUGUUGCAUUAAUAUCUAACAGAGAAUACAGGAUUACUGGACUGCUUGAGGGCCUGGAUUACCAGUUCCAAGUAUAUGCUGAAAAUGCUGCAGGUCUAAGCCGAGCUAGUGAGCCAAGCAAAUUUACUUUAGCAGUCUCUCCAGUAGACCCACCUGGUACUCCUGAUUACAUUGAUGUCACUAGGGAAACAAUCACCCUGAAAUGGAACCCCCCGCUGCGUGAUGGAGGCAGUAAGAUUGUGGCUUACAGCAUUGAGAAGCGGCAAGGCAGCGCAGACCGGUGGCUCAGGUGUAACUUCACUGAUGUCAGUGAGUGCCAAUAUACAGUUACAGGGCUCAGUCCAGGUGACCGAUAUGAGUUCAGAGUGCUUGCAAGAAAUGCUGUUGGCACAAUCAGCCCACCUUCACAGUCUUCAGGCUAUAUCAUGACAAGAGAUGAAAACGUUGCUCCUACAAUUGAAUUUGGUGCUGAACACUUUGAAGGCCUUACUGUUAAAGCUGGAGAGAGCAUUAGACUUAAAGCUCUAAUCAAAGGACGUCCAGUACCUAAAGUGACAUGGUUUAAGGAUGGUAAAGAGAUUGAUAAAAUGAUGAAUAUAGAAAUAACUACAGCUAUUGGAUAUAGUACAAUCUUCAUUAGAGAUGCUGUCCGGGAACAUCGUGGAGUGUACACAGUAGAGGCCAAAAAUGCAUCAGGCACUAAACGAGAAGAUAUUACCAUUAGAGUACAAGACACACCAGGAAAAGUUGGUGGACCAAUACGAUUCACAAACAUCACUGGAGAAAAAGUCACAUUAUGGUGGGAACCUCCAGCUAAUGAUGGUUGUGCUUCAAUUUCUCACUACGUAAUUGAAAAACGUGAAACCAGCAGGAUUGCUUGGGCAUUAGUUGAAGAUAAAUGCGAAGCUUGCAGCUAUACAGCACUUAAAUUAAUUAAGGGCAACGAGUAUCAGUUCCGUGUCUCUGCAGUGAACAAAUUUGGAGUUGGCAGACCAUUGGAGUCUGAUCCCGUUAUCGCACAAAUACCUUACACUCUCCCUGAUGCACCAGGAACUCCAGAGCCUACCAAUGUAACAGGAGACAGUAUCACACUGACAUGGGCACGACCAGAGUCAGAUGGUGGAAGCGAGAUAAAUGAGUACAUUCUGGAAAGGAGAGAAAAGAAGAGCAUGCGCUGGGUUAAAGUAUCCAGUAAGAGGCCCAUUACUGAGAACAGAUACAGAGUAACUGGCCUUAUUGAAGGCAAUGAGUAUGAGUUCCAUGUCAUGGCUGAAAACGCUGCAGGAGUUGGACCUGCAAGUGAGGUUUCAAAGCUGAUUAAAUGCAGAGAACCAGUCAGCCCACCAAGUGCUCCUAAUGUUGUAAAGGUGACAGACACAUCAAAGACUAGUGUAAGCUUAGAGUGGACAAAGCCAGUUUUUGAUGGAGGCAUGGAAAUAAUUGGGUACAUCAUUGAGAUGUGCAAAGCUGAUCUUGAAGCAUGGCAGAAAGUCAAUGCAGAGACUGUUAUCGCUACUAAAUACACUGUUGUUGAUUUGGAGGCAGGAGAACACUAUAAAUUCAGAGUUAGUGCUGUCAAUGGUGCUGGCAGAGGAGAAAGUUGUGAAGUUCCUGCUUCAGUCCAAACUGUGGACAGGCUUUCUGCACCUGAAAUUGAUAUUGAUGCAAACUUCAAGCAGACUCAUAUUGUAAGAGCAGGUGCAAGCAUUCGUCUAUUUAUUGCCUUCUCUGGAAGGCCAGUUCCUACUGCAGUGUGGUCCAAAGCAGAUUCUAAUCUUAGUUUGCGUGCUGACAUUCAAACAACUGAUUCAUUCAGCACAUUGACUGUAGAGGAAUGCAAUAGAAAUGAUGCUGGCAAGUAUGUCUUUACUGUGGAAAACAACAGUGGAAGCAAGUCUAUUACAUUCACUGUCAAGGUUUUGGACACACCUGGUCCACCAGGUCCUAUUACAUUUAAAGAUGUGACUCGAACAUCUAUUACUUUAAUGUGGGAUGCUCCUGUUCUGGAUGGAGGUUCUCGUAUCCUCCACUAUGUUGUGGAAAAGCGUGAAGCAAGUCGUCGUAGCUGGCAAGUAGUGAGUUCAAAAUGCACUCGACAAAUCUUUAAGGUCACAGAUCUAGCAGAAGGUAUGCCAUAUUACUACCGAGUAUCAGCAGAAAAUGAAUAUGGUGUAGGUGAACCCUGUGAAUUAACAGAACCAGUUGUGGCCACAGAAGAACCUGCUCCACCUAAGAGACUAGAUAUUGUCGAUACAACCAAAUCUUCUGUAGUUUUAGCUUGGCUUAAACCUGAUCAUGAUGGUGGUAGCCGUAUUACUGGAUACCUUCUUGAAAUGAGACAAAAAGGAUCUGACUCCUGGACUUCAGCUGGACAAACCAAACAGCUUACUUUCACCGUUGAAGGCCUUGUGGAGAACACAGAGUAUGAGUUCCGGGUCAAGGCAAAGAAUGAUGCUGGCUACAGUGAGCCAAGAGAAGCUUUCUCUUCUGUUAUUGUUAAGGAGCCACAGAUUGAACCAACAGCAGAUCUCAGUGACAUAAGCAGACAGCUUAUAACAUGCAAGGCUGGAAGCACCUUUACUAUUGAUAUACCGAUCAGUGGGCGCCCAGCUCCAAAAGUGACAUGGAAACUUGAGGAGAUGAGGCUGAAGGAAACUGAAAGAGUGACCAUCAAGACAACAAAAGACCGAACCACACUGACUGUAAAAGACAGUAUGAGAGGUGACUCUGGUAAAUACUACCUUACACUUGAGAACACUGCUGGUGUGAAAACAUUUACUGUCACAGUGGUAGUCAUAGGAAGGCCAGGUGCUGUCACUGGCCCAAUUGAAAUAUCAUCUGUAUCUGCUGAGUCCUGUGUGUUGACCUGGAAAGAACCUGAAGAUGAUGGUGGGAGUGACAUCACAAACUACAUUGUAGAGAAACGUGAAUCUGGCACAACAGCAUGGCAGCUGGUGAAUUCCAGUGUGAAACGCACACAGAUCAAAGUCAGUCAUCUCACAAAAUAUCAAGAGUACAGUUUCCGAGUAAGCUCAGAAAAUAGAUUUGGUGUCAGCAAGCCAGUUGAAUCAAAAACAGUAGUUGCUGAGCACCCAUUUGUCCCACCAAGCCCACCUUCCAGGCCAGAAGUCUAUUCUGUGUCUGCAAGUGCCAUGGCCAUUCGCUGGGAGGAGCCCUAUCAUGAUGGUGGCAGCAAAGUCAUUGGAUAUUGGGUGGAAAAGAAGGAGCGCAACACCAUCCUUUGGGUGAAGGAGAACAAAGUACCAUGCUGUGACUGCAACUAUAAAGUCACAGGGUUGGUGGAAGGUCUAGAAUAUCAAUUCAGAACCUAUGCUCUAAAUGCUGCUGGUGUUAGCAAAGCUAGUGAAGCUUCCAGACCUGUAGUGGCUCAAAAUCCAGUUGAUCCACCAGGAAGACCAGAAGUAACAGAUGUCACCAGAUCUACAGUGUCACUCAGCUGGUCACCUCCACUUUAUGAUGGUGGAAGCAAAAUAAUCGGAUAUAUUAUUGAACGCAAACCAUAUAACGAGUCUGGCGAUGGACGUUGGCUGAAAUGCAAUUAUACCAUUGUCUCAGAAAACUUCUUUACUGUGACAGCUCUUAGUGAAGAUGAAGCCUAUGAAUUCCGUGUACUAGCAAAGAAUGCUGCUGGUGUGAUUAGCAAAGGAUCUGAAUCGACUGGUGCUGUCAUUUGCAAAGAUGAAUACACACCACCAAAGGCUGAGCUUGAUGCCAGAUUGCAGGGAGAAGUUUUGAGCAUUAGAGCUGGAUCAGACCUUGUUCUUGAUGCAGCCAUUGGUGGAAAACCAGAACCAAAAGUCUUCUGGUCCAAAGGUGACAGAGAACUGGAGCUAUGUGAAAAGAUAUCUCUGCAAUAUACCAGCAAGCGAGCUAUAGCAAUUAUCAAGUUCUGUGACAGAAGUGAUAGUGGAAAAUACACCCUAACAGUUAAAAAUGCCAGUGGGAUGAAACAAAUUUCUGUUCUUGUCAAAGUGCUUGAUUCACCAGGUCCAUGUGCAGGCAAAAUCACAGUUAGCAGAGUAACAGAAGAGAAAUGUACUCUGGCAUGGAACAUUCCUGAGGAAGAUGGAGGUGCAGAAAUUACUCACUAUAUUGUAGAAAGGCGUGAAACCAGCAGACUUCACUGGGUUAUUGUUGAGGCUGAAUGCCAGACUUUAUCAACUGUGGUAACAAAACUUAUUAAAAAUAAUGAAUACAUUUUCCGUGUGAGAGGUGUCAACAAAUACGGACCAGGUGUUCCACUUGAAUCAGAACCUGUGAUUGCCAGGAAUGCUUUCACCAUUCCAACACAGCCUGGUGCUCCUGAGGAAGUGAGUGUUGGCAAGGAACACAUCAUUAUUCAGUGGUCGAAACCAGAAUCGGAUGGUGGCAGUGAGAUUAAGGACUAUCUUGUGGACAAACGUGAAAGGAAAAGUCUGCGCUGGACACGAGUGAAUAGAGAUUAUACCAUUUAUGACACCAGACUGAAAGUCACUGGUCUCAUGGAAGGGAGCCAGUACCAAUUCCGUGUCACUGCAGUGAAUGCUGCUGGAAACAGUGAACCUAGUGAAGCUUCACAGUACAUGUUAUGUAAAGAACCAUCAUACACUCCUGCAUCACCUUCAGUUCCAAGAGUUGUGGAUACUACAAUGCACAGCAUAAGUUUAGCAUGGUCAAAGCCCACAUACGACGGUGGUGCUGACCUCUUAGGCUAUGUUCUUGAAAUGAAAGAAGAGGGUAGUGAACAGUGGUAUCGAGCACAUACAACUGCCACUCUGAGGAAUGCUGAGUUCACGGUUACUGGUCUUAAAACAAGCCAGAAAUACCAAUUCCGAGUUGCUGCAACAAAUGUGAAUGGUAUGAGUGAAUUUAGCGAAUCAUCAGCAGAAAUAGAACCUGUGGAAAGAAUAGAAACACCUGAACUUGAGCUUGCUGAUGAUCUGAAGAAGACAGUUACAGUCAGAGCUGGUGGUUCCCUGCGCCUAAUGGUCUCUGUAUCUGGCAGACCUGCUCCUGUAAUCACAUGGAGCAAGCAAGGUGUUGACCUUGUAAGUCGAGGUAUUAUUGAUACUACAGACAGCUACAGUCUGCUUAUUGUGGAUAAAGUUAACCGGUAUGACGCUGGAAAAUACAUCAUCGAGGCUGAAAAUCAAUCAGGAAAAAAAUCUGCAACUAUUUCUGUGAAAGUGUAUGAUACACCUGGUCCACCACCUGCAGUGAGAGUUAAGGAAGCAUCGAAAGAUUCUGUGACACUCACUUGGGACAUUCCAGUCAUUGAUGGUGGAGCCCCAGUCAACAAUUACAUAAUUGAGAAACGUGAGGCUUCCAUGAGAGCUUACAAGACUGUCACUACCAAAUGCAGCAAGACAUUUUACAGAGUUACUGGACUUCUGGAGGGAGCUUUGUAUUAUUUCAGAGUACUACCAGAAAAUAUUUACGGCAUUGGUGAAGGCUGUGAAACAUCUGAUGCAGUACUGGUAUCUGAUGUCCCCAUGGUACCACAAAAACUCGAAGUGAUUGACACCACUAAAACAACUGUUACACUUGCUUGGGAUAAACCACUGCAUGAUGGUGGCAGCAGAUUGACUGGCUAUGUCAUUGAGGCCAGCAAAGCUGGAACAGAAAGAUGGUUGAAGGUAGUGACGUUGAAGCCUACUGUCUACGAACAUACCAUAAUCUCCCUCAAUGAAGGCGAACAGUACUUGUUCAGGGUCAGAGCACAGAAUCAGAAGGGUGUGUCGGAGCCACGAGAGAUUGUCACAGCAGUGACAGUUCAAGACCGAAAGGUCUUACCAACAAUUGACUUCAGUGGAAUACCUCAGAAGACAAUCCACGUGCCUGCUGGCAAACCCAUUGAAUUAGCCAUUCCAAUUGAAGGACGACCACCUCCAACUGUAUCUUGGUUCUUUGCUGGUUCUAAACUAAAAGAAUCAGAACGCAUCAAAACGGAGACUGCUGCCAAAAUGGCCAAAUUAACUGUGCGUGAGACCACCAUACAUGACACUGGGGAAUACACACUUGAACUGAAGAACACAACUGGAACAGUUACUGAUACCUUAAAAGUUAUAAUCCUUGACAAGCCUGGACCACCUGUUGGACCUAUCAGAAUUGAUGAAAUUGAUGCAAAUUAUGUGACCAUCUCCUGGGAGCCUCCUGAGCUGGAUGGUGGAGCUGCCCUUAGUGGGUAUGUGGUAGAACAGCGUGAUGCUCACCGUCCUGGAUGGCUGCCAGUUUCAGAGUCAGUAACCAGGACAACAUUUAAGUUCACCAGACUUGUUGAAGGUGCAGAAUAUGUGUUCCGUGUAGCUGCCACAAACCGCUUUGGAAUUGGAUCUUACCUGCAGUCUGAAAUUAUAGAAUGCAAGAGCAGAAUCCGUAUUCCUGGUCCUCCUGGCACUCCAGAAGUGUUUGAUAUCUCUCGAGAUGGCAUGACAUUGACUUGGUAUCCUCCAGAAGAUGAUGGCGAUUCACAGAUUACUGGUUAUAUUGUGGAACGCAAAGAAGUUAGAGCAGAUAGAUGGAUCCGUGUAAAUAAAGUUCCAGUCACCAUGACUCGUUACCGUUCCACUGGCUUGGUUGAAGGAUUGGAAUAUGAACACCGGGUCACAGCAAUCAAUGCCAGAGGCACUGGGAAACCCAGCCGUCCUUCCAAGUCUGCUGUUGCCAGAGAUCCAAUUGCUCCUCCAGGCAAACCUCAGAAUCCAAGAGUCACUGAUACUACAAGAACAUCUGUCUCCCUGGCUUGGAGUCCACCAGAAGAUGAAGGUGGUUCUAAAGUUACUGGCUACUUAAUUGAGAUGCAGAAGGUUGAUCAAUUUGAAUGGACCAAAUGCAAUACUACGCCGACCAAGAUUCGGGAAUACACCUUGACACAUCUUCCCCAGGGUGCAGAGUACAGAUUCCGAGUGCUAGCCUGUAAUGCUGGUGGGCCAGGAGAACCUGCUGAAGUGCCAGGAACAGUCAAAAUAACAGAAAUGCUUGAAUAUCCUGACUAUGAACUUGAUGAAAAAUACCAAGAAGGUCUCAUGGUGAGACAAGGAGGAGUAAUCAGGCUUACCAUACCCAUUAAGGGUAAGCCCAUCCCAGUAUGCAAAUGGACAAAAGAAGGACAGGACAUCAGCAAGAGGGCCAUGAUUGCAACUUCUGAGACUCAUACGGAACUUGUGAUCAAAGAUGCAGAAAGAGAAGAUUCAGGCACCUAUGAUUUGGUGCUCGAAAACAAGUGCGGCAAGAAAGCCGUGUACAUUAAAGUCAGAGUGAUUGGCAUUCCAAAUCCACCAGAAGGACCACUUGAGUAUGAUGAUAUACAAGCUCGUUCUGUCAGAGUAAGCUGGAGACCUCCUACAGAUGAUGGUGGUGCAGAUAUCCUGGGUUAUAUUGUUGAGAGAAGAGAAGUACCGAAGACUGCCUGGUACACAGUUGACUCUAGAGUGAAAGGGACAUCACUAGUGGUGAAAGGACUCAAAGAAAAUGUGGAAUAUCACUUCCGUGUUUCUGCUGAAAACCAUUUUGGUAUUAGCAAAUCUCUCAAAUCAGAAGAACCAGCAGUACCAAAGACACCACUAAAUCCACCAGAGCCUCCAAACAACCCACCUGAAGUGCUUGAUGUUACAAAGAGUUCUGUCAACUUGUCCUGGUCCAGACCUAAAGAUGAUGGUGGUUCUCGUGUAACUGGCUACUAUAUUGAACGUAAAGAGACAUCUACAGAAAAAUGGGUUCGGCAUAAUAAGACACAGAUUACCACUACAAUGUACACAGUCACAGGACUUGUUCCAGAUGCUGAAUAUCAAUUCCGCGUCAUUGCUCAAAAUGACAUUGGUGAAAGUGAAGCAAGUCCUGCUUCUGAACCAGUUGUAUGCAAGGAUCCAUUUGACAAACCAAGCCAACCUGGAGAAAUUGAGAUCACUUCUAUAUUUAAGGAUAGCAUUACAUUAGAAUGGGAACGACCUGAAAGCGAUGGUGGCAAAGAGAUCCUUGGCUAUUGGGUUGAAUAUCGCCAGUCUGGAGAAAGCACCUGGAAAAAAUGCAAUAAGGAACGCAUCAAGGACAGGCAGUUUACAGUAGGAGGUUUACUAGAGGCCACAGAAUAUGAGUUCCGUGUUUUUGCAGAAAAUCAGACUGGCCUCAGCAGACCUCGAAGGACCGCUAUGGCAGUGAAAACAAAAUUAACAUCUGGAGAAGCACCUGCCAUAAAAAAAGAAAUGCAGGAUGUUACAACUAAACUGGGUGAGGCAGCUCAGCUGACGUGCCAGAUUGUUGGGAGACCUUUGCCUGAUAUUAAAUGGUACCGCUUCGGCAAAGAGCUGGUACAAAGCAGAAAAUACAAAAUGUCAUCUGAUGGACGCAAUCAUACACUGACAGUAAUGACAGAUGAACAGGAGGAUGAAGGUCUCUACACUUGUAUGGCUACCAAUGAUGUUGGAGAAAUUGAAACUAGUGGCAAGCUGUUAUUGCAGGCUCCUCCUCAGUUCCACCCCGGCUUCCCAUUGAAAGAGAAAUACUACGCAGGUGCAGGUGGCACCCUCCGCCUUCAUGUUGUGUAUAUUGGACGGCCAGUACCAGCAAUAACUUGGUUCCAUGGCAACAAACCUUUGAGAGGAUCAGAAACAAUUACUAUUGAGAACACAGAACAGUAUACUCAUCUUGCUAUUAAGAAUGUCCAGCACAAGACUCAUGCUGGGAAGUACAAAGUACAGCUCAGUAACACAUUUGGAACAGUUGACACUGUACUUAAUGUGGAAAUACAAGAUAAACCAGAUAAACCAGUAGGGCCAAUUGUUAUAGAGUCUAUACUGAAGAAUUCUGUGGUGAUAAGCUGGAAACCACCAGAGGAUGAUGGAGGUGUUAUGAUAACCAAUUACAUCAUUGAGAAACGUGAAGCCAAGGAAGGAGCAGAAUGGCAACUUGUAUCUUCAAGUAUCUCAGGCACAACCUGUAGAAUUGUUAACCUAACUGAAAAUGCAGGCUAUUAUUUCCGUGUUUCUGCUCAGAAUAUGUAUGGCAUUAGUGAAGCACUGGAGGUCUCAUCAGUAGUUUUUAUAAAGCCUCCAUUUGAAAAACCAGGACAACCCGGUCAGCCAGUAGCAAGUGCUGUCACAAAGGAUUCUUGCGUUGUCUCAUGGAAGCCACCUGCAAGUGAUGGUGGUGCAAAGAUUAGAACCUACUAUCUUGAGAAGCGUGAGAAAAAACAAAACAAGUGGAUUUCUGUGACAACAGAUGAAAUUCGUGAAACAGUCUACUCUGUGAAAGAUCUUAUUGAAGGUCUUGAAUAUGAGUUCCGUGUAAAAUGUGAAAAUCUUGGUGGUGAAAGUGAGUGGAGUGAGGUAUCCCAACCAGUCAUUCCAAAAUCUGAUGUACCAAUUAAAGCUCCACAUUUCAAGGAAGAGCUAAGGAAUCUGAAUGUGAAAUUUCAAGCUAAUGCCACAUUUGUCUGCAAAGUCACUGGUCAUCCUAAGCCAAUUGUCAAGUGGUACAGACAGGGCAAAGAAAUCAUGCCAGAUGGGGAAAAGAUCAAGAUACAGGAAUUCAAGGGUGGAUAUUACCAGCUGGUCAUCACGAAUGUAACAGAUGAUGAUGCCACGGUGUAUCAAGUUAGAGCUACCAACCAAGGAGGAUCUGUGUCUGGCACUGCCUCUCUGGAUGUUGAAGUUCCUGCAAAGAUUCAUUUGCCCAAAAAUUUGGAAGGCAUGGGAGCUGUUCAUGCCCUCCGAGGGGAAGUGGUGAGCAUCAAGAUUCCAUUCAGUGGCAAGCCGGCCCCUGUGAUCACAUGGCAGAAGGGACAAGAUCUCAUUGAUACUAAUGGACACUACCAAGUCAUUGUUACACGAUCAUUCACAUCUCUCGUAUUCCCAAAUGGUGUUGACAGAAAAGAUGCAGGGUUUUACAUUGUUUGUGCCAAAAACAGAUUUGGAAUCGAUCAAAAAACAGUUGAAUUAGAUGUGGCUGAUGUGCCUGAUCCACCCAGAGGUCUGAAGGUAACUGACAUUUCAAGGGAUUCAGUCAACUUAACCUGGAAUGAACCAGCUACUGAUGGUGGAAGCAGGAUCAUAAACUACAUUAUUGAGAAACGUGCUACAACAGCAGAGCGAUGGAUCCGUGUUGCACAAGCUCGUGAUACACGAUACACGGUGGUGAACCUGUUUGGUAAGACCACCUAUCAGUUCCGUGUCAUUGCAGAGAACAAGUUCGGCCAAAGUCAGCCUUCUGAACCUACUGAUCCAAUUGUAACAAAGGAAGAUAAGACCAGAGUAUUGAACUAUGAUGAAGAAGUUGAUGAAACCAGAGAAAUUACAGCAGCUAAAGCAGCUCACUAUUCUACAAAGGAGCUCUAUGACAAAUACAUGAUUGCAGAAGAGCUUGGACGUGGGCAGUUUGGCAUUGCACACCGCUGUGUUGAGGCAGUUUCAAAAAAGACUUACCUGGCCAAAUUUGUCAAAGUAAAGGGUGCUGACCAAGUUUUGGUAAAGAAAGAAAUUUCCAUCCUAAACAUUGCUAGGCACCGAAACAUCCUGUAUCUUCAUGAAUCGUUUGAGAGCCUAGAAGAAUUGGUCAUGAUCUUUGAAUUCAUUUCCGGGGUUGACAUCUUUGAAAGAAUCAGCACAGCUUCAUUUGAACUUAAUGAAAGAGAAAUAGUAAAUUAUGUACGCCAGGUCUGUAGUGCACUAGAAUUUUUACAUAGUCAAAGCAUUGGACAUUUUGAUAUUAAACCAGACAAUAUUAUUUACUUCACAAGAAGAAGCUCUGUAAUUAAAAUUGUUGAAUUUGGUCAAGCCAGACAGUUGAGGCCUGGAGAUGGCUUUAGACUCCAGUUCACUUCUCCUGAAUAUUAUGCACCUGAAGUACAUCACCACGACUUAGUCAGCACAGCUACCGACAUGUGGUCAGUUGGUGCGCUAACAUACAUACUUCUCAGUGGCCUUAACCCUUUCAUUGCUGAAACAAACCAACAAGUCAUUGAAAAUAUUCUAAAUGCUGAAUACAGCUUUGAGGAUGAAGCAUUCAAAGACAUAAGCAUUGAAGCCAUGGACUUCAUUGAUCGCCUGCUAGUAAAGGAAAGAAAAUCUCGAAUGACAGCUACUGAAGCACUUAAUCACGUGUGGCUAAAACAGCAGACGGAAAAGACCAGCACUAAAACCAUUAAGACCUUGAGGCACAGGCGUUACUAUCAAACUCUAGUAAAGAAGGAGUGGAACACAGUUGUGUCAGUAGCCCGCAUUUCCUGUGGAGGUGCAAUUAGAUCCCAGAAAGGCAUAACAGUGGCAAAAGUUAAAGUUGCCCCAAUAGACAUUGGGCCUAUUGCUGGGCAGAUAAAGCAUAAUGUUGCAGAAGAAGGAGGUCAUGCCAAAUAUGUAUGUACGAUUGAAAACUAUGACGAGUCCACACAAGUCACAUGGUACUUUGGUAUGAGGCAAUUAGAAAGCAAUGAGAAAUACGAAAUCAAAUAUGAAGAUGGUGUGGCAACCAUGUAUGUCAAAGAUGUUUCUAAAUCAGAUGAUGGUACCUACAGAUGCAAGGUAGUAAAUGAUUAUGGUGAGGACAGCUCUUAUGCAGAACUUUUUGUUAAAGGCGUGAGAGAAAUUUCUGAGCACUACAGAUGCAGAACUGUUAGAAAAGUGAAACGACGAGUUGAUACCAUGAGACUGUUAGAGCAUCCCCCAGAAUUUACUCUGCCUUUGUUUAACCGCACUGCAUAUGUUGGAGAAAAUGUCAGGUUUGGAGUAACUAUAACGGUUCACCCAGAACCUCGCUUAACAUGGUACAAAUCAGGCCAGAAAAUCAAACCUGGAGAUGAUGAUAAGAAGUAUACGUUUGAAUCAGACAAAGGUCUUUAUCAGCUUGUCAUCAAUAAUGUCACUGAAGAGGAUGAUGCUGAAUACAGUAUUGUGGCACGCAAUAAAUAUGGCGAAGACAGCUGUAAAGCUAAGCUGACUGUGAUUCCACAUCCGCCUCCAGCAGAUGCCACACUCAGGCCAAUGUUUAAAAGACUGCUGGCAAAUGCUGAAUGUCAAGAAGGCCAAAAUGUCAGUUUUGAGAUCAGGGUAUCUGGUGUGCCAAAACCAACAUUGACAUGGGAGAAAGAUGGUCAACCUCUAUCCUUUGGUCCCAACUUUGAUAUAAUUCAUGAAGGUUUAGAUUAUUAUGCUUUGCAUAUCAGAGAUACUUUACCGGAAGACAGUGGCUACUACAGAGUUACUGCUACAAACAGUGCUGGAUCUACAAGCUGUCAGGCUUAUCUAAAAGUUGAACGCUUAAAAUAUGUCAAGCGUGAGUACAAGUCAGAGGAAGAGCGGGAGAAGCAUGUACAAAGGCAAAUUGACAAGACCUUACGAAUGGCAGAAAUCCUUUCUGGGGUUGAAGCUGUUCCACUGACACAAACUGCACAAGAGGCUCUCAGAGAAGCUGCUAUCUUGUAUAAACCAGCUGUUAGCUCAAAGACUGUUAAAGGUGAAUAUGAAAUUCAGAAAGAAGAAAAGAAGGAGAAGGAGGAAAGGAGACUUCGUAUGCCAUAUGAGAUUCCAGAGCCUCGCAAACAUGUGCGUGCUGCUCUUGAGGAAGAUCAGCAUAUUAAACACUUUGUGCCUCUGUCAGACAUGAAGUGGUAUAAGAGGCUGCGGGACCAGUAUGAAAUGCCAGGAAAACUUGAGAGGACUGUUCAGAAACGUCAGAAACGCAUACGUCUUUCCAGGUGGGAGCAAUUCUAUGUGAUGCCACUGCCACGCAUUUCUGAUCAGUACAAGCCUAAGUGGCGCAUACCAAAGCUGACACAAGAUGAUCUUGAAAUUGUCAGACCAGCACGCCGGCGUUCCCCAUCUCCAGAGUAUGAAUAUCACUACAGACCAAGAAGGCGAUCGCUUGGCGACUUGUCUGAUGAGGAAUUGCUCAUGCCGAUAGAUGACUACUUAGCCAUGAAGAGAACUGAAGAGGAAAGACUGCGCCUUGAAGAAGAGCUGGAGUUAGGCUUUUCUGCUUCCCCACCAAGUAGAAGCCCCCCACGCUUUGAACUGUCUGCCCUUCGAUAUUCUACUGCAGGAGCACAGGUCAGUUCAGAGGAAGAAAGAAAAAGAGAGCUGAGGUAUUCAAGCUAUCACAUUCCAACUAAAGCUGAGACCAGCACAAGCUAUGCAGAGCUUCGUCAACGUCACGACAGGGCUGCCUACAGACCACCUAAACAAAAGCAAAGAAUAAUGGAUGAGAGGGAAGAUGAAGAAUUGCUCCGGCCUGUUGGCGCUGAUCAGCGACUCUCUGAAUACAGGAGUGAGCUCAAAUAUAUGGCAGAGGAAGAAAAGAGCAGACUCAGGAGAAGGAGGGAAAGAGAAAUAACUGAGAUCACAUCAGAAGAAGAAGAAGAAAUAGAAAUGGUACAAUAUGCUCACAGGGAGUUUUCACCUCCCUCUAGAUUACUUAGGAGAAGAAGAUCCCUUUCUCCAACUUACAUUGAGUUGAUGCGCCCUGUAUCUGAAUUAAUUCGACCUCGCUCACGGCCUCCUGAAGAAAGUGAGAGAAGAUCCCCAACACCAGAGAGAACUCGACCACGCUCACCUAGCCCAGUGUCUAGUGAAAGAUCUCUCUCCCGGUUUGAGAGGAUGGCAAGAUUUGAUAUAUUUUCCAGAUAUGAGUCCAUGAAAUCUGCUCUGAAAACUCAAAAAACGAUGGAAAGGAAAUAUGAAGUUCUGACUCAGCAGCCUUUCACCCUUGACCAUGCUCCUCGCAUUACCCUGAGAAUGCGCUCACACCGGGUACCGUGUGGCCAUAAUACCAGGUUCAUUCUAAAUGUCCAGUCAAAACCAACUGCCGAAGUGAAGUGGUACCACAAUGGUAUUGAGCUCCAAGAGAGCAGUAAGAUACACUUUACCAAUACGAGUGGUGUAUUAACUCUGGAGAUUCUCGACUGCCAUAUUGAUGACAGUGGAACAUACCGAGCUGUUUGCACAAACUACAAAGGGGAAUGCUCUGAUUAUGCAACACUAGAUGUUACUGGAGGAGAUUACACUACAUACUCUUCCCAAAGAAAAGAUGAAGAAGUACCAAGGCCAAUUUUACCUGACUUGACAAAAACAGAGGCAUAUGCAAUCUCCUCGUUUAAGAAAGCAUCUGAAACGGAAGCAAGUUCCUCAGUAAGAGAGGUCAAAUCAGAAGUGUCAGCAACAAGAGAAUCACUUUUAUCUUAUGAACACUAUGCUGCUUCUGAAGAAAAAGUCACUGCAGCUGAAAGAAAAUCAUUGGAAGAAAGGACUUCACACAAAGCAUUUAAAAGCACUCUGCCAGCAACAAUCCUUACAAAGCCACGGUCAAUCACAGUUUCUGAAGGGGAGACUGCAAGAUUUUCCUGUGAUGUUGAUGGUGAACCAGCACCAACAAUAACAUGGCUCCGUGCAAGUCAACCUAUUGUUUCUUCAAGGCGCUUCCAAGUAACACGAACACAGUACAAGUCUACCUUUGAAAUUUCUUCUGUCCAGAUAUCUGAUGAAGGAAGUUACACUGUUGUUGUGGAAAACUCUGAAGGAAGACAGGAAGCCCAUUUUACUUUGACCAUUCAAAGAACAAAAAUUCCUGAAAAAACAAUUACAUCACCUCCAAGGAUCAAAUCUCCUGAGCCUCGUGUAAAGUCACCAGAGCCAGUUAAGUCUCCUAAACGAGUGAAAUCUCCUGAACCCAUCAGCAGUCCCCCAAAAGCUAAAUCACCACCUGGAGACAAAAUGGUAGCGACAGAGAAAGUACAAUUACCAACUGCUUCUCCACCAAAGAUAAAACAGCAUCUGAAAGCAGAAACUCUUGGAGAUAAGGUAAAGUUAUCCUGUGCAGUUGAAAGCAAUGUUUUAAGUGUCAGAGAAGUGGCUUGGUAUAAGGAUGGUAAAAAACUGAAAGAAGACCAUCAUUUCAAGUUUCAUUAUGCAGCAGAUGGCACUUAUGAGCUCAAAAUCCAUGAGCUCAUGGAAUCUGAUAAAGGAGAAUACACCUGUGAAAUUAUUGGGGAAGGAGGUGUUUCAAAAACUAACUUCCAGUUUACCGGCCAAGUAUUUAAAAAUAUCCAUUCCCAGGUAAGAGGUGUAUCUGAAUCUCAUAAAACAGUUCAGAAAGAAGAUGAGUUACUUAUGGUUUCUACCCAGAAGAAAUCAGUAGUGGCAACUGAAGAGAAAUCUGCAGUUCAAGAAGUCAUUAAAAAGUCAGUUGUUACAGAAGAUGUCAAACAAUUGAAAGCAGAAAUUACAGCUUCUUCAACUAAAAUGACAAUGUCUGAAGGGCAGAAAGUGACAUUGAAAGCCAGUAUUCCUGGUGCUUCUGAAGUAAAAUGGGUGCUGAAUGGAAUGGAGCUGAGAAAUUCAGAUGAUUACAGAUACGGUGUUUCUGGAAGUGAUCACACACUAACUAUCAAAAAGGCCAGUAAUAAGGAUGAAGGUAUACUCACCUGUGAGGGUAAAACUGAUGAAGGCAUUAUUAAAUGCCAGUAUAUUGUGACCCUUUCUAAAGAGCACUCCAGUGAACCAGCAUUCAUCAUGCAGCCCAAGUCUCAAAAUGUCAAUGAAGGACAAGACGUGUUGUUCACCUGUGAGGUUUCUGGGGAACCUUCUCCUGAAGUUGAGUGGUUAAAGAAUAAUCAACCUAUUGCAGUUUCAUCGCACCUCAGAGUAUCUCGCUCUAAAAAUGUAUAUUCUCUUGAGAUUCGAAAUGCAGCAGUGAGUGACACUGGAAAAUACACAGUCAAGGCAAAAAAUUACCAUGGGCAGUGUUCUGCUACAGCAUCUUUGACUGUACUCCCUCUAGUUGAAGAACCUCCGAAAGAGGUAGUAUUGAAGACCAGUGGCGACGCAAGCAUGCACCAAAGUUUUUCUUCUCAGUCCUUUCAAAUGGCUUCUUCUAAACAAGAGGCUUCAUUCAGCAGUUUCAGCAGUAGCAGCAUGACUGAAAUGAAAUUUGAAAGCAUGUCUGCCAAAAGCAUGUCCUCCAUGAAAGAAUCCUUUGUAGAGAUGAGCUCCAGCAGUAUUGUGGGGAAAUCUAGCAUGGCUCAACUGGAGAGUUCAACUAGUAAAAUGCUUAAAUCAGAUCUGAGAGGAGUACCACCCAAAAUUGAAGCUCUCCCAUCUGAUAUCAGCAUUGAAGAAGGAAAAGUUCUCACACUAUCCUGUGCCUUUUCGGGUGAACCUGCUCCUGAAAUAACAUGGUACUGCAGAGGGAGAAAAAUUACCAGUCAGGACCAGCAAGGCAGAUUCCACAUCGAAACCAGUGAAGAUCUAACCACCCUGAUCAUCAUGGAUGUCCAGAAGAAUGACGGUGGACUUUAUACUCUGAAUUUAGGGAAUGAAUUUGGUACAGAUUCUGCCACUGUGAAUAUAAAUAUCCGAUCACCUUAGAGAGCUUAACCUGUAUUAUUUACACUUGUAUUUUUACAAGUGAUUCAUUUUUGGACUGAAAUAUCUGAUAUGUAAAUAUAAAAGAAAAAUAUUUUUUUACCUACCUGAACGAGACAAAGUCCAGAUCUAUACAUUAUGACUUAUAGUCAUUAUUGACCUAAGAAUUUAAAACACUUUUUUCACUGACAUGUACAUACUGUAUAUAGCCGAAGGUAACGGUUAUGAAGUUUUGUACCAUUUAUUUUAUGACAUUUUGAAACGUAACUUUUGGAACUAACAGUUGGCAGGGGAAAGUUUCCUAGAAAAUGACUACCCUGCUCAACAUUUAACUAAUUUUUGCACCUCAACUCAUUGUUGAUGUCUAAGAAUGCCUCAACAGGUAGAGAGGCUCCCUGUUGAUGAUUACCUACACCUAAGACAUGAUACUGUGCACAGUAUUUCAUACGUGCACAAAUAUUUAUGUUGAAUCAGAAAUGUAAGGCAUUGGUGAUGUUUGCAAUUACCCUCCUGUAAGCAUUGCUUUAAUGUUUUACAUUGGAUCUGAUUAUGUCAUAAUUUUCAUACCUGACUGACAAUUUCUGGACAAAGUGCAAGCGGCCAGCACUUUGUUCACCCACUGUGUACUGUUUCUGACAUAUUGACUGCCUGAAUAGCUUUUAAAAAAGUAACAUCACCUGGCCAUCCCCUUAAUCAACAAAGCUAUUUAGGUAUUCAAGUGCAGCAGCAGUACCCCAUCUUGGAGGUUCUUAGGGUGCAGUGAUUGAGUUUGUGUGGUAGUAUUAGACACCCAGUAGUCACUUCCGGGCAACUAAGCUAUGAACCACAGUUUGAAAACAAACUGUUGCUACAACAUCAAAUACCAGCCUGCACUUCAAUUUGCUUUAGUUCUCCUAAUGUAGUAAUAGAGCUUGGUAGCUGUUGAACCUCCUUGACAUAGAUUUGUUCAUUUGAAAUAAAGCAUGCUUUCUGCACCAUAAA